ACUCAGCGUUCCCGGCCUGGACGCCUCGGCUGGAGGGACUGCUGUCAGGAGGAAAAACAAAACUACACCUUCCCUGUAGUUUUGUUUUUUUCUUUGGGGUUCCUACGAGGCGCCACUCUUCUCAUUUGGGAUAUUCUGACCACCAUUUUGGAUAGAGACCCACUUCCUGAAGUCAGCCCUCCUCUGGGCAUCCCCCCGGCAUCCUUGUACUGACAAGGUGCCAUCACCAUGACGACACAAGCGCCCACUUUCACACAGCCGCUCCAGAGCGUCGUGGCACUAGAGGGUAGUGCUGCGACGUUCGAGGCUCAAGUCAGUGGUUCUCCAGUUCCUGAGGUGAGCUGGUUCCGUGAUGGCCAGGUUCUGUCUGCAGCCGCUCUGCCCGGCAUCCACAUGUCGUUCAGUGGAGGCUGCGCCAUGCUGAGGAUCCCCGCUGUGACCGCCGCACACAGCGGGAGGUUCUCUGUCAGAGCCACCAAUGGAGCUGGACAAGCCACCAGCACCGCCGAGCUCCUCGUCACUGCGGAGACGGCGCCCCCUAACUUCCUUCAGAGACUUCAGAGCUCCACAGUGCGACAGGGCAGCCAGGUCCGCCUGGACGUCCGCGUCACAGGAAUCCCCAGCCCUGUGGUGAAGUUCUACAGAGAGGGAGCAGAGAUCCAGAGCUCAGCUGACUUUAGGAUCCUCCAGGAGGGAGACCUGUACAGCCUGCUGAUCGCCGAGGCUUUCCCUGAAGAUUCAGGCACAUACUCUGUAUCUGCAACCAACAGCAGUGGACGGGCCACCUGCACCGCUGAACUGCUCGUUCAAGGAGAAGAACCUGUACCAAUCAAGAAAACAAAGAUGAUUAUGUCUGCAGGCCAAAUGGAAAUGUCGCAGACAUCAAGAGUGGAAAGGAAAAUGGAAGCAAGCUUCCAGGCAACCACAAUGAUGGAGAUGCAUGUAGAAGGAGGAAUGAUGAUGACUCAACAUGUUGCUCACAAAACCCCACCAAGGGUUCCCCCAAAGCCCACCUCCAAGUCCCCCCCAUCUCACAUCCCCAGGACGGGACGGCAGCAGUCGCCUUCACCUGUGAGACACGUGAAGGGCCCUGCCCCUGCACCAGUCAGAUCAGUUUCCCCAUCCACAAGAAUCUCGGGUUCCCCCAUCAGACCAGUCAAGUCUCCAGUCAUCUCCAGAAAACAGGUGGUCUCUUCCUCUGAGGUGCUCCCCCCAUGGAAGACAGGCGAGUACAUGACAGAAGCCAGCUACAGCCAGAUGACCAGUAUGACCAGCGUUAGCAGCGCUGCACAGAUGCACAUGGAGAAACACUGGGAACAGCAAGUCACUGCUACCAGAGAAAGCAUGGCAGGAGUUGUGACAGCACCCACUGUGUCCAUAGAGCAGCCCUUACCUCAGGCUGAGGAGGGGAAAAAGGCCGAGGCUGUGGCUACUGUAGUAGCUGCUGUGGACCUGGCGCGAGUGCGCCUCCCUGUGCAUGAGGAGGGAGGUGCAGCAGAGGAGGAGGAGUCUAUGGAGAUGAGAACCCAGGCUGAAAAAAAGAUAGAAGUCAUCCAAAUCAAAACUCCUGAAGCCCCACCGGCAGUAAAACAAAAAACAGUCCAAGUGACACAGAUCCAGAAAACAAGUGAAAUCUCUUCCAAAGUGGAAACAGAUGUGAGUCCAAGCCAGGUCCCACAUUUCACUGUUUCUAAAGUGACUGUCCCCAAAGCUGAGCAAGGCCCUGAGGUGUCCAUUGCUCGCACAGCUGUAGCCACUCUUCACAAAGAAUUGUCAUCUCCAACUGCUCCCAGAAAAGUCAUCAAACCUGUUAAGUCCCCCACCCCAACACGCAAAGUGCUUGUGGAGACCCAGGCUGCAGUGGAGCCCUUCUUGCCGCCAUUUAAAGACCCCAGAUAUCGGGUCGAGAUUCAAACAGGAGGGGCAGUCAGUGAGGAAGAAUUUGAGGACUGGGAGCCACAGGAAGUUGUUGCUGUGCCAACAAGAGCCCAGGACCCUGUGGUUCCCCCAACAAUUAUUGCCGGACUGAAGAAUGUGACCGUGACAGAGGGUGAGUCGGUGACCUUGGAGUGCCAGAUCAGCGGUCACCCCACCCCUACGAUUAUGUGGUUCAGAGAGGACUACAAGAUCGAAAGCUCCAUUGACUUCCAGCUUACCUACGAAAGCGGAUUUGCCCGAAUGGUGAUCCGCGAGGCCUUCGCAGAAGACAGUGGCCGCUUCACCUGCACAGCCACCAGUGAAGCCGGCACUGUCACCACAUCCUGCUACCUGCUUGUUAAAGUUUCUGAAGAAAUCGAGAGCCGGGAAGAAAUUACUGUCACUCACACUGGAAUUUCACAGGAGAAAACUGUUUCCAUGGAAACAAAGGAACAAACCGUGACUGAGGGGGUCAGUACUGGCGAAGCUGCUGCUCCCUACUUCAUCAAGAAACCAAGUGUUCAGAAGCUGGUAGAAGGAGGCAGCGUUGUAUUCGACUGCCAAAUCGGAGGAAACCCCAAACCUCACAUCAUCUGGAAGAAAAGCGGUGUGCCCCUUACAACUGGAUACAGGUAUAAAGUUGCUUACAAGAAAGAAACUGGCGAAUGCCGAUUGGAGAUCUCAAUGACCUUUGCUGAUGAUGCUGGAGAGUAUUCAGUUUAUGCCAAGAACCCACAUGGAGAAACUUCAGCAGUUGCUAUUUUGAUGGAAGAAGAGCAAUAUGAAAGCUACAUGAAACAGCAGGACGUGACAUAUAAAACAGAAGUGACAGCAGCUGUGGUGCAGGAGCCCACAGUGAUCGUGAGUCAACAUGAGAUGGAGCAGAGGAGAAUGACCACUCCAAUGAGCUUCAUAUCUGAAACGGAAUUUAUGGUGUCUUCCUUUGAGGAGAGGAUCAUCCAGGAGAUUGAGCUGCGCAUUAUGAGGAUUUCUUACAUGGAGCUGGUGAUUAAAGAUGGAGAGGAGAUGGUGACGGUUGCUGAACACGAGGCUGUGCAGCCCGUCUUUGACACUCCGGUCAAAAACUACAGGAUUGUGGAUGGAAUGGGAGUCACUUUCCACUGCAAGAUGUCGGGAAAUCCUCUGCCCAAGAUUGUGUGGUUCAAAGAUGGGCAGCGUAUCAGUCCUGGAGGACGUCACCAGAUGGAAGUUCUCCAGGAUGGCCGUGCUAGUUUGCGCCUCUCUGUUGUUCUUCCCGAAGAUGAAGGUGUCUAUACAGCUUUUGCCAGCAACAUGAAGGGAAAUGCUGUCAGCUCUGGAAAACUCUAUGUGGAGCCCUCUGGAGUUGUAACUCCUCAGAGAUAUACUCCACAGCCUGCCAUGCAGAGAAUCAGAUCUACGUCUCCUCGCUCACUGAGCCGCUCACCUGGCCGCUCCCCUAGCCGCUCCCCUGGACGUUCUCCUGCCCGUAGGCUCGAGGAGACCGACGAAGCUCAGCUAGAGAGACUCUACAAGCCUGUGUUUGUGAUGAAGCCCACCUCCAUUAAAUGCUCUGAGGGCCAAACUGCAAGGUUUGACCUCAAGGUUGUUGGCAGACCAAUGCCAGAGACAUACUGGUUCCACAAUGGACAACAAGUGGUGAAUGACUACACCCACAAGAUAGUUAUCAAAGAGGAUGGUAUUCAAUCCUUGAUCAUUGUUCCUGCAAUGCCAAAAGACUCUGGAGAAUGGACUGUUGUCGCUCAGAACAGAGCUGGACGCACCACAGUCUCUGUUAACCUUACAGUGGAAGCUCGUGAAAGCCUUGCCCGUCCUCAGUUUGUGGAGAAGCUGAAGAACAUCACAGUCAAACAGGGCACUCUGGUUGAACUGGCUGUCAAAGCCAUUGGAAACCCUCUUCCAGAUAUUGUGUGGCUGAAGAACAGUGACAUCAUCAGCCCGCACAAACACCCACAGAUCAGGAUUGAGGGCACCAAAGGAGAGGCAAAAUUCCAAAUUCCUACAGCUGUCCCCACAGACAGUGCCUGGUACACCGCCACAGCCAUCAACAAAGCGGGCAGAGACACCACCCGCUGUAGAGUCAAUGUGGAAGUUGACUUUGCUGCACCUCAGACUGAGAGGAAACUCAUUGUCACCAGGGGAACCUACAAAGCAAAAGAGAUCGCUGCGCCAGAGCUGGAGCCCCUUCACCAGCGCUAUGGCCAAGAUCAGUGGGAAGAGGGUGACCUUUAUGAUAAGGAAAAGCAGCAGAAACCACAAUUCAAGAAGAAACUCACUUCUAUCAGGAUGAAGCGCUUUGGUCCAGCCCACUUUGAAUGCAGAUUGACCCCCAUUGGAGACCCCACCAUGGUGGUGGAGUGGCUCCAUGAUGGCAAACCUCUCGCUGCCGCAAACAGGCUGAGAAUGGUCAAUGAGUUUGGAUACUGCAGCCUUGACUACGAGGUUGCUUACGCCAGAGACAGUGGUGUCAUCACAUGCAGAGCCACUAACAAAUUUGGAGUUGACCAGACUUCUGCCACACUUAUUGUCAAAGAUGAAAAAGGCCUGGUUGAGGAUUCCCAACUUCCAGAGGGCAGAAAAGGCACCAGAGUGGAAGAUAUUGAACGCUUUGCUCAUGAAGGAGGCCCUGCGGGAGUCAGUGCUGACGAAGAAUCUGAAAAAACCAAACCUGAAAUCGUUCUGCUCCCUGAACCAGCCCGUGUGGUUGAAGGAGAAAUUGCCCGUUUUCGCUGCAGAGUCACCGGCUACCCAGCACCCAAAGUCAACUGGUACCUCAAUGGCCAGCUCAUCCGCAAAAGCAAGAGGUACAGACUACGGUACGACGGUAUCUACUAUUUGGAGAUUGUCGAUAUCAAGUCAUACGACGCAGGUGAGGUCAGAGUGGUCGCUGAUAACCCUCUUGGCACAACUGAGCACACAGUGAAACUGGAAAUAACCCAGAAGGAAGACUUUAGAUCCGUCCUUCGGCGUGCCCCCGAAGCCAAAUCCACAGAGGCCCCUCAUGAAGUUGGAAAAAUGAGCUUCGAUGUUGUCAAAACCGACAGGGCAAGCGAGGCUGCGCAAGACAGGGAAGUGGUCAAACUGAGGAAAACUCAGAGAAUCGUUCACGAAAAGACAUCAGAGGAGACAGAGGAGCUCAAGAGCAAGUUUAAGCGCAGGACUGAAGAAGGUUUCUACGAAUCCAUCUCAGCCGUGGAGUCAAAGAGCCGCAAGAGGGAUGAGUCUUAUGAAGAAUUGCUUAAGAAGACCAAAGAUGAGCUCCUGCAUCACCUGAAAGAGAAGGAAGAGGAGGAGAGAAGGAGGCUAGAGGAGCAGGGACAGGUCACCAUCCCCACAUUCAAACCCGACAGAAUCCAGUUGUCCCCAUCGAUGGAAGCACCCAAGAUCAUUGAGCGCAUCAAGAGCCAGACGGUCAGUCCCAUGGAGGAAGUGCGCUUCCGGCUGAGGGUGGUGGGAAGACCCGACCCGGAAUGCCAGUGGUUCAAGAAUGGAAUUCCCCUGGAGAAGUCCGACCGGAUCUACUGGUACUGGCCCGAAGACCAUGUUUGCGAGCUGGUCAUCAGGGACUGCACCGUGGAGGACUCCGCCAGCAUCAUGGUCAAAGCAGCCAAUGUCGCAGGGGAGUCGUCCAGCCAUGCCUUCCUGUUGGUGCAAGCUAAGGCAGCUAUAAACUUUACCCAACACCUGGAAGAUGCCAGUGCAAAUGAGAAGGACACUAUGGUGACUUUUGAGUGUGAGACCAACGAGCCUUUUGUUAAGGUGAAAUGGCUGAAAAACAACAAGGAGAUCUUCUCUGGAGACAAGUACAGGAUGCACUCAGACAGAAAGGUGCAUUUCCUGUCCGUGCUCGUCAUUGAACUCCAGGAUGAUGCUGAAUAUAGCUGUGUGGUUGUGGAUGACGAGGCCAUUAGAACCACUGCAAGACUUCAUGUUGAGGGUGCUGCUCUUGAGAUGGUUAAACCAAUGGAGAGCAUAGAAGUGCCUGAGACCUAUGCUGGAGAAUUUGAGGUGGAGGUGUCUCGUGAAGAUGUUGAAGGGACAUGGUUCUUUGGAGACAAGGAGCUGUCCCCCAGCAGCAAACACGUCAUGACAUCACGCAGAGGGAGACACACGCUGUCUGUGAAAGAUGUGAAGAAGCAGGACCAGGGAAAAUAUACCUUUGUGUGUGGCGAUCUGAAGACCAGCGCCUCCCUCAAGAUGAAAGUUCGCCCUGUGACACUGAUGCAGCCCCUGAGUGACCUCACUGUGUGCGAGGGCGACAUCGCUCAGUUGGAGGUACGUUUCUCCCAGGAGAAUGUGGAGGGAACCUGGAUGAAGAAUGGCCAGGCCCUCUCGGCUUCAGACCGUGUGCACAUUGUCAUUGACAAAGUGAUCCAUAAGCUGCUGGUGGAGAAUGUCAACAGAGAGGAUGCAGCUCAGUACUCUUUUGUGGUCCCCGCCCAGGAGAUCUCCACUUCAUGCAAGCUCAAUGUUCAAACCAUUGACAUUGUGAUUCCACUGAAAGAUGUUUCUUCCAUUGAGGGCACUAAGGCUGUUCUGGAAGCUAAGAUCUCCGCUCAGGAUGUCAGUUCUGUAAAAUGGUAUCACAAUGAUAAGCAAAUCACUGCCAGUGACAGGGUCCAGAUGGUCGCCAAGGGCUCCAAGCAGCGUCUGGUCUUCACCAGGACGUUUGCUUCAGAUCAAGGCCGCUACAAACUGGUUGUUGGGAAAGUUGACACCAGCUGCAGCCUGUCUGUUGAAGAGGUGCAUAUUGUGAGGAACAUGGAGAAUAGAGUGUGCUCUGAGUCCCAGAAUGUUACAUUUGAGGUUGAGGUGUCUCACCCUGGCAUUGACCCAGCCUGGACCUUCAAGAACCAGCAGCUCAAAGCUGGAGCUAAAUACAAGAUGGAAUCUAAGGGCAAAGUCCACUCUCUGACCGUCAUGGACACCAUGAAAGAUGAGGAGGGACAAUACACUUUCCAUGCUGGAGAGAAGACAUCCACUGCUACACUCACUGUGUCUGGUGGUGCCAUCACCCGUCCCCUGCAGGAUGUGACAGUGGCUGAAUCUCAGACUGCUGUUUUGGAAUGUGAGGUGGCUAAUGCUAACGCUGAGGGCAAGUGGAUGAAGGAGGGUCAGCUUGUUGGCUUCAAUGAGAAUGUGAUCAGUGAAGUUGAUGGAGCAGUCAGACGCUUGGUCAUUGUUAUCACCAGACCCCAGGAUGUGGGAGAAUACACUUACCAGGUGGCAAACUCCAAGACCACCGCUAACCUCAGGGUGGAGGCUGUCAAGAUCAAGAAAACUCUGAGAAACCAAACUGUGACUGAGACCCAGGAUGCAGUGUUCAUCCUGGAGCUGACCCACCCUGACGUGAAGGGAACCCAGUGGAUCAGAAAUGGGGUGGAGCUCCAGAGUAACGACAAAUAUGAGAUCACCACUGAAGGCAUUGUCCACACUCUUCGAGUCAAGCACUGCAACACCCAAGAUGAGUCCGUCUACUCCUUCAAGCUCGGAAAACUGUCUGCCAAUGCCAGGCUUAAUGUUGAGACCAUCAAGAUAAUUAAGAAAAUAAGAGAUGUCAAUGCACUGCUGGACUCCACUGCUUCCUUUGAGUUGAGUUUGUCUCAUGACAACAUCCCGGUCACAUGGAUGUUUAAUGGCAAAGAACUCAAAUCCAGUGAUAAAUGCAAGAUUCAGGCCGAAAGGAAAGCUCACAAACUUAUCCUGCAGAAUGUGGACAACAGCAAUGCAGGAGAGUACACCGCCGUGAUAGGACACCUUCAGUGCAGCGCCUCGCUCACUGUGGAGUCUCUACGUGUGACUAGGCCCCUGAAGAAUGUGGAGGUGGUCGAGACGCAGAGCGCCACAUUCGAUUGCGAGGUGUCCCACUUCAAUGUGCCGACCACCUGGCUGAAGAACGGGGUGGAGAUCGAGAUGAGUGAGAAGUUCCACAUCGUGGUUCAGGGUAAACUGCAUCAGCUGAAGAUCAUGAACACCAGCCGGGACGACUCUGCCGAAUACACGUUUGUCUGUGGAAACGACAGAGUCUCUGCCACGCUUACUGUCAGCCCUGUCCUGAUCACUUCUAUGCUGAAGGACCUGAAUGCCCAAGAGAGAGACACCAUCACCUUCGAGGUCACUGUAAACUACGAGGGUAUAACUUACAAAUGGCUGAAAAACGGUGUGGAGAUCAAAUCAUCGGACAGGUGUCAGGUUCGCACCAAGGAGCUUACCCACUCGCUGACCAUACGAAAUGUGCACUUUGGAGAUGGAGGAGAGUACCAGUUUGUGUCGGGUUCAGCCGUCUCCUCUGCCAACCUCUUUGUGGAAGCUCGCCUUAUUGAAUUCACCAAGAAAAUCAAGGACAUUAAAAUCACUGAGAAGAAGAAGGCCAUAUUUGAAUGCGAGAUCUCUGAGCCCAAUGCCCAGGUCAUGUGGAUGAAAGAUGGACAGGAACUGGACACUUCGGAGGAGAGGUACAUUGUGACAGCUGAGAAAUAUGUCCAUCGCCUGAUGAUCCAAACAGUACGCAUGUCUGACGCAGGCGAGUACUCAGUUGUGGCUGGAUCUAGCAUAUCCAAGGCCCAGCUUAUCGUGGAAGGUCGUGAUGUUCGCAUUUCUGAGCCAGCUCAGAAAGAAAUCACCGUCCUGGAGAAACACAGAGCCACUUUUGAGUUUGAGGUGAAUGAAGAGGACAUCGAAGGAAGAUGGUUGAAAAAUGGAGUGGAAAUCCAGUUCUCCGUGGAAAAACGCUUCAACUACGUGACCAUCAGGAAACUCCACCGCCUCACCAUCAUGGAGACUUACAGGAGUGACGCCGGCGAAUAUACAUUUAUUGCUGGCAAGAACCGAAGCACCAUGCAUCUUCGAGUGAACCUCCCAGAGCCCCCUCAAAUUGUGCGCCACAUGGAGUCCCAGUCGGUGGAGGCCGGAAAGCCUGUUCGAUUCUCCGUGGAGGUGAGUGGCCUGCCCCAGCCGCAGGUCUCCUGGUACAAAAACUCUCAGGCUCUUUCCCCCGGAUUCAAAUGCAAAUUCCUCCAUGACGGAUAUGAACACACGCUGCUGCUCAUCGAGGUCUUCCCUGAAGAUGUAGCCGAGUACAAAUGUGAAGCCAAGAACGACUACGGAGCAGCCACCAGCACCGCAACACUUAAUGUAGAAGUGUCAGAGGUGGUGUCCCCGGAUUCUGCUGCUCCUGUGGCUCCCCCAGUGGUCAUCACCCCUAUCAGCAACACUUCAGCGCAUGAAGGUGAACCAGCUCGCUUCCAGUGCAGAGUCCGUGGAGAUGAUGUGAAGAUCUGCUGGUUCCACAAGGACAAGGAGAUCAAGCAGUCGGACUUCUUCAGGAUGUCCCAGUUUGAUGACAGCUGUCAGCUGGAGAUCUCCAGAGUCUACUCUGAGGAUGAGGGGGAGUACCGCUGCACAGCCACUAAUAGUGCCGGAACUGUGUCCUGCUCUGCUACACUGACAAUGGAGGGCACUGCAGAGAGCCAAUGGCAUGUUUCCACCAGUCUCACAAGUGUUAAGAAACCUUCUCUAGGCCAAAAGCCAGUCUUCCUUCAGCCUAUCAGCAGCUGCACAGUGCCACAUGGAGAAGUGGCUCGCUUCCAUGCAUGUGUGUCAGGCAUGCCCCAGCCAGAAGUGACAUGGUUCCAUAACAGACAGCCAGUGAAGGCCACCAAAAACCUGGUGUUUCACUUUGACGAGAUGACAAACAUAGCCACUCUGAUCAUAGUGGAUGCUUUCUCUGAGCAUGCAGGCGUGUACACUUGCAGAGCGGUCAAUAACGCUGGAGAGGCUGCCUGCUCUGCCACUCUCACCAUAACCAAAGAGCAAGAAGUAGUAGAUGAAGUGACCCGUGUUGAACAGACUGAAACCAAGGUGGAAGAAGUCAAAGAAAUUGCUAGUACCACCGUCACUACUGUGGAAGAGGAAACCUACAGCACUGCUGUCCAGUUACCACAGAAAACAAAAACACUUGAGCUCAAACCAGACUCUAAACGUUACUCUUCCACUUUAGAGAAGAAAAAAGAAAAGCCAGUUUUCCUUACUCAGCUUUCUCCAGUUGUUUCAACCAGUGGUGAGACAGCCAGAUUUAGUGUACAUAUUUCAGGCUUUCCCAAACCUACUGUUCAGUGGUUUCAUAAGGGUAAAGUCAUUAAGAGCUCUUCUGUGUAUAAAAUUAUUGAGGAAAAGGAGGUACACACUUUAGUUAUUACCAAGGUCACCACUGAAUAUGAAGGGGAAUACUCCUGCACUGCCUCCAACAGAUUUGGUGAGACAACUUGCACCACAUACCUUGAGGUAAAAAAGCCAGAUGUGAGUCAUGCAGAAAAAUGGGUGGAGAAAAUGUUUAAGGUCACAGGUCAGCCUCCUACUUUCACAGUUCAAAUUCUCCCUGUCAGAUGUUCAGAGGGUGGAGAGGUUUCCUUUAAUUACAAAACUACUGGUGACCCUCAUCCUGAUGUGAAGUGGUUCAAAGGAGCUUUCCAAAUCCAGCCUAGUCGAAAUUGCAUCAUCAUUGCCAACCCUGAUGGAUCUGGCUACAUCAAUUUGAAGAGUGUAAAACAGGAAGACAGUGGUUUGUAUACUUGCAAGGCCACAAAUCAGUUUGGUGAAGCUUCUUGUAGUGCUGAACUGGUGGUAUUUAAGGAGUCCCGUAGACAGGAGAAGCAUACUGUUGUCCAGAAGAAAGGCUACAAGGUGACAGUGACAGAGCAAGCUACAGAGUCACGCUUGUAUCAGGUAAGUUUGCCAGGCCAGGACAAAACAAAAUCAGAUCAGAUGGUUUACACAAUCGGCACUGAAGACAGACAGAUAAUUCCUAGUGAGCAGGUUAGCUCGUUGAGAGAAGUUGACAUUUCAGCUGCCACUGUGCAUUGUGAAAAGGUAACCCACCAGGCUGCAGUACUCCAAACCCAUGAAUUAGAGGAAAGAGUUUCUGUCGCUCCUACCCAUCCACCGCAAGUGUCAGCUGUUCCUGCUAAACAGGUUCAUAUGGCAGCCUUCACAUCAUCAAUUGAAGAAAGCCAAGGCCUUAUCGAGCAGCAUUGUGAUCGCAUUCAAAGCCCAGAGGUCAUUGAGCUGCAGGCUGCUCGGGAAAAGAAGUCAAAAGUAAUGUCAGCUGUAGCAGAGGAGUUGACCCCACUGUCCACUGUUAGCACAGAGCCUUUAGCGGACAGAAAACCUGCCCAAAUAAAGUCCUUGUCUGAACCUCAAUUUCUUGUCAGUGGACAUCAAGUUGAGUCUCAGCUAGCUAUGCUGAAAGAGCAGUCACAGGAAAUGCCUGAAUCCCAAGAGCAGAAGGGUUAUAAGGUGAAGGAGGGUGUAAAGAUCUUGUAUUCAGCUCAGUCUUCAGAGAAACAUGUUCUGGCUGAAGGACACACAACUGAGAUAGUGAGCUCAGAUUCAGCUCUUAAGUCCACUGUUAGUAAAGAAAAGCACAGGCCAGUCUUGGCUUCAGUCAGCGAAUCAAAACAAAGUCUUCAUAAGGAAAGCAAGCUCUCACUGGAGAGGUCUGCUGAAGAAACGGCAUCUUUGUCUAAAGAUAAAAUUAUGAAUGCAGCCAUAAAUACAGAAGAAAAGCAAAUAUUUCAAUCUGAGCCCACACAACAGCUGCCAAGUUUAGCCAGUGCAAAAUCAAUUAAGCCACAAAUUGAAGGCGAACAACUUUUGCACUUGCAGGUUGUAACAGAUCAGGACGUUCUUCCAUCAGAGAAAGCUUUUAGUUGUGAGAAACCAGCUAGUGAGCAGGCAGAGAGCAGAAAAAGCCCCACUUUGCUCUAUACCGUUAGCCAGGAUGAGCAAAAAACUGUUGUUUGUGAGGACUCUGUACAGUUUGAAGCAAAAGCUAGCACUUUAACCAUUCAGCCUCAAAAAGAAGCUCCCACUCAGCUUCAUCUCCAAUCCACACAGCCCAUAGAGAUGCUUCAGAAAGAGGGUUUACUAACAGUUGAGAAACCAGAGCAGCAGAUAGCAUCACAAAAGCAAGAGCGUGCAAGGAAACAGGCAGCUACUUUUGAGGAGAAAAGAGAGCUUAUUGCUGAUUAUCAUACUGAUCUAGACGUGUCUGUAACUGGAGUUCAGUCUCAACUUAGAACUGAACCAAAGCCUCAACAAAUUCUUCAGCUUUCCUACCAGCCCAUGCAGUUGCCAAAGGAAGUGCCAAUUUCUACUGAUGUCAAACCGCAACGUGCAUUAGUACAGAAAGAGGAACGCUGGAAUGUCAUGCAUGUGACUAGUGUUGCAGACAGCCAUACUAUGGAGGAGGGACACACUGAGAGUCUUUUGGAUAUAGAUAAACUUACCUCUCACAUGGCUGUAGAACCAAACGUUCCCUCUGUUCCUAUUCAAGUUGAAGAGAAGGGGAUCUCUACUGAAACCACUACUCUCCUUGAGGCAGCAGAACAGGACUUUGCAGUACAAAUCCAGGAAGGUCAGUCAGUAAGGCAGUCGAUAAUAAUGGAUGAGAAGAGAGUGCUCACUGGUGAAGUCUCACAAGAGGUUACCAAGGAACAAUCUUCCAAAGUGGCUGUUACCACACAACCCAAACUUUCAUUUAUGGCUUCCGAGUCUAAAGACACCACAGCACUACCAAAAGAGAUGACCUUUAUGAUACAGAUUCCUAAACCGUCCAGUCUGAACAUAAGACGCCAGCUUAGGGACGCACUUCAGUCUGCGGUGGCUAGUGACCAGCCUGUGUUAUUGGCUGAUAUUGUUGAAAAGUUACAAGCUGUAGAAAUUCAGGAAGUCAAGGUUCAGAGAGAGCCAAAGCGGGCCAUGUUUACUUACCUAAUCACAACAACAGGCUCACCAAUGGAGAUAACUCUUGCAUUUGAAGGUGAGUAUCCUCAAAUGGCCGACCUUAGAACUGAGCUACAGGCAGCUUUUCAUUCGAUCCUUUACCAAGAAUCUAGUGUUCUUACUUCAGCACAGCCUGGAACAAUGCAGCUUGACAAACCCCAACGAGCAGAGGCUAUGACAACCCAUAGCAAACAAAUGCUGUCAUCAAUGGUAGAAACUGUACAUGUUACAGAAAGUGCUGUUGAUUUCUCUGCUGUUAAAUCACAAGCAGCUGCACUAAAAACAGAAUCUAAAAAGGGUGUUGCAUGUGUAGCAGCUGAACAACAAAUUGUGGUUCAAGAGUCAAAAGCACAAAAAGCACAGGUUAAAAUCCUGACUGAGCAAUCUGUGCAGGUUUCCAGGCAAGAGGUGCGGUCUGUAACAAUUGAAAGUCAAGAGAAAGUGGAGGUGUCUGCAGGUGUUACCAUACAGAAGGAGCUCAAGCAAGAGGUCUUUAAAGAGGAAAUUAGCGUAUCACGACCAGAGGAAAGGGAAUAUCCUGUAAUGGUGACCUCUCUCGAAGACCUAUCUAUUGAUGAAGAAAGUAAAGUGACCUUUGCCACCACUAUUAGGUAUGUUACUAAGGUAAACUGGUUUUUCAAUGGCCAAUUAGUAAAGUCUGGCAAAGAGUUCAAGUGUUCAAAAGACAAUGACACAUACACACUAAUUAUCAACAAAGUUGUGAAGGAGAAGCAUCAAGGAGAGUAUGUCUGUGAGGCUGAAAAUGAAGCCGGCAAGAUCACAACAUCUUCAAGACUGACUGUGGUCUCAAGAGUGCCACCAGUUUUUAGGCAGAAAAUCGUCCCACUUGAGAUAAAUGUUGGCAGCCUUGCCAAGUUUGAAUGUGACAUUGAAGAUGCUCCUGAUGUGACCUUCAAGUGGUUCAGAUCUGACGUUGAGAUCAAACAAAGUGAGAAGUACAGGAUUCUCAGCCGCCACACCAGUUCCUCUUUGGAGAUCCUGAAUCCUGCCAAGGCUGACAGUGGGGAAUACAGCUGCAAAGCUUCAAAUAAACACGGCACUGCUACUUGCCAAGCCAAGCUCAUUGUGACAGAAAUGUAUCCGCCAGUAUUUGUAACAAAGACAGACCCUAUGACUUUGUUUGUGGGCAAACAAGCGUUGUUCCAGUGCUCACUCACUGGGUCCCUCCCCAUGGAGGUUAUUUGGCACAAGGAUAACAUAGCCAUUUCUGCAAAAGGGAACUACGUUAUGAAAUGUGAAAAGAACAAGUAUUCCCUUCUUAUUAAAAGUCUACAACUGUCUGACCAAGGAGUGUACCUUUGCAAGGCCUCCAACAGCGUUGGCACAGCAACCUUUACAACAAGCCUCACGGUGAUUAACAAGCCAAGCUUCAUUAAACCCAUUGAAGCAGCUUCAUUGGCUGUCAAUGACUUGGUAAGGCUAGAGUGCCAGGUGGACGAGGACACUGGUGUCACGGUCACCUGGACCAGGGAUGGCAAGAAGGUCCAUCAGAGCAUGGAUUGUAAGCUAUCCUUUGAAGACAAGGUGGCUGUUCUUGAGAUACCUAAGUCCAAAAUUAAGGACUCUGGGAAAUAUGUAUGCACAGCCAGCAAUGAGGCUGGCAGCUCGACCUGUGAGGCCGUGGUAACAGUUCAAGAGCCACCCACAUUUACAAAAAAAAUGGAGCCAAAGUUCAUAUGGAAACAAGGUAUAGCUGGACGCUUACAGUGCACCAUGAAGGGAUCACCUGAGCUUCAUAUCCACUGGUUUUGGAAUGAAAGAGAAUUAAGUGAUGGAGAAAAAUACAAAAUAUCCUUAAAAUCUGGAGUGGCGACUUUAGAGUUUCUUAAUCUUGUGGUUAGUGACAGUGGAAGUUACACCUGUGAAGUGUCAAAUAAUGCUGGGACUGACAGUUGCAGCACAGUUAUAUAUGUUAAAGAACCACCAUCUAUUAAAAAGGAACUGCAAACAAUAGAGACAGUUAAAGGCAGUUCAGCUCAGAUGCACUGUGAGAUUACAGGAACUGCUCCCUUUGAGAUCAGUUGGUUAAAAAACAAAAAAGUAAUUGCUAGUGAUAAGAAAUAUACAAUCAUUUCUGAAGAUAAUUUAUCUAGGUUAGAGAUUCAGACAUUUGAAAGUGCAGAUGUCGGAGACUACCAGUGUGUUAUUUCUAACGAUGUUGGAAAAGUCACAACUAAAGCAGUCGCUAAACUUAAAGAACCCCCAACUUUCACAAAGCGGGUUGAAAGUGCAACAGCUGUGCUGGGAAAUCCAGUUAAAUUACAAGGAACAAUAAAGGGCUCAGCUCCCAUUACAGUAAAAUGGAUGAAAGAUUCUGAGAUUCUCAGAGAUGAUGAUCCUCAUGUUAAGAUGGUGUUUGAGAACAAUGUUGCAAGCUUGUCAAUAACAACAGUUGCCAUUAGCCAUGGUGGCAAGUAUCUAUGUCAAGCUGAAAAUGAGGCUGGUCAAAGUAAAUGUGACGCCACACUGACAGUACAAGAACCAGCUAGAAUUCUAGAAUCUGCCGAGUCCAUCAGCGUCACAGCAGGAGACUCAGCCACACUGGAGUGCUCAAUUUCAGGAAGCCCAGAACUGAAAGUGAAAUGGUUCAAAGAUGGCAAAGAGAUGAUAAGUGGGCGUAAAUAUAAGAUGACUGUAAAGGACAAUGUUGCCACCAUGAAGAUCCUUGCUGCAGAAAAAGGAGACACUUCAGAAUACAAAAUGGAGGUGUCUAAUAAAGUUGGCAAAGACCAGUGCACAUGCUCAGUCACUGUGUUAGAUCGGAUUAUGCCGCCAAAUUUCACCAAAUCUCUUAAAAGAGUUGAUGCAAACAUUGGCAACAAUGUUGCAAUGGAUUGCAAAGUGUCUGGCUCUCAGCCAAUGACCAUAUCCUGGUUCAAAGAUGACAAGGAAAUUACGCCUGGAUCAAAAUUUCAGUCUGAAUUUGUGGAAAACACAGCAACACUCAGAAUAGUCCACUUGGAAAAGUCUGACUCUGGAGUGUACAAAUGUAAAGCCACAAAUUCAGCUGGCUUCAAGGAAACCAGUGGCACACUUUAUUGCAAAGAACCUCCAGUGUUCACUAUAAAACCAGAAAACCAAGAUGUUAUACCUGGAAGCACUAUUUCACUCCAAGCAACCUUCACGGGAACAGCUCCACUGGCUGUAAAGUGGUUCAAAGAGGAAAAGGAGAUUGUAUCUGGUGGUUCUUAUUUUAUAAAGAAAGAUGCCUCCGCCACUUCUCUGGAGAUUUCAUCUGUUAAACCAAAUGACUCAGCCAAGUACACAUGCCAAGUAUCCAAUGAUGCUGGAAAAGUGGAUUGCACAGCAGUGCUUUUUGUGAAAGAACCUCCAAUAUUUGUGAGGAAACUGGAGACAACCAAACUUAUUACCAGUGGAAACUCUACAAAGCUGGAAUGCAAAGUGACAGGCAGCCCUGUUAUUAGUUUUAAAUGGUUCAAGGAUGAGAUGGAGAUCAGCCCUGGACCUAAAUAUACAACGACGAUGAGUGAUUUAAUGUCUUCUUUGGAAAUUGUUGACUGCAAGGUGGAGGAGAGUGGGGAAUUUGUGUGUGUGGCCACUAAUGAGGCUGGUAGUGACCGCACCAGCAGCACAGUCACUGUGAAAGAACCACCAGGUUUCAUUCGUAGUUUGGAACCCAAAGAUGUGGUAAAAGGCUCUGAGAUGAUACUGGAGGGAGAAGUCUCUGGAUCAGGCCCUUUCACUGUGUGCUUUUUUAAGAAUUCAAAGCCGGUUAGAAAUGACAAGAGACACAGAAUUACAGUCCAAGAUGGCCUGGUAGCUCUGCAGGUGCUCGCUGUAGAAACAGGAGACGUUGGCUCCUAUCAGUGUACUGUAGAAAAUGAAGUUGGCAAAGCUUCAUGUGAUUGCCAAGUUACACUCAAAGAACCACCAACUUUUGUCCGUAAACUGGAGAAUCUCAGCUCUUUAGUUGGUAGUGAGGUGUCUAUGCAGUGCUCUGUAAAGGGUUCUGAGCCCAUUUCUGUGAUGUGGCUAAAAGAUAACCAUGAAUUAAAAGAGUCUGAAAAUAUUCAUCUUACUUUUGAAAAUGGGAUUGCUCUACUACACAUCACCAAUCUUCAAAGCCAAAAUGAGGGUAAAUUCUCUUGUCAGGCACAGAAUCAGGCAGGAAGCCAGACAUGCUCUGCUGUGUUAACUGUCAAAGAACCUGCAAAGAUAACAGAGGAAGCUAAGUCCAUCAGUGUGACUCAGGGAGAUCCAGCCACACUUGAGGUCAGAUUCUCUGGCACAAAACCACUGAAGGCACGGUGGCUGAAGUCGGGCAAAGAGCUGACCUCGGGAGCAAGAUAUAAAAUCCACAGCACUGACACCAGCUCAGUUCUGAAAGUCAUGAGAACAGAAAAGAGUGACAGUGGAGACUAUAGUUUUGAGAUUUCAAAUGAUGCAGGUCACAGCUCUUGUGAGGCCACUUUGACUAUUUUAGAUCAAAUUAUCCCACCAUCAUUUACGAGAAAACUGAAGCCGAUUGAAGGUAUCAAAGGAUCCUUUGCUCAUUUGGAGUGCCUUGUCUCUGGGUCUUUGCCUAUUACCAUACAGUGGUACAAAGAUGACACUGAGGUCAAACCAGGAGAAAGUCAUAAAAUUACAUUCUUUGAGAAUGUGGCCUUUUUGGAAAUUUCCGAUCUUGACUCUAAAGCCGGUGGGAACUACACCUGCAUUGCUAAGAACAAAGCUGGGACUGUUCAGUGUUCGGCUAGCUUGUUUGUGAAAGAACCACCAACCAUUCUUGAAAAGCCUGAAUCUCUAGAUGUUUUGCCUGGCUCAAAAGUUCAGUUUAAUAUCCUGGUCUCUGGAACACCACCACUAACCAUCAAGUGGUUUAAGAAUAACAAAGAAAUAGUAUCCAGUCUAGACUGUAAUGUGGUGAAGGACAACACAUCCAGUUCUCUGGAGCUGUUCUUUGCCAAAACAUCAGACUCUGGAGAGUAUGUCUGUGAAGUACAGAAUGAUGUUGGAUUGACAUCCUGCCAGGCAACUCUGUUUGUUAAAGAGCCUCCCAAAUUCACUCGUACCCCAGGUCGCUUGUCUGUGGUUCGCCCUGGCCAAAGUAAAGUGUUUGAGUGUCAGGUGACUGGCACACCUGAAAUCGACAUCUACUGGUUCAAAGAGGGCUCUGAAAUCAGCCAGAGUAAUAGGUACAAGAUGGCCUUUGUUAACUUUGUAGCCACUUUGGAGAUCUCUGGGACUGACAUGAAAGACAGUGGCCUAUACUACUGUGAGGCGCGUAAUGAGGCAGGGAGUGAGAGCUGCAGUAUGGAGCUCAAGGUUAAAGAACCACCUAGUUUUAUUAAGGACUUGGUUCCAGCUGACGUUGUGAAAGGGUCCACUGCUGGUUUUCAAUGCCAGGUUGCUGGAACUCCACCUUUUCAGGUCACAUGGCACAAAGACUCGAAAGAGAUGAAACCUAGUUCAAAACAUGGCUUUUCUCUCACAAAUGACAUAAUGGGUCUCGAAGUGCACAAAUGUGACUCUAUAGAUAUUGGGGAAUACCAGUGUACUGUUUCUAAUGAAGUGGGAAGUUGUACUUGUAAGACUACACUUAAUCUCAAAGAACCACCCACAUUUACCAAAAAGAUUGAGAACACAACCACUGUCCUGGGUAAAAUGGCCCAAUUUCAGUGUGUUGUUGCUGGUUCUCCAACACUUUCUGUACAAUGGCAAAAAGAUGAAAACUGGAUUUUGGAUGAUCCUAAAAUAGAGAGGACUUUUCAGAACAAUGUGGCCACUCUCAGAGUUGCCACUUGUGAAGCCAGCCAUAGUGGGAGGUACACUUGCCAAGUGGUAAAUGAUGCUGGCCAGGACAAAUGUGUUGCAAGCCUAACUGUACAAGAGCCACCUAGAAUCACAGAGAAACCAGAAGUGAUAAAGGUGACAGUCGGAGAUCCAGUGAGUAUGGACUGCAAGGUAGAAGGCUCCCCAGAACUUAAAGUCAAAUGGAUGAAGGACGGAAAGGAGCUUCAGUCCAUUAGGCAGCAUAAGAUCAGUUUUGAAAACAACUGUAGCAGCCUCAAGGUCUUGUCUGCACAGAAAGAGGACCAAGGAGAGUACGUGUUUGAAGUAGCUAAUCACAUCAGCAGCUGCACCUGUAAAGUCCAAGUGAUUGUUCUAGAUCAAGUAAUCGCUCCAAGCUUCAUUAAACCACUGGUAAACAUGCAAGAGGUUUUGGGCUCUUUUGUACAGAUAUGUUGCAAGAUAUCUGGUUCCCUGCCCAUUUCAGUGGAAUGGCAAAAAGAUGGAAGCAAAAUCAUGAGUGGUGUCAAACAUAAACUCAUUCAGCAAGACAAUACAGUAUCAGUUGAAAUUGAGCAGCUAGAGAAAAGUGACGCAGGAUCCUACACCUGCAAACUGACCAAUGCUGCAGGAAGUUGUCAGUGCAGUGGCUCCCUCAUGGUCAAAGAGCCUCCAAGCUUUGUAACUCCACUUGAAUCGCAAACAGCUCUCCCUAAUGCCAAAGUUCGCUUCAAGGGCAUUUUUAAAGGAACACCCCCUUUCACAGUGAAAUGGUUCAAGGACGACAAAGAGCUCAUGACUGGACCCAUGUGUUUUACUGGCCUGGAGGCCCUCUCUUGUUUCUUAGAGCUCUACUCAGUGGGGGUCACCCAGAGUGGAGUUUACUCUUGCCAAGUCAGCAAUGAUGCUGGCUCUGCACGCUGCAGUGCAGACCUGACCGUCAAAGAACCACCAGAGUUUGUGCUGAAACUCCCCGCUAAUAAAUGCGUGAAGCAGGGCGAGUCGCUCCGUCUAGAGUGCAAAGUCAGUGGCACAGCACCCCUCACAGUGACCUGGUACAAGCACGACACCAGGCUCACGGACGGGAGAAACUACCGGACAUCGUUUGCCAACUCGGUAGCAGUGCUCGAAAUAGUGACGUCGAGCUUUGAUGAUGACGGAGUUUACACGUGUGAAGCGCAGAAUGAUGCUGGCAGUGUGAGCUGCAGCACCACUCUAACCGUUAAAGAGCCCCCACACUUUGUGAAAGUGCCCCUGCCCAUUGAGGGUCUGAAGGGUAAGGAUGUGAGUCUGUACUGCGAGCUGAGUGGUACAGCUCCGUUCCAGAUCACCUGGCUCAAAGACAAAAAGCCUUUGAUGGAGAGCAGGAAAUACAAAAUGCUGAGCGAGGGCAGCUCUGCAACUUUGCAUGUGAUCGGAAUAGAGUCGUCAGAUGCUGGCGAAUAUGACUGCAAAGCAUCAAAUAGUGUAGGAAGUGACACCUGCCAGACAUCAGUUAAACUGAGAGAGCCUCCAUCAUUUGUGAAGAAACUGUCAAACAUGACAGUAAUUCUGGGAGAGGAGGUGAGCCUAGUGGCCACUGUUAAAGGCUCUGAGCCCAUUACUGUGUCCUGGCUUAAGGACAAGGACAUUCUCAGAGACAGUGACAACCAGAAACUCACCUUUGAGAACAACCAGGUCGCUCUUACAGUCUUUAAGGCCAGUGCAUCCAUGGCCGGCAAAUACACCUGUCAACUCAGAAAUGAUGCUGGGAGUGUGGAGUGUUUCGCUAACUUGACUGUCCUAGAACCAGCUAAGAUAGUGGAUAAGCCUGAUGCACUGAGUGUGACGGCUGGCGAUAUAGCCGCCCUAGAGGUCAAAGUGUGUGGAACCCCAGAACUCAAACCUAAAUGGUUUAAGGAUGGUGUUGAGUUGGCCUCUGGCAGAAAAUACAAAAUCUCAUUUUCUCGGAUGAUUUCCUGCCUGAAUGUGCUCUCUGCAGAGAAAGUGGAUUCUGGAGAAUAUACUUUUGAGGUUAUGAAUGAGGUUGGGAAGGACCUCAGUAAAAUUAAUCUCACAGUUUUAGACAAGCUCAUUCCUCCCACCUUUUCGAGGAAGUUGAAGGACUGUAACAUGGUGCUGGGAAUAGCCGGAGAAAUGGAAUGUAAAGUGUCGGGCUCUUCACCGUUCACUAUUACCUGGUAUCACGAUGGGGAAGAGAUUCAGAGUGGGCCAAACUAUGAGAUUUCAUUCACUGACAACAACUGCACCCUGAAAGUCCCAACACUUAAGCUGUCCGACUCUGGGGCAUACAAAUGCAAAGCUGUCAACAAGGCUGGCUCCUGUGAGACCACUGCCACACUGCUGGUGAAAGAGCCUCCUUCCUUCGUGGUGCCGCCCCAGCCAGUGGAAGCCAUGCCCGGCUCCACUGUCACUUUCUCAGCCAUGGUGAAGGGCAGCUCUCCCCUCAAACUGAAAUGGUUUAGAGGAACAAAGGAGAUUGUUUCCGGGCACACUUGCAACAUUUACCUAAAGGACAGCCAGGCCCUUUUGGAACUCUACAAUGUGGACAAAUCGCACGCCGGAGAAUACACCUGCCAGAUCAGCAAUGAGGCAGGGUCCGAGAGCUGCCCAGUCAACCUCGUGGUCAAAGAACCUGCAGCCUUCGUGAAGAGGCUGAAGGAUGUGUCUGUGGAGAAGGGCAAGCCUCUGUCCCUGGAGUGCAUCUACAGCGGGACCCCAAAGAUCACGGUGAACUGGUACAAAGAUGGUCAGCAGAUCUUUGCCUCCUACAAGUACAACAUCACCACCACAGAGAGCUCCUGCAUCCUGGAGUGUCUCAGCACCGACGACAAGGAGGCUGCGGGCAAAUACACCUGCGAAGUGUCCAAUGACGCAGGAAAGGACACGUGUGAAGCCAAUGUGUCCAUCCUCGAGCCUCCGUACUUUGUGGAGAGCCUGGAGCCCAUGGAGGUGACCAGUGGAGAUGCAGUGUGCCUGAAGUGCCAGGUUGCAGGGACACCAGAGAUCUCCGUGUCCUGGUUCAAGGCUGAUGGCAAAGUGCGCUCCAGCCCCACCUGCAAACUGGAGUUCUCCAAAGGUGUGGCCUGCCUAAAGCUCAGCAAGGUCACCAAGCAGGACAUCGGAGAGUACUCAUGCAAAGCUGAGAACAAAAUUGGCACCGCUUCCACUAGCUGCAAACUCAAUGUACUAGAGGCAAAAACUCCUCCAACAUUCCCUAAAAAGAUCACCAGCCUGCAGGAGACAGUGGGUCAGCCUGUCAGGUUUGAGUGUCGUGUGGCUGGCUCCUCUCCCAUCGAGGUUUCCUGGAUGAAGGAUGGGGCAGCUCUAAAGCAGGGAGCAGGCUUAUCUAUGUCAUACAAUGAUAACACGGCCACACUUCAGAUCGACCACGGGGAGAUGAGACACUGUGGAGAGUACACAUGUGUGGCCACCAACAGUGUGGGCACAGCCUCCUGCAGAGCCAAACUCACUCUGCAAGAGCCACGCUACCCUCCAGUGUUUGACAGGAAGUUAUUGCCCAAAGAGGCUACCGUGGGUGACAGUAUUGAGCUGGAGUGUCACAUGACCGGCUCCACCCCCAUUAAAGUCACAUGGUCCAAGGAUCAUAAAGAUAUCCGCACUGGGGGCAACUAUAAGAUCAGUUUUGAAGAUAACACGGCUUGUCUGACCAUUGUGAAGGCCGACAAGGGCGACACUGGCCGGUACUUCUGUCAUGCCUCUAAUGACAUGGGAAAGGAUUCUUGUUCGGCUGAAAUCACAGUCAAAGAACGCAAAAACCCUCCAAUGUUUACCAAGAAGCCCUCAGAGAACAUUGAGGACACUGAGGGUAAGUUGGUGAAGAUCGAGGGGCGUCUGACUGGCUCUCAGCCCAUGUCUGUGAGCUGGUUCAAAGGCAGCACUGAGAUCUUCAGCUCGGACAAAUACGACAUCAGCUUUAAGAGUAACGUGGCUGUACUGUGCAUCAAGAGCAGUCAACGCAGUGAUAGUGGUACCUACUCCUGCCACGCGGCCAACGAGGCAGGGGAGACCUCCUGUGACAUCACUGUGGGCAUUGCUGAGGCCAGGAAGCCUCCAGCAUUUGACAUCCCGCUCAAACCAGUGUCUGUGGAGGAGGGCGACAGGCUCUCCCUACGGUGCCAUGUCCGUGGCUCUGCACCGCUCAAAAUCCAGUGGAUGAAAGACCGCAAAGACCUGGUCUCAGCCGGUAGCACCAAGAUCACAUUCUCCGAGGGCACGGCCUGUCUAGACAUAAGCCCCGCCUCCAGGCACGAUGCUGGAGACUACCUGUGCAAAGCCACCAACGAGGCGGGCAGUGACUUUACCAAAACCAGAGUCACAGUCAAAGAGAAACCAGGAGCUGCCCCUGCCCCGGCUGAGACCCCUGCUGCUCCUCAAGCCAAGAAAAUGGACAACCUGUAUUUUGUGGAGGAACCAAAGCCAGUCACUGUUGUAGAGAAGGGCAUGGCUACCUUCAUUGCCAAAGUGGGUGGUGACCCCAUCCCCAGCGUCAAAUGGAUGAAGGGCAAGUGGAGGCAAGUGACCCAUGGCGGCCGCAUCUCCAUCGAGCAGAAGGGAGAGGUGUCCAAGCUGGAGAUCCGCGAGGUGACCAAGUCCGACUCGGGCCAGUAUCGCUGCGUGGCCUCCAACAAGCACGGCGAGAUCGAGGCCAGUGCUGACAUGCACGUGGAGGGCAAGAAGGAGAGUGCUGAGCUGGAGGGCGAUCUGAGAGCCAAACUCAAGAAGACACCAUCCAAACAGAAGAGUCCACAGGAGGAGAAGGACAUUGACAUUGUUGAACUCCUGAGAAACGUGGAUCCCAAAGAAUAUGAGAAAUACGCCAGAAUGUACGGCAUCACAGACUACAGAGGGCUGCUGCAGGCCAUCGAGCAGCUCAAGAAGGAGAAAGGAGACGAAAGUGGAAGACCGGAAUUGGAACGUGGAGACAGAGAGUCGGAUGAGGACAUGGCGAGACUGGUGGCCGACCUGCAAAAGAGGAUGGAGAGAACUGAGCCUGUAACAGUGGUGAGGGACAUCUCGGACCAGUUUGCAUUCACUAACAAAGAGGCCGUCUUUGAGUGCGAGAUCAAGAUUAACUACCCCGAGAUCACCCUGUCCUGGUACAAGGGCACUCAGAAGCUGGACACCAACGACAAGUAUGACAUCAGUAUCCAAGGCGACCGCCACCUGCUCAAGAUCAAAAAGUGCCAGACGGCUGACCAGGGAAACUACCGCGUGGUGUGUGGGCCGCACAUCUCCAGCGCCAAGCUCACCGUUUCUGAGGCGGAAGUGGAGAAGCACCUGCAGGACACCUCGGGUAAGAAAGGCCAGUCGUGCGCUCUGUCUUGUCAGUUGUCCAUCCCGAAUGUUCAGGCGCAGUGGUAUAAGAAUGGCCAGCAGUUAGAGCUGAAGGGCAGGUACAGGUCUGAGGUGGAACACAAGGUUCAGAAGCUCCACAUCUCCGACCUCAGGCCCGAAGACCAGGGCCGCUACUCCUGCCGCUACCAGCACCUUGAGUCCUCUGCUGAGCUCUGGGUGGAAGCCGAACAAAUUCAUUUCACCAAACGCAUCCACAACGUCGAGGUGAACGAGCGCCAGUCGGCCACUUUCGAGUGCGAGGUCUCCUUCGACAACGCAAUCGUUUCGUGGUACAAAGACACGUGGGAGCUAAAAGAAAGCCACAAAUACAACUUCCGCAGCGAGGGCCGAAGACAUUUCAUGGUCAUCCGAAAUGUGACCCUCGAAGACGAAGGCGUAUACUCAGUGAUUGUGAGGUUGGAGCCCAGAGGAGAGGCUAAGAGCACAGCUGAACUUUAUUUGUCUGGCAAAGAGAUUGAAUUAGCAAUGGUUCCUCUCGAUAUCCCAGACACAUCAAUUCAGAGGCCUGAAAUGCCUUCUUCUGUUGCAAUCCAAGAAUCUACUGAGUUCUAUGAAUAUGAAGAGGAGAGGAAGCAAAGAGUGCAAGAGUCAGCAGAGUAUUCUUAUCACUACGAGGAGGAGGUGGAGCAGAGAGUCGCUGUUGAAAGCUGGAAAGAGGAGACUAUAACACAACAAGUUAUUGAAGCUCAAGCUUCCAGAGUUGCCAUUGAGGAAACAGUUGAAACUACCAAAGUGGAAACCAGGGAGACAAUCCCAAUUAAAGAUGUGAAAGUCGAAGAAAAGCCCAAGGCUGCUGUCAAAGAGCCCUCACCUCCUAAAGUCAUACCCAAAAAGCCAGUGGAAGAAAAAGUGGAAGUAGUUUCCCUUCCAGAGAAAAAAGAACUUCCUGCUGUCAAAGAACCAGAAGAGUUUAAGAAACCUGCUCCUCCUCCAAAAAAGAAGCCUGAAGAGCCAAUCAAAGAUGAGGCCAAAAAGGUGGCCCCUGCGGCUAAACCAGAGCCAGAGCCUAAGCCUAAAGCCAAGCCUGAACCUGAAGUAAAGGCUAAAGCUGUGCCCAAACCUGAGCCCAAACCUGAGCCCAAACCAGAGCCCAAACCAGAGCGCAAGCCAGAGCCUGCUCCAGUGUCCAAACCAGCAGUGGAGCCUAAAGUGGAACCAGAGCCAGAAGCUAAACCUCUGAAGAAACCAGUGACUCCACCAACCAAAGUCGCUGAAGAGGUAAAAGUUCAGCCUGAAGAGAAGAAGGCCGAAAAGAAGGCAGAGCCGGAGCCUCCUAAAAUCAAGCCAAAGGAGCCAGAAAAGCCCAAGGAGGAAGUGCGUAAACCAGAGCCAGAGGUGAAGAAACCUGAGGUGAAGAAACCUGAGGUGAAGAAACCUGAGGAGAAGAAACUUGAGGAGAAGAAACCUGAUGUGAAGAAACCUGCAGUGAAAAAGCCCGAGUUGAAGAAGCCUGAGGAGAAGAAGCCAGAGGAGAAGAAGCUCGAGGAGAAGAGGCCUGAGAUGAAGCCUGAGGAAAAGAAGCCUGAGGUGAAGAAGCCUGAGGUGAAGCCUGAGGUGAAGAAGCCUGAGGUGAAGGCCCCAGAGCCAGAGACCAAACCAGAGCCUGCCCCUGCUCCAAAGGAACCUCCAAAGAAAGUGCCUCAAGCACCAGUACAAAAGGAGGUGGUGGCUCCUCCUCCACCUCCUCCACCUCCCCCAGUGCCACAAAAGGUGGAAAAAGAGAUAGAAACUCCACAGAAGAAGAAGCCAAUGCCAUCUAAAGUCCCUGUGGAGGAAUCUUCUCCUGAGCCUCCAAAAGUCAAGAAACCUGAACCAGUUAUAGAACCAAAAGAAGAAUCCCUGAAGAAGGAGAAAGCUCCCCAACCUAAACCUGUGUCCGAUGAGGUUCGAGAGCCCAAGAAAGUUCCUCCCAAAGUGGUGGAGCCUGAGGCGCUCCCUGAUCAAAAAACUGAACCUGAUGAGCGUAAGGUGGAGGUGAAAGAAAAAGUAGUGAAGAAGAUACCUAAAGAACCUUCGAAAACUACAGUGCCUGAAAAGGUUGAGACAAGACCAGUGAAAGAAAAGGUUCCUUCUGUAAAAGAACCGGAGAGGAAAAAAGUUGUGGAGAUUGAGAAACCAAAGCCAGUCGAGAAAAUGGCUGAAGCAAAGCCCAAAGAGGAGCUCCCUCGUAAAGAAUUAGAAAGUAUGAAGAUUCAGAGGUCUCCUGAACAAGAACAAAAAGCUACAAGCCUUGUCAAGAUAGAGCAAAUGAAAGGCCCUCAGAAGAUGCAGGAUGUGUAUUAUGUAACUGAGAAAAUGUCCACCACAGAAGAAGUUUGGGAGCAUGAAGAUGUAGUGACGGAACAGGCCAAACUGUUGUACGAGGAGGAGCUUUCUCUUUUGGCAAAAACAAUGGUCCAAUUAUCAGAGGUGGACGUUUUGACCUCAUCCAAAAAGGAGAAAAAGUCAGAGCUGAGACGCGAGAUAUCUGUUACUGACUCAAAAAAAGAAACACAAGUUACUAAAAAGAAGUUAGUGUCAGAAAUAUUUACAGAAGUUCAAGAAAGUACAAAACAAGCUGAAGAAGUUCAGAUAAGAAAAAAAGCCAUUUCUGAAGUAAGUUAUGAAGUCGAAUUACCCAAACCAGAGGAUAAAAUAGGCAUAACAGAACAGAUUUCACAAAUAACAGUAGAAUCUAGAGAGGUCCAAGUUAAGGAAAAGGGUGAAAAGAAAACCAUUCCAACCAAAAAGAAAGUUAUACAUGAAAUCAAGCCACAAAAGGUAGAAACAAAGGGAGAGCCAGAAAAGAAAGUGGUUGAGAAAACAAAAGUAGAAAUUCAUUCAAAAGCUGUUAAAAUUACCGAAAAAGAUACAAUUCCUACAAAAUCUGAAGAAAUGGCAGACAAGAAACUACUUCUUGAAAGUACAACUGAAACUAAAUUAGAGAUAGAUACAUCAGUUAAAACAAUUAAGAAGAAGGAAGUUCCAAAAGAAGACAAAUAUUUUAUUUCAGUUGAAUCUGAAAAAGAACCAGAAAAGAUAGAAAUGCAAUUAAAGGAAGUUACAGUGAUUAAAAGUGUGGAAAUGUCUGUAGAGGAUGAACAGAAAAAGCCUGAUGUCGAGCCAAAAUCCCAGAUAGUUGUAGAGAGUGAUCAAAAGAAAAUUGAAAAAAAGAUAAAAAAAUUAAAGGAGAGAGAACAAGAGACAAAAACAAGACAAAUGUCUAAACAGGAGAUAACCACUGUGUCUAUCAAAACUGAAGUAGCAGAAAAACCGAAAGAGUCAGUUGCAGAUGUUGAGGCCAAAGCCAGACCCAUUGAGACGAAAGAUUUGGAAAUUUACGCUGUAGUAAAAAAGAAAGAGGAAACAGUUCUGAAGAAGAAAAGUGAAGAUACAAGUCAAAAGAAAGUCACGACCGUAGCAGAAGAAAAGAAACAAACCGCUUUGAAAGAAGCAGAAUUAAAGCCAAAGAAGAUCCCCACACCUGUGGUUCUUGAAGCUCAAGUUGAAACUCCACAAAAAGCCCCUGUUGAGGAGAAGAAGCAAACUACACCAAAAAUCAAAGAAGCAGUAGUAGAGCCACUUGCUCCACAAGAAGAAAGCAAACCUAAACCCCCAGUCAAAGUUCAAGAGGCUGUAAAAAAGCCAGAAGACAAAAAGGAAAAGAAAGUGGAGAAAAAAGUAACUCCACAAGAAGACGUAAAGCCAGCGGUCAAGCCUGAGCCUGUGGCAAAGGUGGAAGAACCAGCUAGCAAGGUUUCAGAGGAGAAACCCCUUUUAGUUGAGACCAAAGUUCCAGAGACAGAUCAAACUAAGGGACCUGUCCAAGCACCAGGAGGAGUCAAGAAAGAAAUGAUUGCACCCAAAAAAGUUAAAACUCCAAAAGAGGAGGAAGUGGGCACAUUUGAGAUUCCCACUUUAAGGAAAACCACACCAAGGGUUGCCAAGGAAGCAGGGGAAGAAAUGGAGACAGUAAAACUAAAGAAAAUCCCCACAGCUUCCCCCAAGCAGCCAGAGGAGGUGGAGAAACCCAAGAUAGCCACUACAACUAAAGUGGUGGCAGUAGAGGAGAUGGUUCAAAGAGAAGAGGAGUUUGAGAUUUCCUUUGCCACCAGAAGACCAGCAGAAGAGAGAAAACCUCGAAGCAAAGCAGAGUUUGUUAAAAAGCCAGAGGUUGUUGAGGCUAAAGAAGAGAAAGAGAAAGAACUAUCUAAAGACUCAUGGGAACGACAAAAAGCACCACCAAAAGAAGAGAAACCAGAGGAGAAGAUUGCACUAAAGAUGACUCCAAAAGCUCCAAAACCAGAGGAACCACCAGCACCUGAAGCUGGUCUAAAGAAGGUCAAAAAAUUACCUUUAGAUCAGGAAGAGCCUGAAAUAGUGAAGCUAAAACCAUUUGAGAAACCUGUCAAACCAACUGAAGAACCUGAAAAGGUCAAAAAGGAUAGACCAGACAGGGAUAUGGUGCCUUUUGAAAAGAGGGAACGAACUCCUAGAGAAAUAGAACCCAAAGAACCUCCAAAGAAGCCUGAAAAAAGUCCAAAAGAGGUGGAAGUGCCUGAAAAAGUUCUGAAACCAAUGGACAAAAAGAAAUCACCAGAAAAGGAGCCAGAAGAAAAGAAAUUGCUAAUUGGAAAAGGUAAGAUUCCUAAACCAGAGCAAGAGGAGGAGACUGUGAAGCUAAAACCAUUUACUAAACCAUCUAAAGAGCCUGAAAAACCCAAGAAGCCAGAAGAGGAUAAAGAAAAGAAGCCCAUUGAUGAUUUGAGUCGACGCCGGACAACUCCAGAGGAGAAACCAAAGGAAAAAGAACCAGCAAAGAAGCCUGAAGAAAAGAAACCAAAAGAACCGGAGGUAAUCCCAGAAAAGAAAGCUCCAGCCACUGUUAAGAAGCCUGAGAAGACUCCAGAGGAACCAAAACCUGUGCAUCUGAAGAAAGUAAUCACCCCAAAACCGAAAGAUGGAAAAGAAGAUCUGGCUUUGAAACCUGUCGAACAGCUGAAGAAAGCUGAGCUAAAGAAGACACCAUCUCCCAAGGUUGAGAAACUAAAGGAGUCUGAACCUAUUCCCAUUGAAAAGAUCCCAAGUCUCAAGAAGGUGCCUAAAACUGUCUCACCCAAAGAGUCACCCAUAGAAGCUGUCACACUAAAAAAGAUUCCCAAGAAACCUUCGCCAGAGGAGGAAAAGGAAGCACGAAAAAUCCCAAUAGUGAAAGAAGUGUCUCCCGGUGCAGUGCAGAUGGAAAAAGUGGACACCCAGCCGGAGGAAGAAGUAUUUGAGGAGGAGUACGAGGCCCCCGAGGGAGAAGAGGAAGGAGAAGAUGAGGCCUGAUGGGAGCUGGUUCCUGUCGAUGGAGGUGAACCAGAGGAAGGCGCUGUGGAGGUGCCAGGGUUUCCCAGGAGAGAGGGCCAACCAGCUGGAGAAGAGGGAGGGCUGGCAGAGGGCAGAGGGCUAAGACCCAAGCAGACACCAUCCCCCGGUGAAGGAAGGGGCCGUGGUUUGAAACCUGGUGGUAGAGGUCCUACCCCUCCAGAGGAACCAUUUGGAGGCUUCAAGCUCAAGGCCGUUCCUCUGAAAUUCACCAAAAAGCUCCAGGAUAUUGUGCUUCAGGAGGCUGAGUCCAUUGGCUCCUCUGCCCUCUUUGAGUGUGAGGUUUCUCCUUCCACUGCUAUCACUACUUGGAUGAAAGAUGGCAGCAAUCUCCGUGAAAGCCCUAAGCACAAGUUCACCUCAGACGGCAAAGAUCGCAAACUGAACAUCAUUGAUGUGCAGCUCUCCGAUACUGGUGAAUACACUUGUAUCGCUAAGAACGCUGGCAAAGAGGUCCAAUGCUCAGCCAAACUCAUCGUGGAAGAGCUGCCAGUAAAAUGGAUAAAGGAGCUCGAGCCAGAGACCUCAGCAAUUAAGGGCCAGCCCAUUUACAUGACCUGUGAGCUCAACAAAGAGAGAGAAGUGAUUUGGAAAAAGGAUGACAAGUUCUUGGCAAAGAGGGAAAACAAAAUCCAGAUCAAUAUUAUUGGAAUGCAACAUGCUGUGACCAUCCAGAAUUCCCAGGAGAGUGAUGCAGGGGUUUACUCUUGUGCAGUAUCUGGACAGGAGGAUGUCAUAACUUCUACUAAUGUUAAAGUGAUUGAAAUUAUUAAAGAUUGGAUCGUGAAGCCUCUGAGGGACCAGCAUGUCAAACCCAAAGCAACUGCCACCUUCAAAUGCGAGCUGUUCAAGGACACACCCAACUGGAAGUGGCUCAAGGGAGAGGAUGAAAUCACUCCUUCUGAUAAAGUGGAGAUCAAGAAAGAAGGGAAGGAGUUGACCCUCACUAUCAAGAACUGCCAGCCUGAAGAUGUUGCAGAAUAUGCCAUGGAAGUGGAGGGACGCCUCUACACUGCCAAACUCACCUUAGGAGAGCGUGAAGCUGAUGUCCUGAAACCAUUGGCAAGCGUUGAGGUGUGUGAGAAGGAGGAUGCUGUAUUUGAAACGGAGAUUUCUGAAGAUGAUGUUGCCGGUGAAUGGAAGCUCAAAGGCGAGGUUUUGACCAGAUCUCCGACUUGCGAUAUCCAAAUGGAGCGUGGAGUUCGUCGUCUCAUUCUGAAGAACUGCCAACUGGACCAGGCCGGUGAAGUGACCUACCAGGCUCUGAAUGCUGUGACAAACGCUAUGCUUAAUGUUAAAGAAAUCGAAAUGGAUUUUGUAGUCCCUCUGAAGGACGUUUCAGUGCCUGAAAAGAAACAAGCCAAGUUUGAGUGUACCAUCACGAAGGAUGUGGCUAAGGUUAUGUGGUAUAAAGGAGCUGAUAUCAUCACCCCAGACCAAAAGUAUGACAUCAUUGAUGACGGAAAGAAGCACAUGCUGGUCAUAAACUGCUGCGAGUUUGACGAUGAGGAUGAUUAUACUAUCGAGGUUUUGGGCAAAAAGUCCACUGCUAGACUCACAGUCGAGGGUAUCAGGCUCAAGUUUAUCUCACCCUUACAAGACCAAACGGUGAAAGAAGGCAACACAGCUCGUUUUGAGCUUGAGCUUUCUCACGAGAACAUCCCAGUUACAUGGUACAAGAACGACGUUAAAAUACACACGAGCCGAGCUGUGGUCACACAUGUCGAUGGGAAAAAACAUGUUCUAGAGUUAAAGGACGUGACUCUCGAUGAUACUUGUCAGAUUAAGGCUGAGGCCAAAGGAAUUCCCUCCAUGGCGAAUUUGACAGUUAUAGAGGGAGACCCGUACUUCACAGUCAAACUCCAGGACUAUACCGCCGUGGAGAAAGACCAGGUGGUUCUGGAUUGUGAACUCAACAAAGACGUGGAGGUCAUGUGGUACCACAACGAAAUGGAAAUAAAAGCCUCCAAAGCGGUGCUGAUUAAAUCUGAGGGCAAACGCAGAACCCUCAUUAUCAAGAAAGUAGCUGACAAAGAUAAAGGGCAGUAUUUGUGUGACUGUGGAACAGACAAGACCACAGCUAAAUUACACAUUGAAGCCCGCCAUAUUAAAGUGGUCCGACCACUGUAUGGCAUUGAGGUGUUCAAUGGAGAAACAGCUCGUUUUGAGGUUGAGCUCAGUGAAGACGACGUGCACGGCCAAUGGAAACUGAAUGGAGAAGUCCUUAGUCCGUCUGCUGAUGUUGAAAUUGUGGAGGAUGGCGCCAAACACACUUUAGUGUUGUACAACUGCAAAGUGCCAAUGACUGGCGAGAUUUCAUUUAGCGCCGCCAAUGCUAAGUGCGCUGCUAAUCUCAAAGUGAAGGAGAUCCCAGUCUCGUUCAUUACACCUCUGACAGACGUUCAUGUCUACGAAAAGGAUGAGGCUAGAUUUGAAUUGGAAAUUUCUCGGGAGCCCAAGAGCUUCCGCUGGCUCAAAGGAACACAGGAGUUGUCAAGCGAUGACAAAUAUGAAGUUGUAACAGAAGGAACAAGACAUACCCUGAUCAUAAAAUCUGCAAGAUAUGAGGAUGAGGCCAAGUAUAUGUUUGAGGCUGAAGAUAAGAGGACAUCUGCAAAACUAUUCAUUAAAGGUAUCCGUCUCGAAUUUGUCAAACCGAUCAAAGACGUCACGGUGAAGGAGCGUGAGACAGCUGAGUUCACUGUGGAACUGUCACACGAGAACAUCCCCGUGGUGUGGUACAAGAACGGAGCCCGCUUGCACCCCAGCAAAGUGGUUCACAUGUCCGAGCAGGGCAAGGUGCACACGCUGGCCUUCAAGGAGGUCACCGUGGACGACACCUCCCUCAUCAAAGUGGAGGCCAUGGGCAAGACAUGCGAGGCCAUGCUCACUGUGCUCGAGGGUGACCUGUACUUCACAGCCAAGCUCCAGAACUACACCGCUGUGGAGAAAGAAGAGGUGAUCCUGAUGUGCGAGCUGAGCAAGGCCAGCGGUGAAGUCAAAUGGUUCAAAGAUGGUAAUGAAAUCUACCCCUCGAAGAACGUUCUCUUCCAAUCUGACGGCAAGAAGCGCAUGCUGGUCAUCAAGAAGGCAGCCAAGAGCGAUAUGGCAACCUACACCUGUGACUGUGGCACCGACAAAACCACAGCCGACCUGAACAUCGAAGAGCGCGACAUCAAGGUGGUCAAGCCUCUCUACAGUGUGGAGGUCACAGAGACAGAAACCGCCAAGUUUGAGACCGAGAUCUCUGCUGACGAUCUGCACGCCACAUGGAAACUCAAGGGAGAGACACUCAUGCCAUCUCCUGAUGUUGAAAUCAAAGAGGAAGGCGCUCACCACAUUCUGAUUCUCUUCAACUGCCGUAAAGACAUGGCCGGAAGUGUGGACUUCUCGGCAGGGAAUGCCAAGUCUACAGCUCAGCUCAGGGUCAAAGCCCGGGUGAUCGGCCUGAAGCGGCCUCUCAACGAUGUGACCGUCAUCGCUGGAGAGACCGCUACCUUUGAGUGUGAGCUGUCUUAUGAAGGCAUCGCUGUCGAGUGGUUCCUUGGGGGUACUAAGCUGGAACCAAGCGACAGAGUGGUGCUGAAGUCAGAGGGUACUAUCCAUAGCUUGACUCUACGUGAUGUUCAGCUAAGUGAGGCUGGGCUGGUUAAACUCGUCGCUAAAGAUUUCACAACAGAGGCCAAUCUCACUGUCAAAGAGCCACCAGUAGAGUUCACAAAACCACUGGAAGACCAAACAGUAGAAGAGGAAGCCACCGCGACACUAGAAUGUGAAGUGUCUCGGGAAAAUGCAGAGGUUACAUGGUUCAGAGACACACAGGAAAUCCGCAAGACCAAGAAGUAUGAGAUCCUAGUGGACGGCCGCAAACGGACACUGCUCAUUCACGACUGCACUUUGGACGACUCCAGGACCUACACCUGCGAUGCGAAGGACUUCAAAACCUCCUGCUUCCUCAAUGUUGAGCCUCCACAUGUUGAGUUCUCUAAGCCACUCCAUGAUGUCGAGGUCAAAGAGAAGGAAUCUGCCAGGUUUGAAUGUGAAGUGUCCAGAGAAAAUGUCAAAGUCCGCUGGUUCAAAGACGGAAGUGAAAUCAGGAAGGGAAAGAAGUACGAGAUUAUUGCACAGGGUCGCCAACAUAUCCUCGUCAUCAACAAGUCCGUGUUUGACGACGAGGCGGAGUACGAAUGUGACGCCAAGACCUCCAAGUCCUCCGGCAUGCUCACUGUCGUUGAGGAGGAGGCGCGAUUUACAAAGAACCUGGCCAACGUGGAGGGCACAGAGACAGACAGCGUGAAGUUGAUCUGCGAGGUGUCCAAGCCAAGCGCUGAUGUGAUGUGGUAUAAAGGAGACACGGAGCUGCCUGAAGGUGGCCGUUACGAGCAUAUUGUGGACGGAAAGAGACGCAUUCUGCUCAUUCAGGACCUCAAGAUGGACGAUGCCGGGGAAUACAACUGCAGACUGAGCCCCAGCAUCAAGACCUCAGGCAACCUUAAGAUUAACGAAUUGGCUGCUGAGUUCAUCGCCAGGCCACAGAACCAGGAGGUGGUGGAGGGCCAGAAGGCAGAGUUCACCUGUACCGUUUCCAAAGACACCUUUGAAGUCACAUGGAAGAAAGGCGACAAGGAGCUCGAAGCCAGCGACAAAUACCAAAUGGUCAGAGAUGGAAAGAGGAGAACCCUGGUUAUCAAGAGUGCCGACCUGAAAGACGAAGGCGCAUAUGUGGUGAUGAUUGGACCAACCAGAGCCAGUGCCGACCUCAUUGUGCUCGAGAAACUGAAGGUGAUCACUCCCCUGAAGGACUCAGAGGUGCUGGAGGGCAAGGAGAUUGUCCUGAACUGUGAGGUGAACUCGGAGGGGGCCAAGGCCAAGUGGCUGAGGAACAACGAGACCUUGUUUGAGAGCAGCAAGCACGUGAUGCUGCAGCGCGACAACGUCUUCUCCCUGAGGAUCAAAGAUGCCCAGAAGGGAGACGAAGCAGACUACUCCAUCAAUUUGACCAACCAGAGAGGAGAGCAGGCCAAGAGCUCUUGCAAACUCACUGUCAAAGAGGAGAGCCUGAGGAUUGUGGCCCCUCUGGAGGACAUUGACACCCAGGAGAAGAAGACCGUCAGCUUCUCUUGCAAAGUGAACCGCCUCAACGCCACGAUCAAAUGGAUGAAGGGCAGCGAGGAGAUCACCUUCAGCAAACGUGUGGUGUACAGGGUAGACAAGGACAAGCACAUGCUCACUAUCAAAGACUGCCUGCUGGCCGACGAGGGCGAAUACACAGCCAUGGCCGGGGAGAGCAAAUCUACAGCCGAGCUCAUCAUCAGCGAGGCCCCCACAGAUUUCUCCGUGCAUCUCAAGGACCAGACCAUCACUGAGUUUGAGGACGCCGAAUUCACAUGCAAACUGACCAAAGAAAAGGCUGAUGUCAAGUGGUACAGGAACGGACGUGAGAUCAGAGAGGGACCCAGAUAUACAUUUGAAAAAGAGGGCAAAAUUGCCACUCUUCGCAUCAAGGAGUGCCGACCUGAUGAUGAAUGUGAAUAUGCCUGUGGUGUGGAUGAGAAGCGAUCCCGAGCCAGGCUGUUUGUAGAAGAAACCCCUGUGGAAAUCAUCCGACCUCCUCAGGAUGUUUUCGAGCCGCCAGGUUCAGAUGUCGUGUUCGAGGUGGAGCUCAACAAGGACAGAGUGGAGGUGAAGUGGCUGAGGAACAACAUGACGGUGGUGCAAGGAGACAAGUACCAGAUGAUGAGCGAAGGCAAAGUCCACAGGUUGCAGGUGUGCGAGAUCCGACCCCGCGACCAGGGAGAGUACAGAGUCAUGGUUAAGGACAAGGACGCCAAGGCCAAGCUGGAACUGGCAGCUGUGCCUCAGAUCAAGACCACAGACCAGAGCUAUGUGACAGAUGCCGGUAAGCCCAUCGUCAUGGCAGUGCCCUACAGCGCCUACCCUCAGGCUGAGGCUGACUGGGUGUACAACAACCUGAGCCUGGCCAAAGACAACAUCUUCACCUCCUUUGACCGCACUGAGUACCGCCUGAAGGACCCCAAGAAGUCCGACCAGGGGCGCUACAAAAUCACCAUCAAGAACAAGCACGGCGAGGGAGAGGCCUUCAUCAACUUGGAUGUCAUUGAUGUGCCUGGACCAGUGAAGAACCUGCAGGUUAUGGACACAGCUGACGGUGAGGUGAGCCUGGCCUGGGAGGAGCCCGAGAGCGACGGAGGAAGCAAAGUCAUUUCCUACAUCGUGGAGAGACGUGACGUGAAACGUAAGACCUGGACCCUGGCCACGGACCACGCAGAGAGCCCCGAGCACACAGUCACUGGGCUCCAGAAGGACUCCAUGUAUCUGUUCAGAGUCUGCGCCAGGAACCGUGUAGGUAGCGGACCUCUCGUCGAGACUGACAAACCGGUGCAGGCCAAGAACAAGUUUGACGUUCCUGAGGCUCCUCUGAAUGUCAUUGUUGGAAACGUGAGCAAGUUUGGCUGCACUGUCGGCUGGGAGCCCCCUGUGUCCGACGGUGGCUCUCCAAUCACCUCUUACAUCAUCGAGCUGAGAGACAGGACCUCCAUGAAAUGGUCUCCGGUCCAGGUCACCAAGGCCGACGAGCUCAGUGCCAUCAUCAACGACGUGAUUGAAAACAAGGAGUACAUUUUCAGAGUCAAGGCCAAGAACAAGGCUGGUGUCGGGAAGCCCAGUGCUGCUUCUCAGCCCGUCAAGAUUAUGGAUCCAAUUGAGCGUCCCAGCCCUCCACAGAACCUGACUCCUCAUGAGCAGAACAAGAGCUCUGUGCAGCUGACCUGGGAGACUCCUCUGAGAACCGGAGGCAGCAUGAUCACUGGAUACAUCAUCGAACGCUGUGAAGAUGGCACUGACAAAUGGCUGCGCUGCAAUGCACGCCUCUGCCCUGACCUCUUCUACAAGGUGUCUGGCCUGAAAUACGGAACUAAGUAUCACUACAGAGUGAUGGCUGAAAAUGCUGCUGGAAUUUCUGACCCAUCCAACACUAUUGGACCUCUGCUGGCUGAUGACCCGCACUUUGCCCCAACCUUUGACCUUAGCGCUUUCAAAAACGGCCUGGAGGUGAUUGUUCCUCAGCCUCUGACCAUCAGAGUCCCCAUCACUGGAUACCCCAUUCCUGUUGCCAAAUGGACCUUUGGCGAGAAGUUGAUGACCCCAGAGGAUGAGCGUGUCACCACGACAACCAAGUCCACCUUUGUAGAGCUGGUUGUUACCCCGAGUGUCCGCCCUGACAAAGGCACCUACUCUCUGACUCUGGAAAAUGAUGUUGCUACCGCUUCAGGAGAAAUCGAAGUCAAUGUUAUUGCUGCUCCCAGUGCACCCAAAGACUUCAAGGUCUUGGAGGUAACACGCCAGCAUGUGCACCUGAGCUGGGAGACCCCUGAGCACGAUGGAGGCAGCCCACUGACAGGAUACCAGGUGGAGAAACGCGAGGUGUCCCGCAAGACCUGGGUCAAGGUGGCGGCAGGAAUCCAAGAUCAGGAGUUUACAGUUACCGAUGUGGUCGAAGGAAAGGAAUAUUUAUUCAGAGUGACUGCCUGCAAUAAGUGUGGCCCAGGAGAGCCUGCUUACAUUGACGAGCCUAUCAAUGUGUCAUCUCCAGCCACUGUGCCAGACCCACCAGAGAACCUCAGGUGGAGAGACAAGUCAGCCAGUGGCAUCUUCCUGACCUGGGAGCCUCCUAAAUAUGAUGGUGGCAGUGGUAUCCGUGGUUACAAUGUGGACCGGUGCCAGAGAGGAACAGAUAAGUGGGAGCCCUGCGGAGACAUGGUCCCGGAGCUUAAAUGCCAGGUGACUGGCCUCACUGAGGGACAGUGGUAUGCCUACAGAGUGCGCGCCCUCAACAGACUGGGAGCCAGCCAACCCUGCAAGGCCACAGACGAGAUCCAGGCUGUUGAUCCUAAAGAACCUCCAGAGAUCCAGCUGGAUGCAAAACUGCUGGCCGGUCUGACCGCUAAGGCCGGUAGCAAGAUUGAGCUGCCGGCUGAAGUGACCGGCAAACCUGAGCCCCGCGUGAAGUGGACCAAGGCCGACCUGGUGCUCAAACCAGACGAUAGAGUGACUAUCGAUACCAAACCCGGACAUUCCACAGUCACCAUCGCCAAAACCAAGAGAGACGACACUUCCACUUAUAUUAUUGAGGCCACCAACAGCUCUGGACGUGCCACAGCUACCGUUGAUGUCAACAUUCUUGACAAACCUGGCCCUCCUGCUGCCUUCGACAUUUCCGAGAUCACAAACGAGUCUUGCUUCUUGGCCUGGAACCCACCUAGAGACGAUGGCGGCUCACGCGUCACUAACUACAUUGUGGAACGCCGCGCUGCUGACAGUGAAAUUUGGCACCGCCUCUCCUCCACCGUGAAACAAACCACAUAUAAGGCGGUUGGACUGGUCAAGUUCAAGGAGUACAUCUUCAGAGUCUUUGCUGAGAACCAGUUUGGAGUUGGUGUGCCGGCUGAGCAUCCCUCCAUCAUUGCCAGAUAUCCAUUUGAUACUCCUGGUGCCCCUUACAAACUGGAGGCUUCUGACAUUGCUAAGGACUCCGUGACCUUGACGUGGUAUGAGCCGGAUGAGGAUGGAGGUAGCCCCAUCACUGGUUACUGGGUGGAGAGAUACGAAGCAGAUCAUGACAAGUGGAUCAGAUGCAACAAGCUGCCUAUCAAGGACACCAACUACAGAGUGAAAGGACUGCCCACCAGAAAGAAGUACAAGUUCAGAGUCCUGGCUGAGAAUCUGGCUGGAACUGGAAAGCCAAGCAAGGAGACAGAGCCAAUCCUCAUCAAGGACCCAAUUGAUCCUCCAUGGGCCCCCGGUAAGCCCACAGUGAAGGACGUGGCCAAGACGUCGUGCUUCCUGAUGUGGACCAAACCAGAGCAUGACGGUGGAGCCAAGAUCGAUGGCUACGUGAUUGAGAUGCUGAAGAGCGGCACCAUGGACUGGAUCCGCGUGGCCGAGAACAUCAACCUGCUCGAGUACUUCCUCAAAGGGCUCAUGGAGAAGCAGGAGUAUUCCUUCAGAGUGAGGGCCGUCAACGUGGCCGGAGAAAGCGAGCCCAGUGAGCCCAGUGACCCUGUCCUCUGCAAGGAGAGACUGAAUCCUCCCUCUGCUCCUCGCUGGUUGGAGGUGGUUAACAUCAGCCGUACCAGUGCUGACCUGAAGUGGACUGCCCCUGAGCGUGAUGGAGGAUCUCGCAUUACCAACUACGUGGUGGAGAAGAGAGACGUGAGACGCAAGGGCUGGCAGGCUGUGGACACCACGGUUAAGGAGCUCAAAACCACUGUGAGCCCACUGAACGAGGGCUCCCUCUACGUGUUCAGGGUGGCUGCUGAGAACGCUGUGGGUAUCGGACCGUUCUGUGAAAUGGAAGAUUCUGUGCUUGCUAAAGACACUUUCACUACUCCUGGACCACCAUACGGACUCACUGUGAAUGCGGUGACCAAGCGCUAUGUGGAUCUGAUGUGGGAGGAGCCUAAGAAUGAUGGAGGAAGACCCAUUCUGAGAUACUCCCUUGAGAAGAAGGAAAAGCUGGGAACCCGCUGGGUGAAAUGUGGAAAGACCUCUGGCCCAGACUGUAAAUACAGAGUGACAGACGUUAUUGAGGGCACAGAGGUGCAGUUCCAGGUGCGUGCUGAGAACGAGGCAGGCGCCGGACAUCCCAGUGAGCCAACCGAGAUCCUGACUAUUGAAGACCCCACUGGUGUGCCAUCUCCUCCUAUUGAGCUGCAUGUGACCGGAGCCAGCCGUGACUUCCUGUCUAUUGCCUGGAAGCCUCCACAGCAGGAUGGUGGCUGCCCAAUCAGCGGAUAUCACAUUGAGAUGUGUGAGGCUGGCACUGAGAAGUGGAUGAGAGUGAACUCUCGUCCAGUCAAGGAGCUGAAGUACCGCGUGGAGGAGGGAAUCGUCCCUGAAAAGGAGUACAUCCUGAGGGUCAGAGCCAUCAAUGCUGCAGGAGUCAGCGAGCCAUCUGACAUCUCUGAGAACGUCUUUGCCAAGGAAUCUGACUGUAACCCAACUCUGGAGUUCCAGACUUUGGAUCUGGUAGUCGUGGAGACAGAGAAGCUGCACAUUCCAGUUCCCUUCAGAGCUGUUCCUUCUCCCAAAAUCACAUGGCACAAAGACGGCAAGGAGCUGAAGGCUGAUGAGCGUCUCAGCUUCAGAAAAGAGUACCUUGCUUGCCACCUGGAAGUUGACAGCAGCGUUCAUGCAGAUGCUGGACAGUACAAAGUGACUCUGGAGAACAAGCUUGGAGCUGCCAGCGCAACCAUCAACGUCAAAGUCAUUGGUCUCCCUGGCCCUUGCAAGGAGAUUGUCGCUUCUGAGAUCACCAAGAGUUCCUGUAAAGUGUCUUGGGAUCCUCCAGAUUAUGAUGGUGGUAGCCCCAUCCUUCACUAUGUUCUCCAGAGACGUGAAGCUGGCAGAAGAACAUAUGUUAACAUGAUGUCUGGUGAGAAAAAAGUUAGCUGGAAUGUUAAAGACCUCAUUCCCAAUGGAGAGUAUUACUUCAGAGUUCAGGCUGUCAACAAAAUUGGAGGUGGAGAGUUUGUUGAACUGAAGAAUCCAGUCAUCGCUGAGGACCAAAAGCAUGCCCCAGACCCACCAGUCGACGUCGAAACCCACAACCCGACCUCCAGUACCAUCACCCUGACCUGGAAGCCUCCCAUGUACGACGGAGGAGCUAAGAUCAUGGGAUACAUCCUGGAGAAGCAGAUGAAAGGCGACGACAAGUGGGAGAGAUGCAAUGACUUCCUGGUCCCCGUUCUUUCCUACACUGUCAGAGGGCUCACAGAGGGCAAGAACUACACCUUCAGAGUCAAGGCAGAGAAUGCAGCCGGGAUCAGCGAGCCCUCACGCAACUCACCCUACGUCAAGAUCUCAGAUGCUAUUGACCCACCCAAGGUCUUCUUGAGUGGCAGCCUGCAGUCUGGCUUGAGCGUGAAGCGCGGGUGCGAAAUCUGCCUGGAUGCAAACAUCUCUGGUGCGCCAUACCCCGAGAUCACAUGGUACUUCAACAACGAGGUAAUCCGGCCCGAACCUCUCCGCAAGCGCCCAGAAAGGCCGCUGAAGAAGAAGAAGGAGGAGAAGAAAGGGGAAGAGGUAAAAGAAGGAGAGAAGAAGGAGGGAGAGGUGAAGGAGGGAGAGGUGAAGGAGGGUGAGAAGAAAGAGGGAGAAGUCAAAGAAGGAGAGAAGAAGGAGGAAGUAAAGGGGGAGGCAAAAGAGGCAGAGGAGAAGAAAGAGGAGGAGCCAGAAGAGGAGCUGCCUGAAUACCCCACAAUCAACGAGCGCUCGGAGAUAAACAACAGCAGGAGGGGCAUGUCUUCUAUUGUUGUUAAGGAUUCCAUCAGAGCUGACCAUGGUAUCUUCAUGAUCAAGAUUGAGAAUGACCACGGCAUCGCCUCAGCAACAUGCGAAGUCAAUGUCCUGGAUACUCCUGGACCACCUGUGAACUUCAGAUUCGAGGAGGUGAGAAAGAGCUCUGUCAUCUGCAAGUGGGAUCCUCCUCUAGAUGAUGGCGGCAGUGAGAUUCUCAACUACACUCUGGAGAAUAAGGACAACUCUAAGAUUGAGUUUGGUUGGAGCACUGUCACCUCCACACUCAGAGGCUGCCGCUACCUGGUGCCCAAACUCAUUGAGAAGAAAGAGUACAUCUUCAGAGUCGUAGCUGAGAACAAAUUUGGAGCUGGACCACCAUGUGUCUCCAAACCACUUAUUGCAAAGAAUCCAUUUGAUCCCCCCGAGGCUCCUGAGAAGCCAGUGAUUGAUGACGUUACUGCCAACUCCAUGUUGGUCACAUGGAAUGCACCCAAUGACAAUGGCAGUCCCAUUAUUGGCUAUUGGGUGGAGAAACGCGAGAUCAACAGCUCUCACUGGGCUCGUGUCAACAAGAACCUCUGCCCUGAUACUGAACUGAACGUUGAAGGUCUUACGGAGGGUCUGACUUACAUCUUCCGUGUCGCAGCUGAAAACCAAGCUGGUCCCGGAAAGUUCAGUCCUCCCUCUGAACCUAGGACAGCUCAGGCUCCGAUCUUGCCUCCUGGUCCUCCUAUUCCUCGUGUAGUGGAGACCUCUGACCACUCCAUUGAUGUUGAGUGGGAUCCACCUGUUGACAAUGGUGGAGGAGAAAUUCUUGGAUAUCACGUGGACAAGGCUAUUCUUGGCUCUAAGGACUGGUCUAGAGCCACUGAGCGCCCUUGGAAGAACCGUAACUUCACUGUCUAUGGAGUUCGUGAAGGAGCUAAAUAUGUGGUCCGUGUCACCGCUUGCAACUCUGCUGGAGAAGGAACUCCAGGAUUCACUGAGUCUGUGAUUGUCAGGAAUCCAGCAGAGGUCCCAGUUAUUGACUUGGGGCUGUCCAUGAAAGCUGGAGUUUUCAUCCGUGCAGGUGAGCAUCUUCUCCUCCCAGCAAUUGUCACCGGCAAACCCUACCCAUCUAUCAGCUGGACCAAAGAUGAUGGCAAACUUGACAAAGAUCGGGUAGAGGUCCUUACUGAGGGCAACGCAAGCAUCAUCAGCAUCAAGAACAUUCAGAGAUCCGACUGUGGAAAAUACCAGAUCUCCGCCUGCAACCCUAGUGCAAUCAAGUCAGCUUGGACCAGAAUAGAAGUCCAGGAUGUUCCUGGACCAGUUACAGAUUUGAAACCUGUGGUUGUUACCCGUAAGAUGAUCUUCCUGAACUGGGAUGACCCUGAGGAUGAUGGUGGCAGUGACUUGACUGGUUUCCUUGUGGAACGAAGAGAUGCUAAGAUGCACACAUGGAGACAGCCUGUUGAAACCGCCUCCUCAAAAUGUGAAUGUGUGGGCAUUAUGGAGGGACAGGAUUACUACUUCCGUGUCACUGCCAAGAACAAGUUUGGCUUAGGUCAGCCCGUCGAGCUCGGACCCAUCAAGGCCAUUGACCCACAAGGUCCACCAUCAUACCCAGAGAAGUUCCACUACACUGAAAGGACCAAGGACUCCAUCACUCUGACCUGGAAGCCACCUCGUAAUGAUGGUGGUAGCCCUGUGAUUGGAUACUUUGUUGAGAAGAAGAGGCAGGACCAGCAGAACUUUGAGCCCUGUAACACAGAGAUCUGCCCCGACAUGACCAUGACAGUGACUGGGCUGGAGGAGGCCUGGAUGUAUGAGUUCAGGAUCAAGUGUGCUAACCUUAUUGGAGAGAGCGAGCCUUCCAUCCCGAUGACUGUGGUUAUUCAGGAUGAUGAAGUGGCUCCUGAAGUCCACAUGUUGAAGGUUUUCAAGGCCGACACCAUUACGGUAAAGAAGGGAGAGCCCAUUGAAAUGCCUGCUGAUGUCUUGGGUCUUCCCAUCCCCAAGAUUGAAUGGACCAAGGAUGAUGUCGUGAUUGACAAGCCCACUGAUGAACUGCAGAUAGAGACAGUGGUGACUGGCAGGUUGAAUUGCAAGACAACUCUGUCCAUCCCAUCUGCAAACAGGAGAGACAGAGGCACCUACACUGUGACUGCCUCUAACAACAUGGGAUCUGCGCAUCACACCACCUAUGUCAUGGUGCUCGACCGUCCUCUGCCACCCAGGAACCUUACUGUGCCCAACAUUAAAGCUGAGGCCUGCUUCCUCCACUGGGAGGCUCCACUGGACAAUGGUGGCAGUGAACUGACCAACUAUAUUAUUGAGAAGAAGGAGAUUGUGAAAGAUGUGCCAGAGGUGGAAGAGGGACAGGAGCCACCACCUGAACCACAGUGGGAGGUGGUCAACAACAGCAUUGUUGAGAGGAAAUACUGGGCUUGGAACCUUGAGACAAACAAGACCUACAUGUUCAGGGUCAAAGCAGAGAACCGUUACGGCAUCUCUGACCCAUGUUGCACAGAGGAAGUUCAGAUUACGGAUCCAUUCGGUCUGCCUGGUCCUCCAGAGAAACCAACCAUUGCAGAGUACUCCAAGACAUCUAUGACUCUGACAUGGGAGCCCCCAAGAGAUACUGGUGGUUCUAUGAUUACUGGCUACUGGCUGGAGAAGAGGGAGAAGGGCACUGCCUACUGGGCCAGAGUCAACAAGCUGCCUAUCACUAAGAGAGGCACAAAGGGAUGGGAAUACCAGGUGACUCGUUUGUUUGAAGGCACAGAAUAUGAAUUCAGAGUUGCAGCCAGCAACAGUGCAGGAACAGGUCCAUUCAGUGCACCAUCUGACUCUGCCUUUGCUGUUGAUCCACUCACUCCACCAAGCAUGCCUGCUGCUCCUGAAGUGGCUGACAAGAACAAGCACAGUGUGACCCUGGCCUGGAAGCCCCCCGAGUAUGAUGGUGGCAGUCCCAUUAAGGGCUACAUUAUCCAGAUCCAGGAUGAGGGCUCCUCUCAGUGGGUGAGAGUGAAUGAUCCGGAAAGUCUGCAUCCCACCACUGAGUUCACCGUGCCGAGCCUCCGCGAGCUCAAACGCUAUCGCUUCAGAAUUAUUGCCGUCAAUGACAUUGGGGAAUCUGACCCAAGCCCUCGCACUACUGAGGUCCUUGUACAAGAUGUUCAGCUUCCUCCUGCCAUUAGCAUUGAUGUAUUGCUUGAAGACCUGCUUUGCAUUCGUGCUGGAGAUCCAAUCAGGAUUCCUGCCACAAUCAGGGGGCGUCCUGCUCCUAAAGUGACUUGGGAUUUCACUGGAAAGGCCAAAUCGCACAAGAAGAACAAGCUGCAUACACUUCCAGUUGACUCUGAAGUUGAGUCCACAGAUACUACUUCUGUUGUGACCAUCCCUGUCAGUCAGAGGACGCACACCGGUCGCUACACAAUCACUGCCAAAAACAAGUCUGGCCAGAAACAUGUGAACGUGAGAGUGAUUGUCCUUGAUGUUCCUGGACCUCCAAAGGAAUUGAAAGUGACCGACAUCACCAGAUCAACCAUGAGGCUGAUCUGGAAGCUGCCAGACACUGAUGGAGGGGAGAGAAUCAAGAGCUACUUUAUUGAGAAGAAGUCUACGAUUGAUAAGGCUUGGACCAAGGUUAAUGCUGCCUGUGCUAGCCAAGCCUUUGUGGUCCCUGGUCUUUUGGAGGGUCAGGACUAUUUGUUCAGAGUCCGGGCUGAGAACAGACUGGGAUUUGGUCCAUUCACAGUCACCACUGAUCCUGCCAGAGCCACAGAUCCGAUCUACCCCCCUGAUCCUCCCACCAAACUCAAAGUGAACCUCGUGACUAAGGACACUGUCACCCUGAGCUGGGAGGCACCCAAAAACAAUGGUGGCUCACCGAUAAAGCAUUACAUUAUUGAGCGUCUGAGCUGGGACACUAGUGGAAAGGAGAAGGAGACAUGGAAACAGUGCAACAAGAGAGAUGUUGAGGAGCUGACCUUUACUGUGGAAGACCUUAAGGAGGGUGGAGAGUACGAGUUCAGAGUAAAAGCUGUGAAUGCUGCUGGACCCAGCCGCCCCUCUGCUACCGUUGGACCCAUGGUCAUCAAGGAUCAGACAUGUGCUCCCACUAUUCAGAUGCGUGAGUUCCUUGAGGGUGAGGAGGGUUGUGAUGUCAGCAUUGUGGCAAAGGUCAGUGGCUGUCCAUUCCCCACGCUGACAUGGCACAAGGUCAAUGCAGCCAAACCAGAGGAGAAGACUCCUAUCCAGUAUGACCAGCACAUGAACAAACUGGUGACACACGACAAAUGCACCCUGCUCAUCCAGCAGGCCAGCAGGCUAGACAGUGCCCUCUACAGCCUGUCAGCUACAAACAGCUUGGGCACAGUGUCCAAGGACAUCAAGGUCUCAGUCUACGGACCACCUGGAGCACCUGUUGGACCUGUUAAAUUCACUGAAGUGUUUGCGGAGAGGAUUGGCUUGGCCUGGAAUCCACCCAAAGAUGAUGGUGGCUCUAAGAUCACCAACUACGUUAUUGAAAAGCGUGAGGAAAACAGAAAAUCCUGGGUCCACGUCUCUAAUGACCCCAAGGAGUGUGCCUAUGUUGUUACUCGUCUGACCGAGAACCAUGAGUAUGAGUUCAGAAUCAUGGCCCAGAACAAGUUUGGAGUUGGACCUCCACUGGUCAGCGAGUCAGAGAAAGCCAGAAACCUUUUCACUGUUCCUGGCCAGUGUGAGAAGCCAACCGUGACUGAAGUCUGCGUUGAGUCGAUGACAGUCAACUGGGAUGAGCCUAAAUAUGAUGGUGGCUCUUCCAUCACCGGGUAUUACCUUGAGAAGAAAGAGACAACAUCCAAGCGCUGGACUCGUGUCACACGUGAGCCUAUCAGGGCCUUGCCUCUGGGCAACAACUGGGAUGUAACUGGCUUGCAGGAGGGAGCCUUGUACCAAUUCAGAAUCAUAGCUGUCAAUGCUGCAGGCUGCGGACUACCCAGCAUGCCCUCUGACCCCAUCCUCUGCAGAGACCCCAUCAAGCCCCCUGGCCCACCCACACCAAAGGUGACUGAUUGGACCAGAUCCACUGUGGAGCUAGAAUGGAUUCCUCCUUCAUUGGAUGGAGGUUCAAAGGUCACUGGAUACAUUGUGGAAUAUAAGGAAAUCAACAAAGAGGAAGAGGAAAAGAAAGCCCAGAGAAGGCUUCUGCUAAGUGAGGAGGAGGAGAAGGAACCAGGAGCAGAGGACGAAGGAUGGAAAAAGGCUAAGGACACUGAGGUCAGAGGUACUAAAUUCGUUGUGGACAGCCUGACAGAGGGAGGCCUGUACCAGUUCAGAGUCAGAGCUGUGAAUGCAGCCGGAGUUGGCGACCCAGGAUACGUUUCAGAGCUCAUUGAGACCAAAGACAGGACAAUUCCACCUGAGAUGGACCUGGAUGCCUCCGUGAAGGAGAAGAUUGUUGUCCACGCAGGUGGCACCAUCCGUAUCAUCGCAUACGUGUCUGGUAAGCCAGCUCCUCAGAUAGCAUGGUUCAGAGAUGAUGCUGAGGUGCCCAAAGAGGCUGUGGUGGAGACAACAGGAAUCUCCAACUCCCUGGUCAUCAAAAACUGCAAACGUGCGCACCAGGGCAUAUACACCCUCAGUGCCAAGAAUGAGGGUGGAGAAAGGAAGAAGGCUGUCAUUGUGGAAGUCCUGGAUGUGCCCGGACCCGUUGGCCUUCCCUUCACUGGUGAGAACUUGACCAGCGACUCUUGCAAGCUGACCUGGUACUCCCCUGAGGAUGAUGGCGGUUCUGCCAUUACCAACUAUAUCAUCGAGAAGAGGGAGUCUGACCGCAUGGGCUGGACCUCUGUCUCCUACACUGUCACCAGGAACAACGCCGUGGUGCAGGGACUCAACGACGGCAAAGGCUAUUUCUUCAGGAUUGCAGCUGAGAACAUAAUCGGCAUGGGACCCUUCACUGAGAUUGAGAAGAUGGUCAUGAUUAAGGACCCUAUCUCUGUCCCUGAGCGCCCAGAAGACCUUAUCAUCACUGCAAUCACCAAAGACUCUAUUUCUGUUGCCUGGAGGCCACCUAAAUACGAUGGUGGCACGGAGGUGACCGAGUAUGUUCUGGAAUCGCGCAUGGUUGGUCGAGACAACUUUGUGCGUGUGGGUGCCGACACCAAACUGAUGGACAGGAAGUUCACUCUCACUGGUCUGAAGGAGGGCUCAAGCCAUGAAUUCAGAGUCUCUGCUAUCAACCAAGUGGGACAGGGCAAAGCAUCCUUUGCCACCAAACCUGUGCAAUGCAAGGAUGAACUUGAACCGCCCACACUGGAAAUGGACAUCAGGGAGAAGAUGAUGGUGAAGGUGGGAGACGUGUGCACUCUGUCUGGACGUUACAGCGGCAAACCGGCCCCAGCCAUCGCCUGGAAGAAGAACGACGAAGAGCUGAAGGAGGAUGAGGAGAUCAGCCUCCACAGCACAGCCCGCCACCUCAGCCUCAACAUCAGCAAAGCCAAAAGAGACCACAGCGGCUGCUACUCCGUCAGAGUUGAGAACGCUGCCGGUACUCGUACUGGAAUCUGCACCAUAACUGUUGUCGACCGGCCACAGCCACCAGAGGGCCCUGUAGUUUUCAAUGAGGUCUACAGAAACUACAUGGUGAUUUCCUGGAACCCUCCGCUGGAUGAUGGUGGCUGUGCCGUGUCCAACUACAUCAUUGAGAAGAGAGACACAAACAGAGACUUGUGGAUGCCUGUUACCGAAUCUUGCACUAGAACCACAUGCAAAGUGCCUAAGCUGAUUGAAGGUCGAGAGUACAUCAUCAGAAUCAUGGCUCAGAACAUCUAUGGUGUCAGCGAUCCUCUACUUUCCGCUGAGACCAAGGCCAGAGACAUUUUUAAGGUGCCUGACGCCCCCAAACAGCCCACUGUGAAGGAGGUCUAUCAUGAUUCUGCUCUUGUUAGCUGGGAACCUCCCGCAGAUGGAGGAAAACCAAUCUCUGGCUACAUUGUGGAGAGAAAAGAAACCAUGGCCAACAGAUGGGUUCGUUGUAACACAGAGAGGAUCCACCCUAAGGUUGAGUACUGGGUGACUGACCUGUUGCAGGGCUGUGAGUAUGAGUUCAGAGUUAGCGCAGAGAAUGUGGUGGGAGCUGGUGACCCGAGCCCACCAUCCAAACCAGUCUUCGCCAAAGAUCCCAUUGUUAAACCCAGCCCACCAGUGAAUGUUCACUGCAUAGAUUUCACUAAAGAAUCUGUCACUCUGGCCUGGGAACCACCUAAGGACACCGGCCGUGGAAAGAUCUUUGGAUAUCUGCUAGAGUUCCAGAAAGCUGGAGAAGAGGAGUGGCAGAAGGUCAAUCAAACUCCUGAUUCUUGCCAGGGUACUAAGUUCAAGGUAAUCAACCUAGAUGAUGGAGCUCUGUAUCGGUUUAGAGUUAUGGCCGUAAAUGCUGCCGGUGAGUCCGACCCAGCUAGUGUCAAGGAACCAAUCAGAGUCCAGGACAGACUUGAGCCCCCAGAGUUGAUUCUAGAUGCUGGUAUGACCCGAGAGGUGAAGGCCAUGGCUGGCACACACAUUAGUCUCAUAGCUGAAAUCAAAGGUGUUCCAUUCCCCACUGUCACUUGGAAGAAGAAUGAGGCUGAAGUGCCCACCAGAGCAGACAUUGAGACUAACCAGACUGGCACCAAGCUGGAGAUGAGGUUCUGUAACCGUGAUGAUUGUGGAGAUUAUACUCUCACAGUGGAGAACCCUGCUGGAUCAAAGACUGUUACAUGCACUGUACUGGUUCUUGACAAACCUGGCCCCAUCCAGCACUUGCGUGUGUCAGAUGUUAGGUGUGAUUCUGCUUACUUAUCCUGGAAAGACCCUGAGGACAAUGGUGGUGCUCGUAUCACCAACUUUGUUGUGGAGAAGAAAGAUACAGCCUCCACCCAGUGGGUCCCUGUCUGCUCCACCUCCAAGAAGCGCAGCAUGAUGAUCAAACAUCUGAUGGAAGGCACUUCAUACACAUUCAGAGUGGCUGCGGAGAACCAGUAUGGACGCAGUGAAUAUGUGGAGACACCAAAGGCCAUCAAAGCCAUGAACCCAUUGUUCCCUCCUGGUCCUCCUAAAGAUCUGCACCAUGUUGAUGUUGAUAAGACAGAGGUGUGGCUGGAGUGGAACUGGCCCGACCGUAAUGGAGGCAGUGAAAUCACCGGCUUCUUUGUAGAAUAUCAGGAAGAGGGAAAGGAAUGGGAUGAGUGGAAGACUGUAAGCAUCCCUGAGACUCAUGUGACUGGCCUUGAGGAAGGAAAGACCUACCGCUUCAGGGUCAGGGCGGAGAAUGCUAUUGGCCUCAGCAGACCUGAUACCACUGUGCCAAUCCUCUGCCAGGAAAAACUGGUGCCACCCAUUCUGGAGGUGGAUGUGAAGCUCACUGAGGGUAUCAUUGUGAAGGCUGGCACCACUAUCAGGCUGCCUGCCAUCAUGAGAGGUAUCCCUGUUCCCACUGCCAAGUGGACCAUUGAAGGCGAGGAGAUCACAAGCCAGGGCAACAUCAAGAUCGACACUGAUAACUUCUCCACUGUGCUCACCAUUAAUGAAUGCACCAGAAACCACACUGGCACCUACCUGCUCACUGUGUCCAAUCCAGCUGGAACAAAGACCGCAGCCCUAAACGUGACUGUUUUGGAUGUUCCAGCCGCUCCUAUUUGGACCUGGUUAACAUUCCUAGAGGUCUCUCCUGAUGCUAUGAUGAUUGAAUGGCGUCCACCCAAAGAUGACGGUGGCAGUCCAGUCACUGGUUACAUUGUAGAGAAGAGGGAGUCCAACAAGGAGACAUGGGGAGGUGUGAGUUCUGGCAGUCUGGCCACUCAACUCAAUAUUACCCGUCUGCAAAAGGGAGCAGAGUAUGUGGUCCGCAUUCGGGCUGAGAACAAAAUGGGUAUUGGUGCUCCACUAGAGAGCAAACCCACAGUGGCUGAGCACACCUUCAUGCCCCCUAGCCCCCCAGGUAAACCCCAUGUAUCUGAUGUGGCUGAGGAUGCUGUCACUUUAGGGUGGACCAUGCCUCUGGCAGAUGGUGGUAGCCCAAUUCACGGUUACAUCAUUGAGCGCAGACACAAGGGCGGAAAGUGGAUCCGUGUGAACAAGAUACCUCACAAGGAUCUUAGGUUGAGAGUCCUGGGUUUGUUUGAGGGCAAUCAAUAUGAGUUCAGAGUGUUUGCAGAGAAUGUUGCAGGCUACAGCGGGCCAUCUCCUAUUUCUGACCCUUGUGUACCCUGUAGACCCAUUACUGUCCCAAGCCCUCCUAUCAACCCCAAAUUAAAGACUACAAGCAAAUCGACUGCUGACCUUGUUUGGAUGAAACCUUCCAAAGAUGGAGGCAGUCCAAUUUUAGGCUACACAGUGGAAAUGAAGAAGGCUGACACUGAAGACUGGAAGAAGGUCAACUUGGAUGACUUAAUUAAGCCCUGUGCAUAUAAAGUGAAGGGCCUGGAGGAAGGCGUGACAUACAGAUUCAGAGUGUUUGCAUCAAACAUGAUCGGAGAUGGAGAAGCUAGAGAGAUCCCAGAGUCCAUCACAGCUCAGGAUAUCCUCAUUCCUCCAGAGAUUGAGAUGGACGAUACAUGUCGUGAGCGUGUCACUGUGCGUGUUGGACACAACAUUAACAUCACAGGCUACAUCAAGGCUCGCCCUGAUCCAGAAGUCUUGUGGUGCAAGGAAGACACAAUCCUGGAAAACAGCAAACGUGUAACCAUCACCCAAAAUCUGCCUGUGGCUCACAUUAGGAUUAAGGAAGCUACAAGGAAUGAUCAUGGAAAAUACACUCUGAAGGCUUCAAAUGAAGGCGGUGAAGCAUCCUGCACAAUUACUGUCAAUGUCCUGGAUAGACCCAGCCACUGCCAAAACCUCCACAUGACCUAUGUCACGAAAAACUCCUGCAUGAUUAAUUGGGAGGCCCCUCAAGACAACGGAGGCUCUGAGAUCACACACUAUAUUGUGGAGUGCCGUGAGCCCAGCAUUAGCAUGUGGUCCAUGGUCUCUUCCUGCUGCACUAAUCGCAAGAUCAAAGCCAAGCUUAUGGAGGGCCACGAGUACUUGUUCCGUGUUUGUGCUGCUAACAAGGUUGGACUUGGACCCACUACUGAGACCAAGACUGCACUUCUGGCUGCUGACCCCCUGCAAAAGCCUGGGGAGCCUGAGAACUUCAGAGUCACAGACAUUGGUAAAAACCAUGUCUAUCUUAGAUGGAGGAAGCCUGACUAUGAUGGUGGAAGCCCUAACAUCUCGUACAAUCUUGAGUGCAAAGCUGCUAAUGCUGAAGAAUGGGAAAAACUCAAUACCGGCAUCCUCACUGAUACCUUCUUCCUAGCAGAUAAUCGUGCUGAAAACCAGACCUACAGCUUCAGGGUGCAAACUGUUGGUGAAGGAGGUGAGAGUGGUUGGGUGAAACUUGACAACAUUUUGGUGAAGGAGGAGAUCCAGAAGCCUGUCAUUGAUCUGAAGCUGUCUGGAACCCUGACUGUGAAGGCUGGUGAGUCCGUCAGAAUUGAGGCCGGCUUGAGAGGCAAACCCCAACCUGAAGUCAAAUGGGUAAAGGAUAAGGCUGUGGGCGACAACCCCAGAAUGAGCUACGAGACUGGAGCUGACUACUCCAAGUUCCUUCUGACCAAGUCCAGACGCACCGACACUGGAAAGUAUGUCAUCACGGCCACCAACCCCGCCGGUACCUUCACCGCUUAUGCCAAUGUGAACGUGCUGGACAUUCCCGGACCUGUCAGGAACCUCAGAGUCACUGGCAUUGGACCAGACAAGUGCAGAGUGGUUUGGGAUGGACCCGAGGAUGAUGGAGGCUGUGAGGUGGACAGCUACAUUGUGGAGAAAUGUGAGACCAGAAGAAUGGUCUGGUCCACAUAUUCUGCCUCUGUGGUCACACCCUAUUGCAAUAUUAUCCGUCUGGUUGAAGGCAAUGAGUACAUAUUCAGAGUGAGGGCUGAGAAUAAGAUGGGAACUGGCCCGGCUUUGGAGACCAAACCCGUGACGGUCAGGACUCAGUUCAGUAAGCCUGGACCUCCUGAACCCCCAGAGGUCACCAAGGUGAGCAAAGAGGAAAUGACAGUGGUAUGGGCUCCUCCAGAGAACGAUGGUGGAAAGUCCAUCACUGGUUAUAUCCUGGAGAGGAAGGAAAAGAGGGCAGUACGCUGGGUGCCAUGCAACAAGAGUCCUAUUUCUGAGAGGCGUAUGAAAGUAACUAACCUGAUCCCCAACCAUGAGUACCAGUUCAGGGUGAAGGCUGAGAAUGAAGUUGGCCUGGGUGAGCCAAGCAAACCCUGCAGACCUGUUGCUGCCAAAGAUCCCAUUGAGCCCCCUGGCCCUCCUGCUGGACUCAAAGUGGCUGACAGCACCAAGACCUCCAUCACUCUAGGUUGGUCCAAACCUGUCUAUGAUGGUGGAGCACCCAUUAUCAACUACAGCCUUGAUAUGAGACUGAAGAGUGAGGUUGACCCAGAGAAACCCACAGAAGGCUGGAAGAGGAUCGAUACCCAUGGCCCACUGGUUCUCACUGAAUUUACUAUCAGUCAGCUAGAUGAGAAACAGGAGUAUGAGUUCAAAGUCUCGGCACAGAACCAGGUGGGGUGGGGACGGCAUGCGUACCUAAAAGAGGCUGUUUCUCCCAAGGAAGUCCUGGAGGCCCCAGAGAUUGACUUGGAUGCAAGCCUAAGGAAAGGCUUGGCUGUCAGAGCUGGAUGCCCAAUCAGGCUUUUUGCUGUAAUCAGAGGUAGACCUGCUCCUAAAGUCACAUGGAAGCGCAUGGGUGUGGAUAAUGUGGUACGCAGAGGUCAUGUGGAUCAGGUAGACACCAUGUCCUUCCUGGUCAUUCCUGAAAGCACAAGAGAAGACUCAGGAAAAUACUCUCUGACACUGUCAAACUCAGCUGGAGAGAAGGCAGUGUUUGUUCGUGUCAAAGUACUUGAUACACCUGGACCUGUUGGUGGUUUUGAGGCUACUGAUGUCACAAAGACCACUGCACAGUUGUCCUGGCUGCCACCAGAGAAUGACGGUGGAAGUCCCAUCACUAAUUACAUUGUUGAGAAGCGUGAAGUUGACAGGAAGACUUGGACCAAAUGUACUGAGGACCACAAGAAGACUAGUUUUAAAGUUACCAACAUGACACCUGGGAUUGAGUACUACUUCAGGGUUAUGGCAUGCAAUAAAUAUGGCAUUGGUGUUCCUCAAGACUCACCAAAGUCCUACUUGGCUGUUGAUCCCAUGAGUGAGCCGGAUCCUCCAAAGAAGAUGGAUGUACUGGAGAUAACUAAGAACAGCGCCACACUUGGAUGGCUGAAGCCUCUUAGAGAUGGAGGAUCAAAGAUCAAUGGUUAUGUGGUAGAAUACCAGGAAGAGGGCGCUCCUGAGGACAAGUGGACACCCUACUCAGUGGUCAAAGAUCUGACAAUUGUGGUGGUUGGCCUGAAAGAAGGAACCAAAUACAAGUUUAGAGUGGCAGCUAGGAAUGCAGUGGGAGUAAGCUUGGCUAGAGAAGCAGAGGGAGUGUUUGAGGUCAAAGAGCAGCUCAUGGCCCCAAAGAUAAUCAUGCCUGACAUUGUCACUGUUAGAGCUGGAUCUAAAAUGGUGGUUGAAGCCAUUGUUGCAGGAAAACCUGCUCCAUUCUGCAAGUGGAAGCAGGGCAAUGAAGAUGUUCUAACUUCAGAUCGUCUGCAAGUUAUAAAGACACUGACAACAUGCGCACUCAUCAUCAAAAAUGUGACACGACAAGACAGUGGCUACUACAGCCUGUCAGCUGAAAACAGCACUUCCAAAAUAAACCAGAUUCUCAGAGUCAUUGUCAUGGACUUGCCUGGUCCACCGGAGGGUCCCCUGGCAAUCAUUGAGCGUGAUAUUGAUGCCUGCACACUGCAGUGGAACUCACCAGAGGAAGAUGGUGGCAGCAACAUCACUAACUACAUUGUUGAGAAGUGUGAUGUAAGCCAGGGUGACUGGGUGACAGUGUCCACCUCCUGCACCAAAACCGAGUUCAAAAUGACUAAGUUGACUCCUGGCAAGGAGUAUGGUUUCAGAGUCCGUGCCGAGAAUAGAUUUGGCAUUUCUGAGCCUAUCUAUUCUGAGAGGAUCAUUGCUAGAUAUCCAUUUGAUCCCCCCAGUGAGCCAUUGAAUUUGCAGAUCAACAAGAUCAAUAAGGACUUUGUCAUUCUGUCAUGGGAGCGUCCUAGCAGCGAUGGCGGCAGUCCAAUUAUGGGAUACUGUAUUGAGAAAAAGGAAAGGAACAGCAUUCUUUGGGUGAAGGCUAAUGAGUCUGUGGUCAAAGCCACUCAGUAUACUUGCACUGGCUUGAUGGAUGGAUUGGAGUACAGCUUUAGGGUUUCUGCACUCAACAUUGCUGGACAGGGCAAACCUUGCAAACAGACAGAUUUUAUUACUGCCAGAACUGCAGUUGAUCCACCUGGUAAACCUGAGCCCAUGGAUGUGACCAAGAGCUCAGUAUCACUGGUCUGGAGCAGACCUAAACAUGAUGGUGGUAGCAAGUUGAUUGGAUACUUUGUAGAGUAUACAAAGCUUCCAGAAGAGAAAUGGACACGCUGCAAUGCAAACUGCAUGAACAUCCAGACUGAGAGCUAUGUGGUAACAGGCUUGGAGGAAGGCCAGCAGUAUCAGUUUAGAGUUAUUGCUAAGACUGCCAUCAACAUUAGCAUGCCAUCUGAACUCUCAGAUCCUAUUCCAGUCAUUGCAGAGAAUGUUCCUCCUCGUGUUGAGUUGGGUGUCAACAUGAAAAACUUGAUCAUCGUAAAAGCAGGUGAGAAUGUAUUCUUGGAUGCAGAAGUGUUUGGUAAACCCUUGCCCAAGGUGAGCUGGAAGAGAGAUGGUGCACCUCUUGUCCUUGCGGAGGGAAUGAAGAUGAAGCAAGUGAAGCAUGUUCACCUGCUUGAGCUGUACUCAGUCACCAGAAAGGAAUCUGGAGACUAUACCAUUACAGCAGAAAAUCCAAAUGGUUCUAAGUAUGCCACUAUCAAGGUCAAAGUUCUUGACAAACCAGGUCCUCCAGCUUCAGUGAAAAUUGCAAAGGUGUUUGCUGACCGCGUCAAAAUACGCUGGGAGCCACCAAAGGCAGAUGGCGGUUCUGAGAUUACCAACUACAUCAUUGAGAAGCGUGAGACCAGCAGGGCCAAUUGGGCUCUUGUUACUUCCAAUAUUCAUGGUCACAACACUGACUGCUCCGUGGAGAAACUGAUUGAAGGACAUGAGUAUCAGUUCAGAGUCAGUGCUGAAAACCAAUAUGGAGUCGGAGAGCCCAUUAUGACUGAUGGCGUCAUGGUGAAAAAUCCCUAUGAUGUUCCUGGUCCUUGUGAGCCACCUGUCAUUACCAACAUUACCAAGGACUCCAUGACAGUUAGCUGGAAAGCACCAGCAAAUGAUGGCAAAGCCGCCAUUCUUGGAUACUUGGUUGAAAAACGUGAAGCCACUGAGCUCACCUGGGCUAAGGUUAACCGUCGCCCAGUGAUUGACAGGACUAUCAAAGCUGCUCAGCUGACUGAAGGCUCUGAGUAUGAAUUUAGAGUUAUUGCCAUUAACAAGGCUGGUCUAGGCAAACCCAGUGAUGCAUCAAAUGCUGCCCUUGCAGUCGACCCAGUCUAUCCUCCUGGUCCACCUGCCUUCCCUAAAGUAGUAGACUCCACUAAGAGCUCUAUCAGUCUUAGUUGGACCAAGCCAGCUUACGAUGGAGGCUGUGAGAUUAUUGGUUAUUUAGUGGAGUGUAAGAGGGUUGAUGCAGAAGAGUGGAAUAAAUGCAAUGUUCCUAAAAAGCUUCAGGCUACAAAGUUUGUGGUGACAGGUCUGAUGGACAACACAGAAUAUCAAUUCAGAGUGAUCGCUGUUAACAAGAUUGGCAACAGUGAGCCAAGUGAUGUCCCCGGAAAUCACAUGCCAAAGGAUAUUCUGAUUGCUCCUGAUGCUGAGCUGGAUGCUGACUUAAGGAAAGGCCUGGUUCUCCGUGCUGGUGUCACAAUGAGGUUGUAUGUGCCUCUUAGGGGUCGCCCAGCCCCAAAGGUGACUUGGUCCAAGGUAGACGCUAACCUUAAAGAGAGACGUGGUGUGCUUAUCAAGACAUCAGAGUGGGACACACUGCUCAUGAUUGAAGACGUGAACAGAUAUGAUGCUGGCAAAUAUGUUCUGACUCUGGAAAACAGCAGUGGAACAAAGAGUUUCACCAUUGUUGUAAAGGUCAAUGAUUCUCCUGGACCACCUACAAAUCUUAUUGUGAAGGAGACAUCCAGAACUCAUGCCUGGAUCACCUGGGAUGCUCCUCUUAUUGAUGGUGGAGGCCUAGUUAAAAAUUACAUUGUGGAAAAGCGUCUUGCUGAGAGAAAAGCGUGGACCUGUGUGGCAGCAGACUGCCCUAAGCCCUCCUUUAGGAUUAUGAACUUGGAGCCAGGACAAGCGUACUGCUUUAGAGUACUGGCUGAGAAUGCCUAUGGAAUUGGAGAGGGCAUUGAAACACCAGGAAGUAUUCGGGCAUCAGAGAGACCUGGUCCAGUUAGUGAGUUCAAAGACACAAAGACGACCAAGAAUUCAAUCACACUGGGAUGGAAAAAGCCCAUCAGUGAUGGUGGCAGCUUUGUCACUGCUUACAUCUUGGAGCAAAGUGAAGGCGAGGACAAAUGGAAGCAGAUCUUGAAAGGCAAAAACACCUCGCACAGCAUUAGUGAGCUGUCUGAAGGCAAGGAGUACUUAUUUAGAGUCAAGGCUCUCAAUGAAUCAGGAGAAGGACCACCCACUGAACUAACUGUUGUUGCCAAAGAUCAGUUUGUUCUUCCUGACUGUAACUUGAGCAAUCUGCAUGAUGGCUGCUAUGUGGUUAAGGAGGGCAGCACCACACGUAUUAACAUCCCUCUAAUUGGCAUUCCUCAACCAACUGCCACCUGGAAGAAAGGAGAUGUUGGCAUUGGAGACACCGGACGCAUGUGUGUCGAGGCUUCCCCAGGCGUAACUACUUUGCUUAUCAGGGACUGUCAGAGAGGAGAUGCUGACACAUACACCAUUAAUGUAAAAAACAGCGCUGGCACUAAAGACUGCAAAUUUCAACUCAAGGUAGUUGGAAAACCUGGUAUCUGCACUGGUCCCAUUAAGUUUGAUGAAAUUACAGCAGAUGCUAUAACACUGGAAUGGGCACCACCUAAAGAUGACGGUGGAGCUGAGGUGUCCAACUAUAUUGUUGAGAAGAGAAGAACAACCGAUAACAAGUGGGCUACAGUGGCUUCAGCCAUCCAGAAGACAACUAUGAGGGUGCUCCGCUUGCAUGAUGGCAUUGAGUACAUUUUCAGAGUGUUUGCUGAAAACAAGUAUGGGGUUGGAGAAUACCUGAGGUCAGAACCUGUCAUUGCUCAGCAUCCAUUUAAUGUGCCUGAGGCCCCUGCGCCGCCAGAGAUUUUGAGCAUUCGUCAUGAGUCUGCUAUUCUGAGCUGGACAGAUCCAAAAGACACUGGUGGCUCCCCAAUAACUGGCUAUCAUGUGGAAUUCAAGGAAAGAAACAGUUUAAUGUGGAAACGGGCCAGUAAAACUCCUUUGAGAGUGAAGGAGUGCAGAGUCACUGGCCUUAUUGAAGGUCUAGAGUAUGAGUUCAGAGUGAUGGCUAUGAAUAUGGCUGGCAUUGGAAAGGCAAGCAAGGUGACAGAGGCAGUUGUUGCCUUGGAUCCUAUUGAUCCUCCUGGAAAACCUGAAGUUAUUAACAUCACCCGCAGCACUGUCACUCUGAUCUGGACUCCUCCCAAAUAUGAUGGAGGCUACAAGGUGACUGGCUACAUGGUGGAGAAGCUUGAGUCUGGUGGAAAGGGUUGGAUGAAGGCCAAUCAUGUUAACAUUCAAGGUUGUGCGUUUACCGUAACUGAUCUCACUGAGGGAUCACAAUACCAGUUCAGGAUCAGGGCUAAGAAUGCUGCUGGAGCAAUUAGUGUACCAUCAGAGCCAACGGAGUCUUUGACAUGCAAGGAUGAGUAUGAGCCACCAACCAUCACAAUCGAUCCAGAAAUGAAGGAUGGGGUAUCCGUCAGGGCAGGAGAUACAAUUGUGAUUACUGCUUCCAAGAUUGUUGGUAAACCUCCACCCUCUUCUGCUUGGUCCAAGGGAGGUCGAGAGUUUAAGAACUCAGAAGUGGUUUCCAUCACUACCACCCCUACCUCUUCCACAAUUGCUAUCAAGUAUGCUAGCAGAAGAAACACUGGGGACUAUGUCAUCACAGCAAGCAAUCCAUUUGGAAUUAAAGAAGAGCAUGUAAAGGUUAAGGUGCUGGACAACCCAGGUCCUCCAGGUCCUGUUGAGGCCAGUAAUAUUUCGGCUGAAAAGUGUACGUUGACUUGGCUUCCACCAGAAGAGGAUGGAGGUAGCUCUAUUAAGUCCUAUAUUCUUGAGAAGAGGGAAACCAGCCGACUGCAAUGGACCAAAGUUGCUGAAAACAUUGUGGAUUGUAGAUAUGUCGUCAGUAAACUCAUCAAGGGCAAUGAGUAUAUCUUCAAAGUGUCUGCUGUAAAUCAGUAUGGCACAGGAGAUUCAAGCCAGUCUGCUCCAGAAAUGGUUGACAGUUACCGCCCACCUGGCCCCCCAUCAAUCCCGGAGAUUGAUAAUAUUAGCAGGAAUGCUGUUACCAUUUCAUGGAAGAGACCAGUCCAGGAUGGAGGAAGUGACAUAAGAGGCUAUUGUGUUGAGAGGAAAGAAAAGAGAGGAAUGAGAUGGGUCAGAGCAUGUAAAAGAACAGUCCCUGACCUGCGCUUCAAGGUGCAAGGCCUGAGCGAGGGAGUUGAAUAUGAGUUCAGAGUCACAGCAGAAAACAAAGCCGGAUUUGGGGAGCCUAGUGAGCCAUCACGUCCUGUUAUGACCAAGGACAUUGUCUAUCCACCAGGUCCUCCAUCCAACCCCAGAAUUGUGGAGACAACAAAAACCACUGCUUCCUUUGCUUGGGGUAGACCCCAUUAUGAUGGUGGUCUUGAAGUAGAAGGCUAUAUUGUUGAGUACAAGAAAGAAGGCCAUGAUGACUGGGAAACUGAGACACAAUAUCCAAUUAAAGUAACAGAAUAUGUCAUUGGAAAACUUCAAAAAGGAGGCAAAUAUCAUUUUAGGGUAAAAGCAGUCAACUCUGAAGGCACGGGAGAACCUGCAGAAGUAGAGAAAGUAACUGAACUGGUUGACCUGGAGUCACUGCCAGACUUUGAGCUGGAUGCUGAACUCAGAAGAACUCUAGUAGUCCGUUGCCGUGCUUCAAUUCGGAUGUUUGUUCCCAUUAAAGGUCGCCCAGUUCCUGAGGUAACCUGGAGCAAGGAUGACACCAACCUUAAAACAAGAGCCCAUAUUGACACCACAGAGUCAUACACAUUGCUAAUCAUACCAGACUGCACACGAUAUGAUGCUGGAAAAUACAAUCUCUGUCUUGAAAAUGUUGCUGGAAAGAAGACUGGCUUUGUAAAUGUGAAAGUUCUUGAUACACCAGGACCACCAGUAAAUCUUAAACCAAGAGAAAUAACAAAGAAUAGCAUUACCCUUCAAUGGGAGAUUCCUAUUAUUGAUGGAGGUUCAAAGAUUCACAAUUAUAUUGUUGAAAAGAGGGAAGCCACCAAGAAGGCAUAUACAGUUCUGAGUACUUCAUGGCAAAAAUGUUCUUUCAAGAUACCUGAUCUAGAGGAAGGAGCUUAUUACUAUUUCCGUGUCUCAGCUGAGAAUGACUUAGGUGUGGGUGAGCCUGCAGAAACACCAGAGCCAAUUAGAGUCUCUCAAGCACCUUCUGCACCAGAGAAUUUGUAUGUUACUGAUGUCACCGCAGAUAGCGCAAGUCUGUCAUGGACUAAACCCCUGCAUGAUGGAGGUAGUUUGAUAACUGGUUAUGUCAUUGAGUAUCAAAAGAAAGACACCGACCAGUGGGUCCAUGCAACAACCGUUAAGGCGCUGGACUAUACUGUCGCAGAUUUGAUUGAAGGAGCAGAAUAUACAUUCCGUAUCAUGGCUGUCAAUGCAUCAGGCAGAAGUGACCCACGUGAGAGUAGACCAGCUGUUAUUAAAGAGCAGACCUCUGCUCCAUCCUUUGACAUGCGGGCAGUGUAUCAGCAGACUGUUAUUGCCAAAGCCAGAGAUCGUGUCAAGGUAGAAAUUCCUGUUCUCGGUAAACCAAGACCUUUGGUAACCUGGAAGAAGGGUGAUGUCGUGCUCAAGGAAACUCAAAGAAUUAAUGUUGAAACAACACCUACAUCUACUAUUCUCAACAUUGGAGAGAUCAAGAGAAGCGAUGGAGGCCAGUAUUCUAUGACUGGAAAGAAUCUGCUGGGUACAGUAACAGAGACCAUUACAAUACUGGUCCAUGAUAUUCCCGGUCCUCCAACUGGUCCUAUUAAACUGGAUGAGGUUUCAUGCGACUAUGUUCUCAUGUCCUGGGAAGCGCCAGAGAAUGAUGGAGGCGUUCCCAUUAAUAACUAUAUUGUAGAGAUGCGUGAAACUACUGGCUCUGGCACUUGGGUGGAACUGGCAGCCACAGUUAUUCGCACUACAUUCAAGGCAGCAAGGCUCACAACUGGAAUGACAUAUCAAUUCCGUGUUAAAGCUCAGAACAGAUAUGGCAUUGGACCUUGUAUUGUGUCAGAACCUGUGGUGGCAGCAUAUCCAUUUGAGGUGCCAAGUCAACCAGGAACUCCUGUAGUUACAUCUUUCAACAAAGAUUCUAUGACGCUGAGCUGGAAUGAGCCAUCGUCCGAUGGAGGCAGCCCCAUUCUUGGUUACCAUGUUGACAGAAAGGAGAAGAACAGCAUCCUUUGGCAGAGAAUAAGCAAAGCUCUUGUUGUUGGAAAUAUCUUUAAGUCCACUGGUCUUGUUGAUGGAAUUAUAUAUGAACAUCGUGUUACAGCCGAAAACAUGGCUGGUCUGAGCAAACCAAGCAAACCCUCUGAGCCAAUAUAUGCCUUGGAUCCAGUUGAUCCACCAGGCAAGCCUGUGGCUCUUAAUAUCACCAGGCAUGAGGUCACUGUCUCUUGGACAAAACCAGAGGGAGAUGGUGGAUUUUCCAUCACUGGAUAUACUAUUGAGAGGCGGGAGCUUCCCAAUGGACGUUGGCUCAAAGCCAACUUUAAUAAUAUACUUGAAACUAUUUAUACUGUCAGUGGUCUAAUUGAAGAUUCAACUUAUGAAUUCCAUGUGUUUGCCAGAAACUCAGCUGGUGCUGUUAGUGCUCCAUCACAGCCAUCAGAACCAAUAACUUGCAGAGACGAUAUUGAAGAGCCUAGACUUGAUGUUGAUGCAUCUUACAGUAGCAAUGUUGUUGUAAUGGCAGGAGAGGUAUUCAAACUAGAGGCCAAUGUAACUGGCAGGCCCAUCCCUUCAUUGGCAUGGACCAAAGAAGGAAAAGAGCUAGAAGACACAGCAAAGCUUGAAAUUAAGUCAACAGACUUCCACACAACUCUUAUUAACAAAGAUUCCCUGAGAAGAGAUGGUGGAGCUUUCACUCUAACAGCCAGCAACCCUGGUGGGUUUGCUAAGUUUACAUUUAACGUCAAGGUACUCGAUAGACCUGGACCCCCAGAUUCUCUUACAAUCACAGAUGUCGCUGCUGAGAAAUGUGUUCUUAAUUGGCUGCAUCCAAGUCAUGAUGGAGGUGCAAAGAUUGAGUACUUUAUCAUCCAGAGACGUGAAACCAGUAGGCUGGCAUGGACAAAUGUUGCCACAGAUCUUCAGGCCAACAGAUUCAAAGUAACUAAACUUCUUAAAGGCAAUGAGUAUAUCUUCAGAGUCAUGGCUGUAAACAAGUAUGGUGUGGGUGAACCUGUGGAGUCUGAGCCCAUCAUUUGUGUUAACCCCUAUGUGACAAGUGAUCCACCAUCACAACCAGAAGUCACCACUAUUACCAAAGACUCUAUGGUUGUGUGUUGGGAGCGACCAGAACAUGAUGGUGGAAGCAGAAUUAACACCUAUAUUAUUGAAAGAAGAGAUAAGACAGGGUUGCGAUGGGUAAAAUGCAACAAGAGGACUGUAACAGACUUAAGAUUCAAGGUUUCUGGUCUUACACCCGGUCAUGAGUAUGAAUUUAGAGUUUUUGCUGAGAACAAUGCUGGUCUAAGUCAGCCCAGUCCUUCCAGUCCAUUCUACAAAGCUAUUGAUACCAUCUUCCAACCAGGACCACCGGGAAAUCCCAGGGUCCUGGAUACAACAAAGUCCUCAAUUACCCUGGCAUGGAACAAGCCAGUAUACGAUGGUGGUUCUGAAAUCACUGGAUAUGUUGUGGAGACUUGUCUGCCAGAAGAGGAUGAAUGGACAAUUCAAACUCCCAAGAAAGGAUGGACUGCCACCUCUUUCACAAUAACCAACUUGAAGGAAAAUCAAGAAUACAAAAUUAACAUCUGUGCCACUAACUGUGAAGGAGUGGGAGAACCUGCUGCUGUGCCAGGAACACCAAAAGCUGAAGAUAGAUUGCUUGCUCCGGAAGUUGAACUUGGAGCAGAGUUGCGUAAAGUUGUUUGCAUAAGAGCUUGUAGUACUCUGAGACUCUUUGUACCCAUCAAAGGUAGACCAGCACCUGAUGUGAAAUGGUCAAGAGAACAUGGGGAAUCCUUGGACAAAGCCAACAUUGAAAUUACUCCAUCUUUUACAACUCUUCAAGUUGAAAAUGUUGACCGAUUUGAUGGUGGUAAAUACAUAGUGACUGUAGAGAAUGCCUCAGGAAGCAAGUCAGCUUUUGUUAACGUCAGAGUGCUUGAUACCCCAGGUGCACCUCAAAAUCUCACAGUUAAAGAGGUCACAAGAGACUCGGUGUCCCUUGUUUGGGAUGCCCCUCUUAUAGAUGGGGGCUCAAGAAUUCGCAACUAUAUUGUGGAAAAACGUGAAUCAGCUAGAAAAGCAUACUCAACAGUGUGUGCAAGCUGCCACAAGUCCAGCUGGAAAAUUGGAGAUCUUGAAGAAGGAAAAAUGUAUUUCUUUAGAGUCUUGGCAGAAAAUGAAUAUGGUAUUGGGCUUCCCGUGGAAACACUGGAACCAAUUAAAGUAUCAGAGAAGCCACUACCUCCUGGUAAAGUUUCCCUUGUAGAAGUGACAGGAACCAGUAUCACUCUGAGUUGGGAAAAACCUGAUCACGAUGGUGGUAGCAGAAUCACAGGAUAUAUCGUAGAAAUGCAGGGUAAAGGAAGUGACAAAUGGACACAAGUUAUGGUGGUGAAGUCCAAUGAGGCUGUUGUCACUGGCCUUACUCAAGGAGAGGAGUACAUGUUCCGAAUCUCAGCCACAAAUGAAAAAGGGGUUAGUGAUCCACGUCCCCUGAAUGUUCCUGUGGUUGCUAAAGAUUUGAUUAUUCCACCUACUUUCAAAAUGCUCUUCACCACCUUCAGCGUGCUUGCAGGAGAUGAUCUCAAGAUAGAUAUACCUUUUUCUGCCUGUCCGAAGGCCACUGUCACAUGGCUCAAAGAUGGUGCUGCCCUGAAGGAAACUACAAGAGUUAAUGCUGAAGCCACAGACAAUAACCUCCACCUGGUAAUCAAGGAGGCUUGCAGGGAUGAUGUGGGAACUUACACUAUUAAACUACACAACACAGCUGGUGAUGCAUCUUCAGACAUUAAUGUAGUUGUGUUUGAUAAACCUGGUCCACCAACAGCACCCAUCAAAAUGGAAGAAAUCACGUCAGACAGUGUGAUUUUAUCCUGGAAUCCUCCAGAGUAUGAUGGUGGCUGUGCUAUAAACAAUUACAUUGUUGAGAAGAGGGACACAUCUACAACUAACUGGCAAAUAGUCUCUGCUACAGUGGCUCGUACAACUGUUAAGGCUGCCCGCCUGAAGACUGGAUCAGAGUAUCAGUUUAGGAUUGCUGCAGAAAACAGAUAUGGCAAGUCAUCUGCCCUCCUCUCAGAAACAGUCAUUGCACAAUAUCCAUAUGAGGUGCCUAGCCAACCACGUUCUGUAACUGUACAAUCUGCAACUAAAGAGAGCAUGGUUAUUGUAUGGGACACACCCAGCAAUGAUGGUGGAAGCAAGAUUCUUGGAUAUCAUGUAGAGCUAAAAGAAAGAAAUAGUCUACUGUGGGUCAAACAAAAUAAACAAAUCAUCCCAGAAACUAGAUAUAAAGCAGUUGCACUUGAGGAAGGUAUUGAGUAUGAGUUCAGAGUCUAUGCUGAAAAUAUUGUUGGUCUCAGCAAAGCCAGCAAGGUUAGUGAUUUGCAGGUAGCUAGAGAUCCUUGUGACAGACCAGGCAAACCAGAGGCUGUCAUUGUCACCAGAAAUGCUGUAACACUCAGAUGGACCAAACCUGAGUAUGAUGGUGGAAUCAAAAUCACAGGCUAUGUUGUUGAAAAGAAAAAAGGUGAAGGCCGUUGGAUGAAGGCUAGUUUCACAAACAUCAUCGAGACCGAGUUUGUUGUCACAGGUCUUACUGAAGAUCAGAUUUAUGAGUUCCGUGUCAUUGCAAGAAAUUCAGCAGGUGUCUUUAGCUUGCCUUCAGAUUCAACUGGAGCUAUUACUGCAAAGGAUGAGGUGGAUCCACCUAAAAUUGACUUAGAAGCUAAAUACUCACAAGCUGUUGUUGUAAAUGCCGGAGACACAUUCAAGCUUGAGGCUUCAGUUUAUGGUAAGCCAGUGCCCUCUAUCUUCUGGAUAAAGGAAGGACAAGUGAUUACUGAAGCAGCUCGUUCGGAAAUCAAAAACACAGACUUCAAAGCUUGUAUUGUUGUAAAAGAAGCCAUUCGAAUUGAUGGAGGACAGUACACAUUGCUUGUUAAGAAUGUAGGAGGAGAAAAAUCUGUCAACAUAAAUGUUAAGGUAUUGGACAGGCCAGGUCCUCCAGAGGGUCCCAUCUCUAUAUAUGGUGUUGCAAAUGAGAAAUGUUCUAUUGCAUGGAAAUCACCAUUACAAGAUGGAGGCAGUGAAGUUUCUCAUUACAUUGUAGAGAGGCGAGAAACCAGUAGGCUGGUUUGGACUGUAGUUGAACCUAAAGUUCAAACUCUCAAUUUGAAGAUUACCAAACUUGUUCCUGGUAAUGAGUACAUCUUCAGAGUAAUUCCAGUCAACAAGUAUGGAAUUGGUGAGCCCCUGGAGUCUGAGCCAAUGAUUGCUAGAAAUCCAUUUGUUGCUCCAAGCCCACCAACAGAGGUAGAUGUGUCUACCAUCACCAAAGAUUCCAUGGUAGUUACAUGGGAAAGACCAACCAACGACGGUGGCAGCUCAAUUCAAGGAUAUGUUGUGGAGAAACGGGACAAAGAUGGUGUUAGGUGGACCAGGUGCAACAAACGUACAGUUAGUGAGCUACGCUUUAGAGUCACUGGGCUCCUUGAAAACCAUAGUUAUGAGUUUAGAGUUUCUGCUGAAAAUGCUGCUGGUGUUGGAACACCAAGUCCCGCAACAAAUUACUUCAAGGCAGUGGAUCCCACAUUCAAACCAGGCCCACCAAAUAACCCAAAAGUUGUAGAUUCAACCAGGUCUACCGUUUCUCUUACCUGGGGAAAACCCAUCUAUGAUGGUGGCUGUGACAUUCAAGGAUAUAUUGUGGAGGCCUGCAAUGGAGCAUCUGAUGAAUGGUUUAUGUGCACUCCUCCAGCAGGAAUCCCAGAAACUAAGUUUACAGUAACAAAACUUCUGGAGAAACAUGAAUACACAUUCAGAGUCUGUGCCAUCAACAAAGUUGGGGUUGGUGAGCAAGCCGAUGUUCCGGGUAAAAUUCUUCUUCAAGAGAAGCUUGAGGCUCCUGAUCUUGAUUUGGAUGCCGAAAUGAGAAAAAUGAUUAAUAUCAGGUCUGCCAGUACUCUAAGACUAUUUGUCCCUGUGAGAGGUCGCCCUGCUCCUGAGGUGAAAUGGAGCAAGGCUGAUGGUGAGAUUAAAGAGACAGCCCAGAUUGACAAUACAGGCACCUACGCUUCUCUUGUGAUUGAAAAUGUUGAUCGUUUUGACAGUGGCAAGUACAUUGUUACAGCGGAAAAUGCUAGUGGAGUUAAGUCAGUUUUCAUCAGUGUAAGAGUACACGAUUCCCCAAGCCCUCCAACCAACUUAAUGGUCAAAGAGAUUACUAAAAAUUAUGUCACUCUUACGUGGGAGCCCCCUCUUUUAGAUGGUGGUGCCAAAAUUAAACAGUACAUAGUUGAAAAGCGUGAAAGUACAAGAAAGGUUUACUCUCCUGUCACCACUUGCAACAAAAUGUCAUGGAAGAUUGAGCCUCUUCCUGAGGGUGGAAUCUACUUCUUCAGAGUUUCCGCUGAGAAUGAGUAUGGUGUUGGUCUACCUGCAAAAACAUUAGACCCUAUUAAAAUAUCAGAGAAGCCUCAGCCACCGGGCAAAGUAAGUGUUGUUGACGUUACAAACAGCACUGUUACCCUCACUUGGGAAAAGCCUAUUCAUGAUGGAGGUAGUAGGAUAAGUUGCUAUGAAGUUGAACUUGCACCUAAGGAUAGUGAAGCCUGGUCUGUGUGUGCUACCAUAAAGGGAAUUGAGACAACAGUGACAAACCUUAUGAAGGGAGAAGAAUACCAGUUCAGAGUUGUCGCUGUUAAUGAGAAAGGCAAAAGUGACCCCAGACAACUGGUUCAGUCUGUUGUGGUGAAGGAUCUUGUCAUUGAGCCUGCUGUCCGACCUAAAGUCAGUACAUACCAUGUCCAGGUUGGAUAUGAUCUCAAAAUCGAGGUUCCAAUUGCUGGUCAUCCAAAGCCUACUAUUACCUGGACUAAAGAUGGCACAGCUCUGAAACAAACCACCAGAGUCAACGUUACAGACUCAGCACAUCAUACUACACUUACUAUAAAGGAUGCCACAAGAGAGGAUGGAGGCAUGUACAGCAUCAAUGUUGCUAAUAACCUGGGCUCUAAAGAUGCCUCAAUUGAGGUGAUAACCCUUGACAAGCCCGGUCCUCCGACUGGCCCUGUGAAGUUUGAAGACAUCAGUGCUGAAAGUAUGACACUAAACUGGGAACCACCCACGUAUACAGGUGGCUGUCCAAUUUCCAACUAUGUGGUGGAGAAGAGGGACACAACCACAACAAACUGGGUGGUUGUAUCUGCUACUGUGGCCAGAACAACACUUAAGGUUUCAAAUUUGAGGACUGGGGCUGAAUACCAAUUCAGAGUUUAUGCUGAGAACAGAUAUGGAAAGAGUUAUGCAAUUGAUUCAGAGCCUGUCCUUGCACAGUAUCCUUUCCAGGAACCUGGUCCACCUGGAACACCAUUUGUGUCAUCAUACACCAAGGAUUACAUGGUAGUUGAAUGGCAUAAACCCCCAUCUGAUGGUGGAAGUGCCAUCUUGGGGUACCACUUGGAAAGAAAGGAGAAAAACAGCAUCCUCUGGACUAAGAUCAACAAAAUUCUUAUCCAAGACUGCAGAUACAAGUCUACACCUCUUGAAGAAGGCAUUGAGUAUGAGUACAGAGUAUAUGCUGAGAAUAUUGUUGGAAUUGGAAAAUGCAGCAAAGUCUCUGAAGUUUGUGUUGCCCGUGACCCAUGUGAUCCUCCUGGCUGCCCUGAGGCUAUAAUUGUCACCAGGCACUCAGUUAAACUGAGAUGGACAGCCCCAAUAUAUGAUGGUGGAAGUAAGAUUACUGGUUAUGUAGUGGAAAAACGUGACCUUCCUGAAGGAAAAUGGAUGAAGGCUAGCUUUGCUAACGUCAUUGAACAUGAAUUCACAGUCACGGGAUUAACAGAAGACUGUAAAUAUGACUUCAGAGUUCUGGCCAGAAAUGCUGCUGGUUCUGUCAGCAAACCUUCUGAAAGCACUGGGGCUAUCACAGCCAAAGAUGAAGUUGAGCCACCAAAGUGUGAAACAGAUCCUAUGUAUAACCAGACGCUUGUUAUUAAUGCUGGUGAAACAUUUGUGCUGGAGGCCAGUGUAGAAGGAAAACCUGUACCAACCGCUCAGUGGUUUAAAGCAGACAAGGAAGUUGAAAAUUCAGCAAGAGCUGAGAUCAAAAAUGAAGAUUUCAAGGCUGUUUUGGUUGUUAAGGAUGCCAUCAGAGUUGAUGGAGGACAAUAUACAUUGGUCUUAACUAAUGUUGCUGGAACAAAGACCGUUCCUUUCAGUGUUAAGGUUUUGGACAGACCUGGUCCAUCAGAGGGGCCACUCACAGUAAGCAAUGUCACAGAGGAGAAGUGUUCUCUGUCAUGGCUCCCUCCCAGACAUGAUGGAGGGGCUAGCAUUUCUCAUUACAUAAUUCAGAAGAGAGAAACCAGCCGACUAGCAUGGACUGUUGUUUCAGCUGAUUGUGGAGCAACAAUGUUCAAGGUUACCAAACUUCUGAAGGGCAAUGAGUACAUCUUUAGAGUCAUGGCUGUGAACAAAUAUGGUGAGGGUGAGCCUCUUGAAUCGGCACCAGUUAUCAUGAGAAAUCCAUUUGUUCCUCCAAGCUCACCCACUGAGCUUGAAAUCACCAACAUCACAAGGGACUCUAUGACUGUUUGUUGGAAUCGACCUGAGAGCACUGGAGGAAGUGAGAUUGUUGGAUACAUUGUUGAAAAGAGAGACAGAGCUGGAAUCAGAUGGACCAAAUGUAACAAACGCAGAGUGACAGAUUUGCGUUUCAGAGUGACAGGAUUAACUGAAGACCACGAAUAUGAAUUUAGAUUAUCUGCUGAGAAUGCAGCUGGAGUUGGCAAACCUAGCUCUGCCACUCCCUAUCUCAAAGCAUGCGAUCCCACCUUUGAACCAGGCUGCCCAGCCAAUGUCCAUGUGGUCGAUAUUACCAAAGAUUCAGUCACUGUUGCUUGGCAAAGACCUAUCUAUGAUGGCGGCUGUGACAUUCAAGGAUAUGCUGUUGAAAUUACCAAAGCUGAUGAGGAAGAAUGGACAAUCUGUACACCACCAUCUGGUGUUAAUGCUACUAAAUUCACUAUCCCCAAGCUCACGGAGCACCAGGAAUAUAAAGUCCGCAUCUGUGCCAUCAACAAGUUGGGCAUUGGUGAACCAACUGAACUCCAAGGAGUGGUAAAACCUCUGGAAAAGAUUGAUCCCCCUGAGGUGAUACUUGAUUCAGAGCUCAGGAAAGGAAUUGUGGUCCGGGCUGGAGGCUCUAUGAGAAUAUGCAUCCCAUUCAAGGGUCGUCCAGCUCCUGAAAUUAGCUGGUCCAAGGAAGAUGGUGAACUUCCUAGUAAAGUACAGAUAGAAACAGGCGAGGAUUACAGCCAGCUUUCUGUGGACAUCUGUGAUAGAUAUGACGCUGGCAAAUACAUCCUCAAACUGGAAAACAGUGCAGGCACCAAAACUGCCUUUGUUUCUGUUAAAGUUCUAGAUACUCCAGGAGCACCCAUUAAUCUUACAGUGAAAGACAUUAAGAGGCAAAGUGUGACUCUAACUUGGGAACCGCCUGUCAUUGAUGGUGGUGCAAGAAUCAAAAACUACCUUGUUGAGAAGCGUGAGUCCACCAGAAAGGUGUAUUCUAAUGUGGACAACAAGUGCACUAAGACAAGUUACCGCAUCACUGGGCUUACAGAAGGAACAAUCUAUUACUUCCGAGUAUUGGCUGAAAAUGAAUUUGGAGUGGGGCAGGGAGCUGAGACAGAGAACUCAGUUAAAUGUUCUGAACCUCCACUACCUGUUGGUAAGGUGGCUUUAACUGACGUGACUAAGACCACAGCUUCAUUUUCCUGGGAAAAGCCAGAUCACGAUGGAGGUAGCAGGAUUAUGGGCUACUAUAUUGAAAUGCAGCCUGUGGGAUCAGAGGAAUGGGUAGUUGCUGCGACAACCAAAGCUUGUGAAGGCACUGUCUUUGGCCUCAGUGCCGGGCAUGAAUAUCUCUUUAGAGUUUCAGCCUUUAAUGAGAAAGGUAAGAGUGAUCCUAGGCCUCUUGCUUCACCAGUCACAGCAAAGGAUGUGACAGUUAUGCCCGGCUUUAAGAUCAGAUACAACACUUACAGUUUGCAACAAGGUGAGGACCUAAAGAUUGAGAUUCCCGUGCUGGGACGCCCUGCUCCCAAGGUUGAAUGGAAAAAAGAUGGUCACUCUCUUAAAGAAACAACCAGAUUAAAUGUGUCAAGUACAGCCACUUCUACUAAGCUUCUUAUCAAGGAUGCAAACAGAGAAGACUCUGGAAAAUACAGUCUUACAGCCACAAGCUCUAUUGGAACAACCACAGAGGAAAUAACAGUUAUUAUUCUUGAUAAACCUGGUCCACCCACUGGCCCUGUUAAAAUUGAGGAGGUGAGCUCUAAUUAUGUCACUCUUUCUUGGGAGCCACCUGAGUACACGGGUGGUUGCCAAAUCAACAACUACAUUGUGGAAAAGAGAGAUACAACAACAACAGCCUGGCAGAUUGUCUCUGCUACAAUUGCCAGAACAACUAUCAAAGUAACUAAACUGAAGACUGGGGUUGAAUAUCAGUUUAGAGUAUCUGCUGAGAACAGAUAUGGAAAGAGUCCCGCUAUUCUUUCAUCUUCUGUGAUAGCACAGUAUCCAUUCACUGAGCCAGCUGCUCCAGGGACACCAGUUAUUUCUGCAGCAACCAAAGAUAAUAUGGUGGUAGAAUGGAAACCUCCUACCAACAAUGGAGGUAGUCCCAUCUUGGGUUAUCAUUUAGAGCGAAAGGAAAAGAAUAGUCUAAUGUGGACGAAACUCAACAAGCUGCUUAUUCCUGAACCUCGUUUCAAAACAACAGAGCUGGAAGAGGGCAUUGAGUAUGAAUUUAGAGUUUAUGCUGAAAAUAUUGCUGGACUUAGCCCAGCUAGCAAGGUCUCUGAAAGUACAGUUGCAAGAGAUCCAUGUGAUCCACCUGGCACUCCUGAAGCUAUUGAAAUUACCAGAAACCAUGUCACACUUAAAUGGACUCGACCCCAAUAUGAUGGAGGCAGUGCUAUUACAGGCUAUGUUAUUGAGAGAAAGAAGUAUCCAGAUACACGGUGGAUGAAAGCCAGCUUUACCAACAUCAUUGAUACUCAGUUCACUCUCACAGGUCUCACUGAAGAUUGUGUAUAUGAAUUUAGAGUUGUCGCUAGAAAUGCUGCUGGUAUCUUUAGCCGUCCUUCUGAGAGUACCGGACAAAUAACUGCCAAAGAUGAAAUCGAAGCCCCAGAAGCUAGUAUGGACUCAAAGUUCAAAGAUCUAACAGUUGUUCAUGCUGGAGAGACAUUUGAAAUUGAUGCUGACUACAGUGGCAAGCCACUACCAGAAGUUAUUUGGCUCAAAGAUGGAAAGGAGAUUGACAAAACAACACCAAGAAUGGAGGUUAAGACCACACUUACACGCACCAUCUUGACAGUAAAAGAGUGUAUCAGGGUGGAUGGAGGUCAUUUUACUCUCAAACUGGUCAAUGUGGGUGGAGUUAAAAUGAUUCCAGUUAAUGUUAAAGUCUUAGACAGACCUGGUCCUCCAGAUGGACCACUGGAAGUCAAGGGAGUAACAGCUGAAAAAUGUUAUCUGCACUGGAGCCAUCCUUCACAUGAUGGUGGAGCAAGUAUCUCCCAUUAUAUAAUUGAAAAAAGAGAAACCAGUCGUUUGUCCUGGACCAUGGUAGAACCAAAAAUUCAAGCCAUUAGCUAUAAAAUUACCAAACUUCUUCCUGGAAAUGAAUAUAUUUUCAGAGUCACAGCUGUAAACAAAUAUGGAGUUGGAGAGCCACUUGAAUCUGAACCUGUAGUUGCACGCAAUCCCUUUACCACCCCUAGUGCUCCCUCUACCCCUGAAGCUGGUGCAAUCACCCGAGACUCUAUUGUGCUUACUUGGGAAAGACCAGAAAAAGAUGGAGGAGCAAGCAUAGAAGGAUAUGUGCUUGAAAAGCGUGACAAGGAUGGCAUUCGAUGGACAAAAUGCAACAAGAAGAGGUUGACUGAUUUGAGGUUCAGAUGCACUGGUUUAACUGAGGGCCACUCAUACGAAUUCCGUGUUUCAGCGGAAAAUGCUGCCGGUGUUGGAAAGCCCAGCGCACCAACUGACUAUAUCAAGGCUUGUGAUGCAACAUAUCCUCCAGGUCCCCCUAAUAACCCUAAGGUCACAGACCAUUCCAGCACAACUGUCUCUUUGUCAUGGAGUAGGCCUAUUUAUGAUGGGGGCGCAUCUAUUACUGGAUACAUGGUGGAGAAGAAGGAAGCAGCAGAUGAUGAGUGGGUUACCUGUACACCGUACACAGGAGUUCAGUCUACAAACUACACUGUCAAGAAACUGAAGGAAAAUGCAGAGUAUAACUUCCGUAUUAGCGCUAUUAACCGUGAAGGUGUUGGCGAGUAUGUGGAGUUGCCUGGCACUGUAAUUGCUGCUGAGAAACUCGAGGCUCCUGAAAUCGAGCUUGAUGCCGAUCUGAGGAAAAUGGUGAACAUCCGUGCAACUGCAACACUCCGUUUGUUUGUGACUAUUAAAGGAAAACCUGAGCCUGAGGUGAAGUGGUCCAAGGCAGAUGGUACAUUAAAUGAGCGUACUCAAAUUGAAGUCACGAGUUCCUACACAAUGUUAGUCAUUGAAAAUGUUGACAGGUUUGAUACUGGAAAAUAUGUUCUCACUCUUGAGAAUCUCAGUGGCUCAAAAUCUGCCUUCAUCAAUGUCAGAGUACUCGACUCACCCAGUGCACCAACAAAUCUGGAAGUUAAGGAUGUAAAGAGAAGCUCUGUUUCUCUUUCCUGGGAGCCUCCUCUCAUUGAUGGUGGAGCUAAAAUAUCACACUAUAUUGUGGAAAAAAGAGAACAGAAAAGAAUGGCUUUCACUAGCGUGUCUACAAAUUGUGUUAGGAACUCCUUCAUUAUUUCUGAUCUACAGGAGGGUGGCAGGUAUUAUUUCCGUGUACUUGCUGUGAAUGAGCUUGGAGUUGGCCUGCCUGCAUCCACAGAGCAAGUCAAAGUUUCUGAGGCUCCUUUGCCUCCUGGCAAGAUUGUGGUAGUUGAUGUGACUCGUCAUACUGUUACACUUUCUUGGGAGAAGCCUGAUCACGAUGGAGGCAGUAAGAUCACCAACUAUAUUGUGGAGAUGCAACCAAAGGGUGAUGACAAAUGGACUGUUUGCAGUGAAUCAAAAGCACUAGAGGCUACUAUUGAUGGACUAACCACUGGGGAGGAAUACUCAUUCAGAGUCACCGCAGUCAAUGAUAAGGGCUACAGUGAUCCCAAACCUUUGGCUAACCCAGUUGUGGUGAAGGACAUUACACUUGAGCCAACCUUUAACAUGCUUUUCAGUACUUACAGUGUGAAAGCAGGAGAUGAUCUGAAGAUUGAUGUGCCAUUUAGGGGCAGACCUCAGCCAGAGGUGUCUUGGAAGAAGGAUGGUCACACUCUCAAACAAACCACAAGGGUCAAUGUUGUUAAUUCUAAGACCUCAUCCAAAAUUCUUAUUAAGGAUGCAACCAAGGAUGACGUAGGAAAGUAUGAGAUCACGCUAAGCAACUCAGUUGGUACUAAGAAGGCUGAAAUCUCUGUUAUAAUCUUAGACAAGCCUGGACCACCCAGCAACAUUAAGGUGGAUGAGGUAAGCGCUGAUUUUGUCUGUCUCUCAUGGGAUUCUCCUGCUUAUGAUGGUGGCUGCCAGAUUAACAACUAUGUGGUGGAGAAGAGGGAUACUACCACAACUACAUGGCAAAUAGUGUCUGCAACAGUUGCCAGGACAUCAAUUAAAGUCACACGUCUAAACCAAGGAACAGAAUACCAUUUCCGUGUUGCUGCUGAAAAUCGUUAUGGCAAGAGCCAUUCCAUUGACUCUGUUCCUGUUGUCGCUCAGUAUCCAUUCGAGCCACCUGGCCCACCUACUAACCUUCAUGUUGCUACUGCAAACAAGUAUGGCAUGCUUGUUGUAUGGGGAAAACCUGCGAGUGAUGGUGGUAGCCCAGUUACUGGUUAUCACAUUGAAUGCAAAGACCAAAGUAGCAUCCUGUGGACAAAAGUCAGCAGAGGCUUGAUAGCUGAAAAUCAGUUUAAGAUGACUGGAAUUGAAGAAGGCCUGCUCUAUCAGUUCAGAGUUUAUGCAGAGAACAUUGCUGGUAUUGGGCCGUGUACUAAACCUAGUGAACCAGUGGCUGCCAGAGAUCCUUGCCAAUCACCACGGAACCUUAGGGUCACUAAUAUUACUAGAACAUGUGUUUCCCUUUUCUGGGAGAAGCCUGAAUAUGAUGGUGGGGUCAAGAUUACUGGCUAUAUUGUUGAGCGUAGAGAACUUCCAAAUGGACGUUGGCUAAAAUGUAACUUUACCAACCUACAGGAUACUUUCUUUGAUAUCACAGGUCUCACAGAAGAUGUCCAAUAUGAUUUCCAUGUUAUUGCCAAGAAUUCAGCCGAGCAGUUGAGCGCGCCAUCGGAAAACACAGGACCCGUCACUGUCAAGGAUGACGUAGAUCCACCCACCAUUACUAUGGAAGAUAAAUUCAGACAACUUGUUGUAGUUAAAGCAGGAGAGAUUAUUCAGAUUGAUGCUGACAUUUCAGGACGACCACUUCCUGUAGUUUCGUGGUCCAAGGAUGGUAAAGAAAUUGAUGCUAAGGCCAGAUGUGAAAUAACAUCCACCAAUUUUGCAACCACCCUUAUAGUAAGAGAUGCUAUUAGAAGGGACUCAGGCCAGUAUGCUUUGACACUGCAUAAUGUAGGUGGGACAAGGUCUGUGGCUGUUAAUUGCAAAGUUCUCGACAGGCCUGGACCUGCCUCAGGUCCUUUGGCAGUUUCAGGCCUCACAGCAGAGAAAUGCACCCUCACAUGGGGACCUCCUCAAGAAAAUGGAGGAGCUGAAAUCAUGCAUUACAUUGUGGAAAAACGUGAGACCAGUCGUCUUGCAUGGACAUUAGUCUAUAAUGACAUGAAGGCCACAACCUGUAAAGUGACCAAACUGCUUAAAGGAAAUGAGUACAUCUUCAGAGUCAGAGGAGUAAAUAAGUAUGGAGAUGGUGAGCCCCUUGAGAGUGACGCUGUCAAAGCUAUAGAUCCAUUCACUGUUGCUGCUGCUCCUACUAAUGUCCAGGUGACGGCAGUAACAAGUGAAGCUAUGACCAUCUGUUGGGAUCGUCCAGCUUCUGAUGGAGGAAGCAGUAUCUCUGGCUAUGUCAUUGAGAAGAGAGAGAAAACUGGACUUCGUUGGUGCCGUGUCAAUAAAAAGCCUGUUUACGACCUUAGAGUUAAAGCGUCUAACCUACGAGAUGGUUGCGAGUAUGAAUACAGAGUUUUUGCAGAAAAUUCUGCAGGACUCAGUGCCCCCAGUAUCCCUUGCCCACUUACAAAAGCAGAAGACCCACAGUUCCUGCCUUCCCCUCCAGCUAAGCCUAAAAUCAUUGACUCAUCUAAAACUACAGUGACUCUAUCAUGGAACAAACCCCUAUUUGAUGGUGGAGCCCCUGUGACAGGUUACAGAGUGGAGUACAGAAAGAGCGCAGAUGAUGAGUGGUUUGUUGGAGUGCAGAACACCAAGAACACAGAGUUUACAGUAGUGGGACUGACACCGGGAGUUGAAUAUGUGUUUGUUGUCAAAUCCAUCAACAAGAUUGGAGCCAGUGAACCUAGCCCUGAAUCAGAAAGACAGGUGGCCAAAGAGAGAGAGGAAGAACCAGUGUUUGAAAUAAGCAAUGAAAUGAGAAAGACUCUUAUUGUCAAAGAUGGCAGUUCAUUCACCCUGACAGUUCCCUUUAAAGGCAAACCUGUUCCUAAUGUUACAUGGUCCAAACCUGAUGUUGACCUUAGAGUCCGGGCUGUUAUUGACACCACAGACACAUUCACUUCCAUCACUUUGGAGAAAGCUACUCGUAAUGACUCUGGCAAAUACACUGUGACUUUGUCCAAUGUGGCUGGUACGGCAUCACUGACACUCAGUGUCAGGGUGCUUGACUCACCUGGACCUCCGGCACGUGUUGAAGUCAAGGAUGUUACAAAGACUUCUGCUACUGUUACCUGGGACACUCCUGAAAAUGAAGGAGGUGGACCAGUCAAGAACUACCUGGUUGACAUCCGGGAAGCCAGUAAAAAGGGCUGGACGAGGCUCACUGAUACAUGCCACAGGCUCACAUACAAGGUUACUGACUUACCUGAGGGAGGAGUCUUCUACUUUAGAGUGAUAGGCGAGAACGAGUAUGGCAUUGGUGUUCCUGCAGAGACCAAAGAGGGAACCAAAAUCUCAGAAAAACCAAGCCCGCCACCCAAGCUGGGAGUGACCGAAGUUACCAAAGAAAGUGUGACUCUUGCUUGGGCCAAACCUGAACAGGAUGGGGGCAGCAGAAUUACAAGCUACCUGGUGGAGGCAUUGGAGAAAGGUCAAGAGAAAUGGGUGAAGUGUGGAGUCACCAAGUUUAUCCACUUGACAGUUUCUGGUCUGAGGGAAAACGCUGAAUACUUCUUCCGAGUGAAAGCUGAAAAUGCUGCAGGAUUUAGUGAUGCCAAGGAGAUGCUCAGCCCUGUGGCAGUAAAGGAUCAGCUUGAACCACCAGAAGUCAACAUGAAGGACAUCCCACACAACACUGUUUAUGUAAGAGCAGGAUCGACGCUUAAGUGUGAAAUUCCAUUGACAGGCAAACCUUUGCCUAAGGUUACACUUUCAAAAGAUAAUGUUGUGCUCAAGUCAACAAUGAGGUUCAACUCUGAAGUCACUCCUGACAGUAUCAAGAUUACUCUCCGGGAAAGCAUUGCUGGAGACUCAGGACGCUAUGACAUUACAGCUGCAAACUCAAGUGGCACAACAAAGUCCUUUGUCAAUAUCGUAGUUUUGGACAGACCUAGUGCUCCCCUUGGACCUGUUGAGCUCUUUGAUGUCACAGAAGACAGCGUUAGCUUGAAGUGGCUUCCACCUGCCUAUGAAGGCGGCAGCCCCAUCACAAAUUACAUCAUCCAAAAGAGGGAGACGACCACAGCUAACUGGAUGGAUGUUUCAUCUGCUGUAGCCCGUUGCAACAUGAAGAUCAUGAAACUUACUACUGGCCUUGAGUAUCAGUUCAGAAUCAGAGCUGAAAACAGAUAUGGAAUAAGUGAGCACAUUGAUUCUCCGAUAGUCUCAGUCAGCCUGCCUUACACUAUUCCUGAUACUCCAUCUACACCAGAGGUCACUGCUGUAACAAGGGAAACCAUAACUGUCGCAUGGAAGGAGCCUAAGUCUGAUGGUGGCAGCCACGUUUUUGGCUACCAUCUUCAGAUGAAAGACAAGAAUAGUAUUAUGUGGCAGAAAGUUAACAAAACUGUGAUUCGUGCAACCCACUUUAAGGUCACUAAUAUCAAUGCUGGACUCAUCUAUGAGUUCAAGGUGGCAGCAGAAAAUGCGGCUGGAUUCAGCGCCUUCAGCAAGAUUUCCGAUGCUGUCCUGGCUAUUGAUGCUUGUGAACCCCCUGUAAACCUUCGUAUCAGCGACAUAACAAAGAACUCCAUCAGUCUAGCAUGGCAGAAACCCAACUAUGAUGGUGGAUCGCCAAUCACUGGUUACAUCAUUGAAAAGAAAGAAGUUGCCAGUGGCAAGUGGUCCAAGGCUAACUUGACCAAUGUUAGUGACACACGCUACACUGUUACUGGCCUUACUCAAGAUGAGUCUUAUGAGUUCAGAGUCAUGGCAAAGAAUGCAGUCGGUUCAAUCAGCAACCCAUCUAUGACUGCUGGACCAGCAACAUGUGUAGACACUUAUGGUGCUCCGGAGAUUGAAAUACCACAGGAGUAUUUCCAGGAGGUUAAAUACAAAGCUGAAUCCAAUGUUGAACUCAAAUUUAAUAUCAUUGCCAAACCUGCCCCUACUAUUGAAUGGAUGAAGGAUGGCAGAGAGCUCAAACCAUCUGCACAGGUCUCAUUUAAACACACAUCUGAAUCAACAAGUUUGUUCCUGCGAGAAACAACUCGUCUCAACUCUGGAACAUAUGAAGUGAAGGUGAAGAAUUCCCUUGGGUCUACUUGUGCUGUCGUCAGACUUCUUAUACAAGAUAAACCAGGGCCUCCAGCUGGAGAGAUUCAGUUCAAAAAGGUCACUGCAGACAACGUCACUAUUAUGUGGUCCCCACCUUCUGAUGAGGGCGGUGCCAUGGUUACACAUUACAUUGUUGAGAAGAGAGAAACUAGCCGAAUCAUGUGGUCCAUUGUCUCAGAGAAACUCAUGGACUGCAUUGUCAACGUGCCCAGACUCAUCCAAGGAAAUGAAUAUAUCUUCAGAGUUCGUGGAGUCAAUAAAUAUGGCAUUGGAGACCCACUUGAGUCUGCACCUAUUAUUGCAAAGAAUGCUUUUGUGCCCCCUAGUGAGCCUUCCAAACCUAAGGUCACAAUGAUCACCAAAUCCACCAUGACUGUGAUUUGGGAAAGGCCAGCAUUAGAUGGAGGCAGUGAUAUUGAUGGUUACUAUUUGGAGAAAAGAGAAAAGAAGAGUCUGCAAUGGUUUAAGGUGGUGAAGGGAACCAUAAGAGAUACCAGGCAGAAAGUAACCGGCCUUGUAGAGAAUAAUGAGUAUCAAUACAGAGUCUGUGCUGUCAAUAAGGCUGGAGCAGGAAACUACUCUGAGGCAUCCGAUCUAUACAAGGCCUAUGAUCCAAUUGAUUUGCCUGGAGAGCCAUCCAAACUGCGUGUUAUUGACUCAACAAAGACCUCUAUCACAUUGGGCUGGGAAAGGCCAGUCUAUGAUGGUGGCAGCAAAAUCACUCACUAUAUUUUGGAGCAGAUGAAUACAGAGGAAAAAGAAUGGGUCAUUACAAACCCACAGGUUGAAUCCUGUGAGUAUGUGGUGUCCCAUCUCAAACCAGGAGUAUACUAUUUCUUCAGAGUUUCUGCCGUCAACUGCAAGGGCAAAGGAGAAGACAUUAAGAUGUACCAACCAGUCCAAGCCAAAGAUAUUUUGGAGGAAGCUGACUUGGACUUAGAUGUUGAAAUGACUACACAGUACACAGCCAAAGCCGGCCGUGAUGUGGAAGUAUUUAUUCCGUUGAAGGGUCGCCCUACUCCCAAUGUUACCUGGAGACGUGGAGAUCGCAAUAUUGCCGGUGAUAAUCGCUACACCAUAAACAGCACUGAGCGGUCUACCACCCUGCUCAUCCCCAAAGUCACUCGUGAUGACUGUGGAAAGUAUCUCUUGGAGAUUGAGAAUGGUGUGGGAGAACCGAAGAUUGUCACUGUUUCCCUUAAAGUGCUUGACAGCCCAUCAACCUGCCAAAAACUCAUAGUCAAGAAUGUGACAAGAGGAAAACUUACCCUCAGCUGGGAGGCUCCUCUCAUUGAUGGUGGUUCACCUGUCACUAAUUAUAUCGUCGAAAAGAAGGCCUCCACAAUGAAAGCUUUCCAGGCUAUCACUAGUGAGUGUGCCAAUACAACAUAUAAGGUCACUGGUUUGGAGGAAGAUGUGGCUUACUUCUUCCGUGUGUCUGCUGAAAAUGAGUUCGGUGUUGGUGACACCUGUGAGACUGCUGAGCCUGUGAGAGCCACAGAAACGCCUGGAGGUGUCAAAGACCUUGUAAUGCUAGAUUCUACUAAGACCUCAGUCACUUUGCAGUGGACCAAGCCUGACCAUGAUGGUGGCAGUCACAUCACAGAGUACAUCAUUGAGAAAAGAACAGAGGAAGACUCUACCUGGACUUUGGGAGCCACAUGCAGACGUUGCACUUGCGAGGUUAAAGGCCUUAAAGAAAAUGCCAUCAUGGACUUUAGAGUGUUUGCCAAAAAUGAGAAGGGCACAGGUGACUUUUCACAGAUUGGUCCAAUUAUAGUGAAGGACUUCAUCAUUCCUCCAGAGGCCAGUCUUGUUGAUUAUCCCAACGGUGAACUGGCUGUUCGUAUUGGCCAGAACAUCCAUAUCGAGUUACCUUUUAAGGGCAAACCAAGACCUACCAUUAGCUGGCUCAAGGAUAAUCAGCCUCUGAAAGAAAGUGAUAGAAUUCGCUUUAGAACAACUGACAACAAGACCGCUGUCACAGUCAGAGGAGCCAAGAAGGAGCAUGCUGGCCAAUACACUUUGGUUUUGGAUAACAGGACCAUUAAGAAUUACUUUGACAUUAAUGUGAUUACUUUGGGUCCUCCAUCAGUUCCAGUUGGACCCAUUCGCUUUGAUGAAAUUAAAGCCCAGAGCAUCAUUAUCUCCUGGGACCAACCAAAGGAUGAUGGUGGCAGUGAGAUCUCCUGUUACAGUGUAGAGAAGCGUGAGACUUCUCAUGCCAACUGGAAGUUGGUAUGUUCUAGUGUUGUGAGGACCACUUUCAAGAUUCCCAACUUGGUCAAGGGAACAGCAUACCAGUUCAGAGUCCGUGCAGAGAACAAGUUUGGAGUGAGUGAGGCUCUAACCUCACCUGAAGUUAUUGCCCAGCAUCAGUAUAAACCUCCUGGCGCACCUGGAAAGCCUGUAGCUUAUAACGUCACAAGUGAUGGCAUGACUAUCAAAUGGGAGGCCCCAGAAUUUGAUGGUGGUUCUCCAAUUUUGGGCUAUCAUGUAGAGAAAAAGGACAGGAACAGCCUGCUGUGGCAGAAGGUGAACUCAACCAUUAUUUCCAACAGAGAGUACAGGAUCAUUGGCUUGAUGGAAGGUCUUGAGUACUCCUUCAGAGUCUAUGCUGAAAACAAUGCUGGACUUAGCCCUGUGAGCGAGCAGAGCAAACAUGCUCUUGCUAUUUCACCAGUUGAUCCACCUGGAACUCCUGUCUGCAUUGAUGUGACAAGAGACUCAGUCACCCUGCAGUGGGAUGUCCCUAAGAGAGAUGGAGGCUGCAAGAUAGUGGCCUACAGUGUUGAAAGACGCCAAGGCAGAGGGAAAUGGCUCCGAUGCAACUUCACUGACAUCAGUGAGACACAGUUCACUGUAACUGGCCUAUCUCCUGGAGAUAGAUUUGAGUUCAGGGUGAUUGCCAGGAAUGCUGUGGGUACAAUAAGUCCACCAUCCAAUGCCUCUGCUUACAUCAUGACCAAGGAUGAGAGUGUUGCCCCUGAAAUUGAGUGGUCGCCAGAUCAGAUUCUCACGUUACGAGCUGGAGAGAAUGUAAGGCUGGGGUGCACCAUUACAGGACGUCCUGUUCCACAGGUUUUGUGGUACAAGGAUGGUAAAGAGAUUGACAAGAGAACCAUGAUUGACAUUGAGAUUACCACUGGCAUUGGCACAAGCAGCCUGUUCAUCCGUGACGCAGAUAGGAACCAUCGCGGCAUAUACACUGUGGAAGCUAAGAACAACUCUGGAACCAAGAAGGCUGAAGUCAAUGUCAGAGUACAAGAUACUCCUGGACCAGUUGAGGGUCCCAUUCGUUUUACUGGCAUAACUGCUGAGAAAUGUACUGUCUGGUGGAACCCACCAGAGAAUGAUGGCUGUGCUGCCAUUACACAUUAUGUGGUUGAGAAGAGAGAGACCUCUAGGAUUUCAUGGGCUAUGGUCACAUCCAAGUGUGAAGCCUGCUCUUUCAACGCUACCAAUCUCAUCAAAGGCAAUGAGUAUCAAUUCAGAAUUUCUGCUGUCAACAAGUUUGGUGUGGGCAGACCUCUGGAUUCUGAUGCCAUUAUUGCCCAGAUGCAGUACACUGUACCUGAUGCCCCCGGCACUCCAGAUGCUACUCAUGUCACUGGAGACAGUAUUACUCUGGGCUGGACCAGGCCUAGAUCAGAUGGAGGCAAUGAAAUCAAGCAUUACAUUUUGGAGAGAAGAGAGAAGAAGAGUCUGCGCUGGGUGAAGGUCUCCUCAAAGAGACCUAUCACAGAGCUGAGACAUCGUGUCACACAUCUGACAGAAGGCAAUGAGUAUGAGUUCCGUGUCAUGGCUGAAAAUGGUGCCGGCAUUGGACCAGCUAGCAGCACUUCAAGGCUCUUUAAAUGUAGAGAGCCGACAUGCGCUCCGAGUGCUCCAACUGUAAUAAAGGUCAUUGAUUCAACCAAGUCCUCCAUAACCCUGGAAUGGACUAAGCCAGUGUUUGAUGGUGGCAUGGAAAUUAUUGGCUACAAUAUUGACAUGUGCAAAGCCAGUCUGGAAGAAUGGCACAGAGUAAACAGGCAAAUAUGUAUUCACACAAAGUAUACAGCAAAGGGCCUGGUACCUGGAGAACUCUAUAAGUUUAGGGUCAGUGCUGUGAACGGAUCUGGAGAGGGUGAAGCCUCAGUGAUGGCUAGCCCUGUCCAAGCUCUGGAUAGGCUAACUUCUCCUGAGAUUGACAUUGGAGCCGACUUCAAACAGACCCACAUUGUCAAGAAUGGCGGCAUUGUAACACUCCAUGUUGCCUUCAGAGGAAAACCAGCUCCUCUUGCCACAUGGUCGCGGGCUGAUGGGGAGCUGCCUGUCAUGGCUGAUGUCAACACAUCAGACUCCUUCUCUACUCUCACUAUUGAGGGCUGCACAAGAUAUGAAGCUGGUAAAUACACUCUGUCCUUAGAGAACAACAGUGGACGCAAGUCCAUCACAUUCACAGUCAAAGUGCUGGAUACACCCGGACCUCCUGGAGCCAUCUCUUUCAAGGAUGUCACUCGUGGAGCCUUGACAAUGAUGUGGGAUGCUCCCUCAAAUGAUGGUGGAGCAAGAGUUCAUCACUACAUUGUUGACAAACGUGAGGCUAGUCGCCUUGCUUGGCAAGAGGUCACCACAAAAUGCUCUCGCCAGAUGAUCAGAGUGACUGGUCUGGAUAUUGGCGUGCCUUAUCUGUUCAGAGUCAUAGCUGUUAACCAGUAUGGCCAGGGAGAGGCUUGUGAAAUGACAGACCCUGUCAUUGCCACUGAAGAACCUGCUCCUCCUAAGAGGCUGGAUGUUGUUGAUACCAGUAGUUCCACUGCUUCUUUGGUAUGGCUGAAGCCUGAGCAUGAUGGUGGCAGCCGUGUCAGAGGCUACAUUGUUGAAUUUAGGGCUAAGGGAACUGACCGUUGGGUUGCUGCUGGAGAGACCAAGCUCACGAAAAUGCUGGUUGAGGGCCUGAUUGAAAACACAGAGUAUGACUUCAGAGUGAAAGCUAAGAAUGAUGCAGGAAUUAGUGAUCCUCAGGGAACAUUAGGAUCUGUGGUCAUUAAAGAGCCUCGCAUUGAGCCUACAGCUGACCUCAGCAGCAUCACCAACCAGCUAAUCACUUGCAAGGCAUCCAACACAUUCACAAUCGACAUCCCCAUCAGCGGCAGACCUGCUCCUAAAGUCAUCUGGAAGUUGGAGGAAAUGAAACUUAAAGAGUCCGACAGAGUUGUCAUCAGGAACACAACUGAGAGAACCACUUUAUUAGUUAGAGACAGCAAGAGAAGUGACAGUGGAAAGUAUUAUCUUGUAUUGGAGAAUGCUGCAGGAGUGAAGACGUUUGCAGUCACUGUACUUAUAGUGGGCAGACCAUCACCUCCCACAGGCCCCUUGGAAAUUUCUGGAGUUUCCUCAGAGUCCUGCACAUUAUCCUGGUCAGAGCCAGCUGAUGAUGGAGGCUCGGAGAUUUCUAACUACAUUGUGGAGAAACGAGAGGCGGGCUCUGCCUCCUGGCAGGUGGUCAAUUCCAGUGUGAAGAGAACUACAAUCAAAGUAACUCAUCUGACCAAAUACAUGGAGUACACCUUCAGAGUAUGUGCUGAGAAUAAAUUUGGAGUUAGCAAGUCAAUUGAGUCUGCAGCAGUUGUCAUUGAACAUCCAUUUGUGCCUCCAAGUCCUCCAACUCGUCCAGAUGUUGUGUCUGUGUCAGCUAAUGCCAUCAGCAUUAAAUGGGACAUUCCAUAUGCUGAUGGUGGCAGCAAGGUUACAGGCUACUGGAUUGAGAAGAAGGAGAGGAACACUAUCCUCUGGGUGCGUGAAAACAAACUGCCUUGUCUUGAGUGCCAUUACAAGGUUUCCAACUUGAUUGAGGGCUUGGAAUACCAGUUCAGGGUGUAUGCCAUGAAUAUAGCUGGUCUCAGCAAAGCCAGCGAGGCCUCCAGACCAGUUUUGGCUCUAAACCCAGUUGAUCCACCUGGCAAACCUGAGGUGACCGACAUCUCUCGCUCUUCUGUAUCUAUCUGCUGGACUGUACCGUUCAAUGAUGGUGGCAGCAAGAUUGUAGGCUACAUUGUGGAGAAAAAGGUCUACAGCACAGAUGAAUGGGAUGACAACCGCUGGCUCAAGUGCAACUACACCACUAUCACAGAGAACUACUUCACAAUCACUAAUCUUGGAGAGGGAGACACAUAUGAGUAUCGUGUUAUUGCCAAGAAUGCCGCUGGUGUCCAAAGUGCUCCUUCUGAGAUAACUGGGCCAGUCACCUGCAAGGAUGAAUACUCUCCACCCAAAGCAGAGCUGGACAGCAAGCUGGUGGGUGAGACUGUUACAGUGAUGGCUGGCUCUGACCUAGUGCUGGAUGGAGCUGUGGGCGGCAAACCAGAACCCACUGUUUACUGGGCCAAGGGAGACAAGAUUCUAGAACUCGGAGAGAAAUACUCUUUGACCUACACUUCAACUAGAGCCAUGGUCGUUAUUAAAAACUGUGACAGAUAUGACACAGGGAGAUACAUCCUGACAGUCAAGAACGCUAAUGGAGUGAAGAUUGCUGCUGUCAGUGUCAAAGUUCUUGAUACUCCUGGAGCGCCUGCUGAUAAGAUAGUGAUCAGCAGAGUGACUGAAGAGAAGUGUACUGUAUCCUGGAAGAUUCCUCUAGAGGAUGGUGGUGAUACUGUCACACAUUACAUCGUAGAGCGCCGUGAGACUAGCCGCCUCAACUGGGUCAUCAUGGAAACUGAGUGCAAGUCUCUGUCAUGUGUCAGCUCUAGACUCAUCAAAAACAAUGAGUACAUCUUCAGAGUCCGUGGAGUCAACAAGUAUGGCCCUGGAGUUCCACUGGAGUCUGAACCAGUCAUUGCCAGAAAUGCAUACACUAUUCCAUCACCUCCAGGCACACCUGAGGCCACUGCUGUUGGUAAAGAGCAUGUCAUCAUUGAAUGGCUGAAGCCUGAGAGUGAUGGCGGCAGUGAAAUCAAAAACUACAUUGUGGACAAACGAGAAAAGAGCAGCACGAGGUGGACACGUGUGAAUAGGACAUACACAAUCUAUGACACCCGUCUGAAAAUCACUGGUCUGAUUGAGGGAAGUGAAUACCAGUUCAGGGUGACAGCCGUUAAUGCUGCGGGUGACAGUCAGCCUAGCGACGCAUCACCUUACAUUCUCUGCAAAGACCCAACAUAUACCCCAGCUCCUCCAUCAAUGCCACGCAUCAAAGACACAACCAAGCACAGCAUUUCCAUGACAUGGACAAGGCCAAUGUAUGAUGGUGGUUCAGACGUCACAGGAUAUGUGGUGGAGAUCUUGGAGGAAGGGUCCGAGCAGUGGUAUAGAGCUACAACAAAGGCCCUUAAGACCAAUGAAUAUGUGGCUGCAGGACUGGCAGCCAAUAAGAAGUACAGGUUCAGAGUUGCAGCUCUCAACAGCAAAGGCACUGGAGAAUUCAGUGAACCCAGUGCCGAGGUUUGAGCCAGUGAGAGAGUUGAAAUGCCCGACCUGGAACUGGCCGAUGACCUGAAGAAGACCGUGUGUCUGCGUGCUGGAGGCACCAUGAGACUGAAUUUGUGUCUGUCACCGGGUCGCCCAACGCCUGUGGUUGCCUGGAGGAAGACCGGAGUUGAACUGCAGAGCCGUGGCUACAUUGAGACCACAGACACCUACACCUCACUGAUAGUGGAGAAGGUGACUCGCUAUGACUCUGGGAAAUAUGUUGUUGAGGCAGAAAAUCCAUCUGGCAAGAAAACUGCCACCAUUCUUGUCAAAGUCUAUGACACCCCUGGCCCUCCAGGCUCUGUAAAGGUCAAGGAUUACACCAAAGAGUCUGUUGUCAUUACUUGGGAUGUCCCAAGCCUUGAUGGCGGUGCUCAUGUCAGCAAUUACAUUGUGGAAGAAGCGUGUGAAGCCAACAUGAAAUCUUACAAGACUGUAACUACAGAGUGCAGAAAGACACUCUAUAGGAUUACAGGACUGGAAGAGGGUGUUCACUACUUCUUCAGAGUACUACCUGAGAAUAUAUAUGGUGUUGGAGAGCCUUGCGAGACAGCUGAAGCUGUUCUGGUCUGUGAAGUGCCAUCAGUUCCCGUGGAUCUCCAGAUGGUUGACGUCACCAAGUCAUCCGUUACGCUGCGCUGGGAGAGACCACUCCAUGAUGGUGCCAGCAGGCUGACUGGGUACAUUCUGGAGGCCUGCAAGGUUGGCUCCGACAGAUGGAGUGCUGUGGCUACGGUCAAAGCUUCAGUCAGCCAAUACACCAUACAGUCACUGACAGAGAAUGACCAGUACCUCUUCAGGAUCAGAGCAACCAACAGUAGAGGAGCCAGUGAGCCGAUGGACAUUAUCACUCCUAUCACCAUCCAAGAAAUUAAGGAGACACCUAAGAUCGACAUGACAAAUAUUCCUCAGAAGAUUGUUCAUGUGCACCGCGGAAAGAAUAUUGAUCUGAACAUCCCAAUCAAAGCCCGCCCACAGCCUAUCUGCUCAUGGUCGUUUGGUGGUGUCAAGCUGAAGGAUAGCCUUGACCGCAUCAAGAUUGAUAGCAAUGGCAAAUACACCCACCUCGUAAUUCGUGACACCACUAUUAAUGACACCGGAGACUAUACUCUGGAGGUGAAGAACACUGUGGGUGUUGCAAUUGAGGUCAUCAAGGUCAUCAUCCUUGACAAACCCGGUAUCCCAGUUGGUCCAAUGAAGAUCGAAGAGACUGAUGGGGUCUCUGUGACUGUCAGCUGGGAACCCCCAGAGAAGGAUGGCGGUGCCAAUGUUAGUGGCUAUGUUGUGGAGCAACGUGAGGCUCACCGCCCUGGAUGGAGCACUGUAUCUGAGUCUGUCACAAGACCAUGCUUCAAGUUCACCAGACUCAGCGAAGGGACCGAGUAUGUCUUCCGUGUUGCUGCCAUGAAUCGCUUUGGGGUUGGUGGUUUCCUGCAGUCUGAAGUUGUGGAGUGCAAGAGUCCCAAGACCAUUCCAGGACCUCCCAGUAGACCUGAGGUGCUUGAUGUCACUCAUGAGGGCAUGACCCUGACAUGGCACCCCCCAGAAGACAAUGGAGGUUCUACCAUUGCUGGCUAUAUCAUUGAGCGCAAAGAAGCCGGGUCUGACAGGUGGCUAAAGGUUAACAAGAACCCUGUCACUAUGACAAGGUAUCGCUCCUCUGGUCUCAUAGAGGGUCUGGAGUAUGAACACCGCAUCACCGCUAUCAAUUCCAGAGGAGCCGGCAAGCCUAGUGAGAGCUCUGCUAUUACUGUGGCUAUGGAUCCCAUUGAUCCUCCUGGCCCACCAUUGGAGCCCAAAGUCACAGACACCACCAGGACUUCUGUCUCUCUUGCCUGGCUGCCACCAGAAGAAGAAGGUGGUUCUGUUAUUACUGGUUACUUUAUCGAAAUGCAGAAAGUGGACCAGGUGGAAUGGACCCUUUGCAACACAACUCCUACAAAGAUGUGCGAGUACACCCUCACUCACAUGCCUCAGGGCGCAGAAUACAAGUUCAGAAUCAUUGCCUGCAAUGCAGGUGGUACUGGAGAACCUGCUGAGAUUCCUGGAGUUGUAAAAGUUCAAGAGAUGCUUGGCUAUCCUGACUAUGUCCUUGAUCGUAAAUAUGAGGAAGGCUAUGUGGUACGCCAGGGUGGAGUCGUUUGUCUAUCUGUGCCAAUUAAGGGUAAACCUAUUCCAACAUGCAAAUGGACCAAGGAUGGUCGGGACAUCGCACACCGGGCUAUGAUUGCAACUAAUGAUGAUGUGACUGAGCUGGUCAUCAAGGAUGCCCACAAAGAUGACACUGGAACUUAUGACCUGGUGCUGGAGAACAAAUGUGGCAGAAAGGCUGUCUAUAUUAAGGUGAAAGUCAUUGGUCGUCCAGAUGUUCCAGAAGGACCUCUGGAGUUUGAUGAUAUCCAAGCAAGAUCAGUGCGUGUGAGCUGGAGGGCACCAUCAGAUGAUGGCGGUUCUGACAUCCUGGGCUAUGUGGUGGAGAGGCGCGAGGUUCCCAAAGCUGCCUGGUACACAGUAGAUGCCAGGGUAACAGAGACAUCACUUGUUGUCAAAGGACUGAAGGAAAAUGUGCAGUACCACUUCAGAGUUUCUGCUGAAAACCAGUUUGGUGUCAGUAGAUCCCUUAAAUCUGAUGAGCCUGUCACACCAAAGACACCGCUAUGUGCACCCGAGCCUCCCAGCAACCCACCAGAGAUCAUGGAUGUUACGAAGACCACUGUGGCCCUUUCCUGGGCACGUCCUCGUGAUGAUGGUGGUUCUCGUGUCACUGGAUACUAUGUGGAGAGGAGGGAAGUGUCCACAGAAAAAUGGGUCCGCCACAACAAGACUCACAUCACCACGACAAUGUACAAUGUUUCUGGUCUUAUCCCAGAUGCAGAGUAUAUGUUUAGAAUUGUAGCUCAGAAUGACAUUGGAAAGAGUGAACCUGGUCCUGUCUCAGAGCCAGUAAUCUGCAAAGAUCCAUUUGACAAACCAAGCCAACCUGGAGAGAUUGACAUUGUGUCUGUUACCAAAGAUUCAAUCACCAUUCACUGGCUUAGACCUGAACAUGAUGGUGGCAAGGAGAUCCUAGGCUACUGGAUUGAGUUCAGAGAGUCUGGAGAGUCUGCAUGGAAGAAAUGCACCAAAGAACGGUCCAAGGAUCGCCAGUUCACCAUGGGUGGUUUAAUGGAGGCGACAGAAUAUGAGUUCAGAAUCUUUGCUGAAAAUGAAACUGGACUCAGUCGUCCUCGUCGCACCCCAAUGGGCAUCAAGACCAAACUGAGUGUUGGUGAGGCCCCAGUUUUGAAGGAUGAAAUGGAAGACACAACAACCAAGCUUGGAGAGUCUGGCACGCUAACCUGUGGUAUCAUUGGGCGACCUCUGCCAGAGAUCAAAUGGUACCGCUAUGGAAAGGAGCUUAUCCAAAGUCGCAAAUACAAAAUGAGUUCAGAUGGCCGCAACCAUUCACUGACUAUUCUGACAGACGAGCAGGAGGAUGAGGGUGUCUACACAUGUAGAGCCACCAAUGAGGCUGGUGAGAUAGAAACCAGUGGUAAACUCCGUCUCCAGGCAGCACCACAGUUCCAUCCUGGCUUCCCCCUGAAGGAGAAGUACUAUGCAGGUGCCGGCACCAGCUUGCGCCUCCAUGUUGUCUACAUUGGUCGUCCCAUUCCUCAGAUUAUGUGGUUCUAUGGAAAGAAGCCACUAAACCCAUCUGAGAAUGUGAUCAUUGAAAACACAGAAAGCUACACCCACUUGGUUGUGAGGAAUGCUCAGCGAAAAACCAAUGCUGGACGCUACAAGGUGCAACUUAGCAAUGCUUUCGGAACCAUUGACACAGUACUGCGUGUUGAAAUCCAAGAUAAACCCUGCAUGCCAGAAGGACCUCUGGUUGUUGAUGCCUUGCUGAAGAGCUCAGCUGUGAUUAGCUGGAAGCCGCCAAAGGAUGACGGUGGCUCUAUGAUCACAAACUAUCUUGUGGAAAAACGAGAGGCCAAAGAAGGCGAGCAAUGGCACCUGGUGUCCUCCUCUGUCUCUGGCACCACUUGCCGUGUCCUCAAACUUAUAGAAAGCGCUGGAUACUACUUCAGAGUUUCUGCCCAGAACCAGUAUGGAGUCAGUGAGCCACUGGAAAUUCCUUCAGUUGUCAUCAUCAAGAGUCCAUUCGAAAAACCUGGCAUCCCACAACAGCCCUUCAUCAUGAGCUCCACAAAAGACUCCUGUGUCGUCUGCUGGAAGCCUCCAAGCAGCGAUGGUGGAGCCAAAAUCACAAACUACUAUCUGGAAAAACGUGAGAAGAAGCAGAAUAAAUGGAUGUCAGUAACCAUCAAGAAGAUUGUGGAGACCAACUACGAGGUCACAGGCUUGAUCACAGGAUUUGAAUAUGAGUUCCGUGUCAAGUGUGAAAACAUGGGAGGUGAAAGUGACUGGAGUGAAAUCUCUGCUCCAAUCAUUCCCAAGUCAGACCAGACACCUCGUGCUCCUAUUUUCAGAGAAGAGAUCAGGGACAUGACUGUAAAGUAUCAAGCCAAUGCCACAUUUGUCACCAAGGUGGUUGGAUAUCCCAAACCAAUGGUUAAAUGGUACCGUGGUGGAAAGGAGAUCUUGGCUGAUGGAACCAAGAUAAAAUCCCAGGAAUUCAAGGGAGGCUACUACCAACUGGUUAUUACCAAUACUGAUGAAAGAGAUGCCAUGGUUUACCAAGUCAGGGCCACUAAUGCUUCAGGAUCUAUCUCCAUGAGUGCCAACCUUGAUGUGGAAGUUCCUGCUAAGAUCCACCUGCCAAAAGAGCUCCAAGGAAUGGGAGCAGUCCAUGCUGCCCGUGGAGAACACAUUACGAUCAAGAUUCCCAUCUCAGGAAAGCCUGAGCCUGCAGUUACUUGGCAGAAGGGUCAAGAAAUUCUUUCAAACUCUCCAUACCAUCAAGUCAUCACUACCAGAUCUUUCACUUCCCUGGUCUUCCAGAAGGGUGUUAAAAGCAAGGAUACUGGCUACUACAUUAUUACUGCUAAGAACAGAUUUGGCACUGACAAGCAAACAAUUGAAGUCUGUGUAGCUGAUAUCCCUGAAGAACCAAAAGCACUUACUGUCAGUGAUAUUUCUCGGGAUUCAAUUACCCUGACCUGGGAACCUCCUGCAAAUGAUGGAGGAAGUGACAUUAUUAAUUACAUCGUUGAGAAGUGUCCCGCUAAUGGUGACAGAUGGAUCCGUGCUGGACAAACAACUGACUGCACAAUUACUAUUAUUAAUAUCUUUGGAAAGACCAAAUACCAGUUCCGGGUAAUUGCUGAGAAUGAGUUUGGCUUAAGUCCACCAUGUGCCCCAACUGAAGCCAUUACCACAAAGGAAGACAAAUCGGUCAUCAGAAACUACGAUGAAGAAGUAGAUGAAGCACGAGAAGUUGUCAAAGAAGAGGCUCUAUUCUACAAGUUGAAGGAACUGUCCUCCAAAUACACCAUUGCUGAGGAACUUGCACGCUGUCAGUUCGGUGCUGUCUACAGAUGUGUGGAGAUUGCAACAAAGAAGACCUUCAUGGCUAAGUUUAUUAAGGUCAAAGGCACAGACCGUGAGUUAGUUCUCAGAGAAAUUGAGGCCCUUAAUGUAGCAAGACACAAAAAUAUCAUCUACCUGCAUGAAUACUUUGAGAGCAUGGAAGAGAUAGUUUUGAUCUACGAGUUCAUUUCUGGUGUGGAUAUCUUCGAGCGCCUUGGCAUAGGCAACUUUGAGUUGUCAGAGCAAGAGAUUGUUCGCUACCUGAGACAGGUGUGCUCUGCCCUCCAAUUCAUGCAUGCCAACAACUUUGGCCACUUUGACAUACGUCCUGACAACAUUGUCUACACAACAAAAAGAAGCACCAACAUCAAGAUUAUUGAAAUGGGUCAGUCCAGACUGCUGGUCCCAGGAGAAAACAUCAGAAUGUUGUUCUCUGCACCUGAGUACUGUGCUCCUGAGGUCCACCGCCAUGACCUCAUCACUACUGCCACAGACAUGUGGUCUGUUGGUGUGAUGGCCUAUGUCCUACUCAGUGGCCUCAAUCCAUUUGCAGCUGAAUCAGUAACAAAAAUGAUUGAAAAUAUCUCAAAUUGUGAGUAUGUGUUUGACAGUGAAGCAUUCAAGGACAUUAGUCUUGAGGCUAUAGACUUUGUAGACAGACUUUUAGUCAAGGACAAGAAACUCCGUAUGACUGCUCAUGAAGCUUUGGAACACCCCUGGCUCAAGAUGAAGCUGGAGCAUGUCAGCAAUAAGCCAAUCAGAACUCUGAAACACAGACGUUACUACCAAGCUCUGUCAAAGAAGACUGAUUAUAUUGUAUCAGCAGCUCGCAUUGCCUAUGGUGGUGCCUUCAAAAACCAGAGAGGAUUGGCUGUGGGUAAAGUCAAGAUUGGCACUGAGUACCGGGGCCUACGUGCUGGCCCAGUUAUGCAUGCAUCAGCAGAAGAUGGUGGUCAUGUAAGAUUUACUUGCAGUUUCACCAACUUUGACAAGAGCACUCAAGUUUCAUGGUUCUUUGGUAAUCGUCAGCUGCACCCAAGUCCCAAAUAUGAGAUCACUUACAGCAACGGCUUUGCCAGUAUAUACGUGAAGGACAUUGAGGAGUGCGAUGAUGGUGUCUACAGGUGCAAAGUGGUUAGUGAUGACGGAGAGGACAGUGCUUAUGGAGAGCUCUUUGUCGAGUCUGUGAGAAGCAUCAAAGAGUACUACCUCAGCCGCUCUGUCAGGAAACUCAGGAAGAGAGUCGACAAGACAAAACUUCUGCAGAGACCACCUGAGUUCACAUUACCACUCUACAACCGCACUGCCUUUAUUGGUGAAGAUGUUCGCUUUGGUGUCACAAUUACUGUACAUCCUGAACCUCAUGUAACAUGGCUGAAGAAUGGUGAGAGGAUCAAACCAGGUGACGAUGACAGCAAGUACACUUUCAUUAGUGAUAAAGGUCUUUAUCAGCUGGUGAUCCAUAACUUGGAUAAGACCGAUGAUGGUGAAUACACUGUUAUGGCACACAACAAGUUUGGUGAAGACAGUUGCAAAGCCUCUCUCACUGUAACACCUCAUCCCGUUGUGGAAGAGACCAUGAGACCCAUGUUCAAACGCCUGCUGGCUAACACUGAGUGUGUUGAGGGUGACAGUGUCCGCUUUGAGCUCAGAGUUACAGGAAUACCCACUCCCUCUUUAAAAUGGGAGAAGGAUGGUAAGCUACUACAGCAGAGCUCUAAGAUUGUUGUCAUUGAAGAGGAUGUGGACUACCAUGUGCUGCAUGUCAGAGAAACUCUUCUUGAAGACUCUGGUGUGUACAAGGUCACUGCAACCAAUUCUGCCGGAUCUGCCAGUUGCCAGGCUACGCUCAAGGUGGACCGUCUGACCUACACAAGACGUGAGUACAAGAGUGAACAAGAAAAAAUUAGACAUAUUCAAAAACAAAUUGAAAAGACAAACAAGAUGGCUCAGCAUAUUGCAGCUACAGAGGAACUUGUACCUUUGAACCCAGCUGCCCAAGAAGCCCUUAAAUUUGCUGCAGAGAUGUAUAAGCCUGCUGUAAGCACCAAGAAUGUUGAGGGAGAAUUUGACAUUACUGUAGAAAAAUCAGACACCAAGAAAUUGGAGGAGGAGAGAAGAAUCUUUAUGCCAUAUGAAAUUCCUGAGCCUGUGGUUCACGAUCCAAAAGCUCUUGAUGAGGAUAAAGGCAUCAAGCAAUUUAUGCCUUUGUCUGAGAUGAAAUGGUAUAGGAAGAUCCGAGACCAGUAUGAAAUUCCAGAGCGAACAGAAAGGAUUGUGCAGAGGAGACAGCGCCGCAUCCGUUUGUCCAGAUGGGAGCAAUUCUAUGUAAUGCCUCUUCCAAGAAUCACUGACCAGUAUAGACCAAGAUGGCGCAUUCCCAAACUGACACUUGAUGAUUUGGAGACAGUGAGACCUGCACGCCGCUCACCAUCUCCUGAAUCUGAGGUCUCCUUCCAGUCUAGAAGAAGAUCUUUGGGAGACCUAAGUGAUGAAGAGGCCAUGAUGCAGGUAGAGGAUUACAUUUCAAUGAAGAGGGCUGAAGAGGAAAAAAUGAUGCUUGAGGAUGAGCUUGAGCUAGGAUUUUCUGCCUCUCCUGUUCAGAGUCCAGUUCGUUAUGAAAGACAUGAAGAGAGAAGACAAGAAGUGAGACAUGAGGCUGUUGAGGUUACUGAGACAAAGAAAAAACGUACUACAGUUGAACAGUUUAUGAGAAGGAGAAGAUCAUUGUCACCCACGUAUAUUGAGCUAAUGCGUCCAGUGUCAGAGCUUGUUAAACCACGCACAAGACCACCGGUUGAUAUUGAAGCAGAUCAUGUUGAAAGGAGGUCACCUACUCCUGAGAGAACUCGACCCCGUUCUCCAAGUCCAAUCAAAUCUGCGGAGAGAUCCUCCCGCUCCUCUUCUAGAUUUGAACGAUCAGCCCGCUUUGACAUCAUGUCCCGCUAUGAGGCCAGGAAAGCUGCUCUGAAAUCAGAGAGAAAAUUCCAGGUGGUUAGCCAGACUCCAUUCAGUCUUGAUCAUGUGCCUAGAGUGACUGUCAGAAUGCGCUCUCACCGUGUUCCUAUUGGUCAAGAUACUAAAUUUACUCUGAACAUCCAAUCUAAGCCAGAUGCGGAAGUACAAUGGUUCCACAAUGGUGUGGCAAUCUCAGAAAGCAGCCAGAAGUAUAUAUUUUCUAACAUGAGUGGAGUUUUGUCUAUUACUAUUCUGAACUGUCAAGAAGAGGACAGUGGCACAUAUCGCUGUGUGUGCACAAAUUCCAAGGGAGAAGCUUCUGACUAUGCAACCCUGGAUGUAUCUGGUGGUGGCUACACAACAUUCUCCUCCCGUCGCAAAGAUGAAGACGCCACUAAAGGGCAUGUCCCAGAGGCUUGUAAAAUUGACCAUUAUCACACAACUCACUUCAAGUCUGGUUAUGCGGCAGAAAGCCACAUUGCUGUAGAAGAAACCAAAACCAAAUUUACUCAUGAAAGAUAUGCAGCCUCAUCUGAGAGAUACUCAUCUGCAGAGAGAUAUGAGUCAUCUGUUAAAUAUGCAUCAACUGAAUAUUUGUCAUCUGGGUCGUCAUAUUCAUCCGAUAAGUUUUCUUUGACUGGAAAGCAUGCGGAGAAAAUGUCAGAAGUUAAAGUUAAGGCAGUUGAAGAAAAAGUCAAGCCUUCUCUUCCUGCAAGAAUUCUUACCAAACCUCAGUCUGUCACAGUUUCUGAAGGAGAAAUGGCCAAAUUCUCUUGUGACAUAGAUGGGGAGCCAGCACCAACUGUGACAUGGAUACAUGAGACUAGAACACUAACUUCCUCUCAGCGUAUCCAUAUCACUUCCACACAAUACAAAUCUAGCCUGGAAAUUACCUCUGUGACAUCGGCAGAGGAGGGCAGCUACACAGUUGUGGUCGAAAAUUCAGCUGGCCGCCAAGAGGCCCAUUUCACUUUGACAAUCCACAGACCACCUCCCAAGGUUGAGAUUAAGGCUGUCAAGUCACCAGAGCCAUCUGUGAAAUCACCAACUCCUAGUGUAAAGUCACCUGAACCUACAGUCACAUCUCCUGUUCCAUCUGUGAAAUCUCCUGAACCCAGUGUUAAGUCCCCAGAGCCAGCAAUCAAAUCUCCUGCUGUGAAGUCACCUGAACCAACUGUGACCUCUCCUGUUACAAGUGUAAAGUCCCCCGAGCCUGCCACUGUCAAAUCACCUGAACCUGAGGGAAUCAAAUCACCCAGGGGUGUCAAGUCCCCGGAACCAGGUAUCAAGUCUCCACAAGGAAUUAAGUCCCCAGAAAGAGUCAAAUCACCUGAACCUGAGGGAAUCAAGUCUCCACAUGGAGUGAAGUCCCCUGAGCCUGUUGGAGUCAAGAAACCACUGGGUGUUAAGUCCCCAGAACCUAGUGGCGUGAAAUCACCGAAGGGCAUUAAAUCUCCAGAGCCAACUGGAAUCAAGUCUCCAAGGGCUCUGAAGUCACCAGAGCCAACUGGCAUUAAGUCCCCAAGAGCUCUGAAAUCCCCAGAGCCAGAGGGAAUCAAGUCACCACCAAGGAUGAAGUCUCCUCCUCCUAUCAUGUCCCCAAAGAGGGUUAUGUCUCCCCCCACUGUAAAAGCACCACCCAAAGUCCUGAGCCAGGUAGCAGCUGUAGCCUGUGAAGGUUCAGUGAAAAUGUCCUGCACAUGUGAGAGCAGUGUCAAGGAGGUGGUUUGGUAUGUCAAUGGGAGGAAGAUUUCCCAGAGCAGCCAUUUUGAAAUGCACUACUCUGAGGGUUCCUGUAGCCUUCUCAUUCAUGACCUGUCAGACACUGACCAAGGAGAGUAUGUUUGUGAGAUGACAUCAGAUGGAGGAGUGUCCAAAUCCAGUUUCUCCUUUACUGGACAAGUGUUCCAGUCUAUACUAAUGAAGGUCACCGCUUACAGAGAGCAGCAAGUGGCACUAAAAGGGUCCAUGACAGUGAGUCAUAAACAGUCAUCUGCUGCGAUGAUGAUGAAAAAAGAAGUUCACAUGGUGGAAGAAUCAUCGUCCUUCUCUUCCACUCAGCAGUCUAUGAUGUCCUCAAUGAUGGAGUCCAGCUCCUUAAGCAGCAUGGCAGCAGAGAUGAAGUUUGAGACUAUGUCAAUGUCCAGCAUGUCCUCCAUGGCUUCAGAGUCAUAUGCCAUGAGCUCCAGCAGUCUAUCAGAAAUGACAUCCCACAUGGAAGGGUCCAUGUUCAGAUCAAUUGGUGGUCCUCCUAGAAUUGAAGCUUUGCCAGAAGACAUCAGCAUUGAGCCAGGCAAAGUUUUGACAGUUGCCUGUGCUUUCUCUGGUGAUGCAAAACACAUAGAGUGGUCACGUGGUGGAAAAACCAUUGAAGUCACCGCUGGAGGACGCUUCCACAUUGAUACUACAGAAGAUUUAACCACGCUUAUCAUCACUGGGGUGAAGGAGGAAGAUGCUGGAACCUACACCCUCAAACUGUCCAAUGAGCUUGGCUCAGACACAGCAACUGUUCACAUUAGUAUUCGAUCAGCGUAAAAAGAAAAGUUUUUCCCUUUUCCCUUCUUUCCUGCAUUUUUAUUUAUUAAUUAACCAAAUAAUAUUAGACCUGAAUUUCUCUUGUAAAUAUAAAAUAUUUUUGUACCAAACUUGACUUUAAUUUAUGCCAAACUAGACUUAAGUCUAAAGUUGUUAUAAAUGUGCCAUAUUGGACUUAGGAGUUUUGAUCCUUUUUUCUGUGACAUGUACAUAAUGUAUAUAGCCGAAGUUAACGGUUAUGGGAAUGUAUGCAAUGUAAUUUAUGACAAUCAUAAUAUUAACUGAAACUGUGUGAAACUGAAUGUGGUUUAACAGGAGAAAGUUUCGCAUGGAACGAAUACCCUGUUAAACUGAGAAACUAAACACUGUGCCUCAACGAUAAGUUGAAGUCUAAGAUUGCCUCAACAGGUAGAGAGGCUCCCUGUUGAAGUUACCUCAAUCCAAGACAAAACCAAGUACUGCUGAUUAGAGCAGCAAGCUAAGACUGUGAGAUCCUGAGUGCUGUUUGCAUUUACCCUCAUGUAAGCAGGACAACUGGAUCUCACUCUCUGACUGAUUAUGUCAUACUGCCAUUUUUAUGACACGCUCACAGUGCAAGCGGCCUGCACUCCCUGAGCAAGUGUUUUGUUUUGUGCUCAGUUUCUGACAAGUGACCACACGCUGAAGCUCCUGUGUACCAUCAACCUGGCCAAUCACUUCGUAGUGGAGCAGUCCUGUGCUUGUUUGCAGAACCUGAGCUGUCUCUCGGAGGUCUGCUGUGUGUUUGUGUGUUAGUUUGUAGAAAGUCACCUGUCAGUGGAGCUGGGCAUCGCUAAGCACCUGAAUCACAGCUGUCAUCAGCUGUGCCACAAAGGACCAGCACAGGAAAUUCUUGCACGGUGCCAAGCUCUAUGGUGUCUAUGGUGGAUCUUAGUUGUAGCAUUGACUAUUUUCUGCUGCCUCCCUGAGUUUUUUGUCAUUAUUGAUUUAAUAAAGCAUGAUUGUCAGCACUACCAGA